GCGGUCGGUGGGCAGCCCUGAGCAGAGUCAGCGUUCCCGGCCCGGACGCCUCGGCUGGAGGGACUGCUGUCAGGAGGAAAAACAGAACUACACGGCGCCGGCCUGUAGUUUUGUUUUUUUCUGAGGGCUUCCUGCGCCGCUCAGCUGCUCUUCUGGACUUUCCGACCCGUUUCUGGAUAAAGAUUUUAGAUUUCCUGCACCCCGCCCUGCCGUGGGCCCCCCAGGCAUCCUUGCGCUGACAGGGUGCCGACCGUGAUGUCAACACAAGCGCCGACGUUUACUCAGCCGCUGCAGAGCGUCGUGGCACUGGAGGGUAGUGCCGCUUCGUUCGAGGCUCAAGUUAGUGGUUUUCCAGUUCCUGAGGUGAGCUGGUUCCGUGAUGGCCAGGUUCUUUCCGCCGCAGCUCUGCCCGGCGUCCAGAUCUCGUUCAGCGACGGCCGCGCUGUUCUGAGCAUCCCCGCUGUGACCGCCGCACACAGCGGACGCUUUUCUGUCAGAGCCACCAACGGCGCUGGACAAGCCACGAGCACCGCUGAGCUCCUGGUUACAGCCGAGACGGCGCCACCGACCUUCAUUCAGAGACUCCAGAGCUCCACAGUGAGGCAGGGCAGCCAGGUGAGGCUGAGCGUCAGAGUCUCAGGCAUCCCCACACCUGUGGUGAAGUUCUACAGGGAGGGAGCCGAGAUCCAGAGCUCCACCGACUUCCAGAUCCUGCAGGAUGGAGACCUGUACAGUCUGCUGAUCGCUGAGGCCUUCCCAGAGGAUUCUGGGGCGUAUUCUGUGACGGCCACCAACAGCAGCGGGCGGGCCACGUCCACCUGCGAGCUGCUGGUUCAAGGUGAAGAAGCAGUUCCCAUUAAGAAAACAAAGACGAUCAUGUCCACAUCCCAGAUGGAGAUGUCUGGAGCCACAGUGGAGAGGAAAUCCAUGGAGGCCAGUUUCCAGGCCACCACCAUGAUGGAGAUGCACGUUGAAGGAGGAAUCAUGACUCAACACAUUGCUCACAAAACCCCACCGAGGGUCCCACCGAAACCCACAUCCAAGUCUCCGCCAUCCUUCAUCUCCAAGGUAACGGGAGGCCGCCAGCAGUCGCCUUCACCCGUCAGACACGUGAAGGGGCCAACGCCCGCACCUGUCAGACCCGUCUCUCCCUCCAGCAGGAUGUCCAUCUCUCCCAUCAGACCUGUCCGGUCUCCCCUGAUGACCAGAAAACAGGUAUCUGGGUCCGCUGAGGUUCUGCCGCCCUGGAAGCAGGGAGAUUACAUGGCUGAAGGCUACACCAGUAUGACCAGCAUGACCAGCAUGAGCAGCAUCAGCAGCUCCACACAGCUGGAGAAACAGUGGGAGCAUCAGGUGGCCGCCAGCAGAGAGGAGGCGGUCGCUGUGCCAAUGAGAGCCCAGGAACCUGCAGUCCCUCCCACUAUCCUGGCAGGCCUGAAGAACCUGACGGUGACAGAGGGCGAGUCGGUGACCCUGGAGUGUCAGAUCAGCGGUCAGCCGGCCCCCAUCAUCAUGUGGUUCAGAGAGGACUACAAAAUCGAGAGUUCAAUCGACUUCCAGAUCAGCUAUGAGAACGGCGUCGCCCGGAUGAUGAUCCGCGAGGCGUUUGCCGAAGACAGCGGUCGCUUCACCUGCACCGCCACGAACGAGGCCGGAACCAUCAGCACCUCCUGCUACCUGCUCGUUAAAGUUUCAGAGGAAAUAGAGAGCAGAGAGGAGAUGGUGACUGUCACAGAAACUGGGCUCACACAAGCCAAAACCAUUGCUGUCGAGAUGAGGGAGCAGACGGAGAUCAGCACAGGAGAAACUGGUGCCCCCUUCUUUAUUAAGAAGCCCACUCCCCAGAAGCUGGUGGAGGGAGGAAGUGUUGUGUUUGAGUGUCAGAUUGCAGGAAACCCAAGACCUCACAUCAUUUGGAAGAAGAGUGGCGUUCCGCUCACCACUGGAUACAGAUAUAAAGUUGCCUACAAAAAGGAGACUGGAGAAUGCCGACUGGAGAUCUCAAUGACCUUCGCUGAUGAUGCAGGAGAAUACUCCGUCUUUGCUAAGAAUCCUCUCGGGGAAGCGUCAGCCACUGCCAUCCUGCUGGAUGAAGAACAAUAUGAAGCCUACAUGAAGCAACAAGAUGUGACAUAUAAAACCGAAGUGACGACGACCGUGGUCCAGGAGCCUCAGCCGGUCGUAGCUCAGUACGAGUUUGAACAAAGGAGGGUGACGACCCCCAUGAGCUUCGUCUCAGAAACGGAGUUCAUGAUUUCAGCCUUUGAGGAGAGGAUCAUCCAGGAGAUUGAGAUCCGUAUCUUGAGGAUCACCUACAGAGAGUUGGUGACUGAGGACGGAGAGCUGAUGGUGACUGUCGCAGAAGAAGAGGCGCUGCAGCCGGCCUUCGAGACGCCAGUGAAAAACUACCGGAUCAUGGAGGGAAUGGGCGUCACUUUCCACUGCAGGAUGUCUGGCACGCCGCUGCCUAAGAUUGUUUGGUACAAAGACGGCCAGCGCAUCCGGCCCGGUGGCCGGUACCAGAUGGAGGUCCUUCAGGAUGGACGAGCCAGCCUCCGGCUGUCUGUGGUUCAACCAGAGGAUGAAGGCGUGUACACCGCCUUCGCCUCCAACAUGAAGGGAAAUGCCAUCAGCUCAGGGAAGCUCUACGUGGAGCCUUCUGGAGGUGUAACCCCUCCCAGUUACACACCUCAGCCAUCAAUGCAGAGGAUCAGAUCCGCAUCUCCUCGCUCUCUGAGCCGUUCUCCUGGCCGUUCACCUGGACGUUCACCUGGACGUUCCCCAGCUCGCCGCCUAGAAGAAACGGAUGAAAUUCACCUGGAAAGACUUUACAAACCCGUGUUUGUCAUGAAGCCCUCCUCUAUCAAAUGCGCAGAGGGACAAACUGCCAGAUUUGACUUAAAGGUUGUAGGCAGGCCAAUGCCUGAAACCUACUGGUUCCACAAUGGACAACAAAUUAUCAAUGACUUCACUCACAAGAUAGUGAUUAAGGAAGACGGCACUCAGUCCCUGAUCAUUGUCCCAGCUGUGCCAAAAGACUCUGGAGAAUGGACCGUCGUUGCUCAGAACCGAGCUGGACGAACAUCUGUUGCCGUUAAUCUCUCUGUUGAAGCCAGAGAAAGCGUAUCCAGACCUCAGUUUGUUGAAAAACUGAAGAACAUCACCGUGAAGCAGGGCACAUUGGUGGAACUGGCUGUUAAAGCCAUCGGAAACCCCCUGCCAGAUAUUGUUUGGCUGAAAAACAGCGACAUCAUUACUCCAUCAAAGCACCCACACAUCAGGAUUGAAGGAACCAAAGGAGAGGCCAAAUUCCAAAUCCCCUCAGCAGGCGGACCAGACAGCGCCUGGUACACCGCCACAGCCAUCAACAAGGCUGGCAGAGACACCACCCGCUGCAGAGUCAAUGUGGAGGUAGAUCACUCUGCCCCGCAAGCUGAGAGGAAGCUCAUUAUUCCCAAAGGAACCUACAAAGCCAAAGAGAUUGCCGCUCCAGAGCUGGAGCCUCUUCACCUCCGUUAUGGCCAAGAGCAGUGGGAGGAAGGCGACCUUUAUGACAAAGAGAAGCAGCAGAAACCAUUGUUUAAGAAGAAGCUCACAUCUGUCCGAAUGAAACGCUUUGGUCCGGCCCACUUUGAGUGCAGGCUGACUCCGAUUGGAGACCCCACCAUGGUGGUGGAUUGGCUGCAUGACGGCAAGCCUCUGGCUGCUGCCAACAGGCUGCGUAUGGUCAAUGAGUUUGGCUACUGCAGCCUGGACUAUGAGGUUGCUUAUGCAAGAGACAGUGGUGUGAUCACCUGCAGAGCAACCAACAAGUUUGGAGUCGACCAGACCUCGGCUACCCUGAUCGUCAAGGACGAGAAGGGCCUUGUUGAGGAAUCUCAGCUUCCUGAAGGCAGGAAGGGAGCAUAUCGAAUGGAUGAGAUUGAGCGCAUUGCUCAUGAGGGAGGACCUACAGGAGUCAGCCUUGAUGAUGAAACCGAAAAGACAAAACCUGAAAUUGUCCUGCUUCCGGAGCCAGCCAGGGUGCUGGAAGGAGACAUCGCUCGGUUCCGCUGCAGAGUGACCGGCUACCCUGCUCCAAAGGUUAAUUGGUACCUCAAUGGACAACUCAUCCGCAAAAGCAAGAGAUACAGACUUCGUUACGAUGGUAUUUACUACCUGGAGAUUGUUGACAUCAAGUCAUACGACUCCGGCGAAGUCAGAGUGGUUGCAGACAAUCCUUUAGGCACAACUGAACACACUGUGAAGCUGGAGAUCCAACAGAGAGAGGACUUUAGAGCAGUGCUGCGUCGUGCUCCGGAGCCCAAAGCUGCUGAGUUCCCACAUGAAUCUGGCAAAAUUGGAUUUGACAUCGUCAAGGUGGACAGACCUGGUGAGGUCCCACAGGACAGGGAAGUAGUUAAGCUGCGUAAGGCGCAGAGAAUCGUUCAUGAGAAAACCUCUGAGGAGUCCGAGGAGCUGAAGAGCAAGUUCAAGCGCAGAACAGAGGAGGGCUUCUAUGAAUCUAUCUCUGCAGUAGAAUUCAAAUCUCGCAAGAGGGAUGACUCCUAUGAAGACCUACUAAAAAAGACUAAAGACGAGCUACUUCAUCAUAUGAAGGAGAUGGAAGAAGCUGAAAGGAGGAAGAUGGAAGAACAAGGCAAAAUCACCAUCCCCACAAUCAAACCAGAGAGGAUCCAGCUGUCACCCAGCAUGGAAGCCCCACACAUCCUCGAACGGAUUGGAAGCAAGACUGUUUCUCCAAAUGACGAGGUUCGUUUCAGAGUCAGAGUUGUCGGUAGACCAGAACCUGAGUGCCAGUGGUUCAAGAAUGGCAUUCUUCUGGAAAAAUCUGAGCGUAUUUACUGGUACUGGCCUGAGGACCAUGUGUGUGAACUGGUGAUUAGAGAUGUCACAGUAGAGGACUCUGCUAGCAUUAUGGUCAAGGCCAUCAACGUUGCUGGAGAGUCGUCAAGCCAUGCCUUCCUUCUUGUGCAAGCCAAGGCAGCCAUUAGUUUUACCCAAAACCUGGCUGAUGCCAGUGCAAAUGAGAAGGACACCAUGGUGACCUUUGAAUGUGAAACCAACGAACCAUUCGUCAAGGUCAAAUGGCUGAAGAAUAAUGUUGAGAUUUUCUCAGGAGACAAAUACAGGAUGCACUCUGACAGAAAGGUCCACUUCCUGUCUGUGCUGGUGAUUGAAAUGAGUGACGACGCAGAAUACUCAUGUAUGGUCAUAGAUGACGAGAACAUCAGGACUAAUGCAAGGCUCCAUGUCGAAGGUGCUGCCCUGGAGCUCAACAAACAUUUGGAAAACAUUGAAGUACCAGAGAGCUACGCUGGAGAGUUUGAGGUUGAGGUUUCUCGUGAAGAUGCUGAGGGAAAAUGGUUCUUUGGCGAAAAGGAGCUCUCUCCCAGCAGUAAAUACGUCAUAUCUUCCCGCCGAGGACGGCACACCCUGGCUGUCAAGGACGUCAGGAAGGACGACCAGGGGAUGUACACCUUUGUUUGUGGAGAUCUGAGGACCAGCGCCUCACUGAAAAUGAAAUUGCGACCCGUGACUCUAAUGCAGCCGCUGACUGACCUUACCAUCUGUGAGGGUGACAUUGCUCAGCUGGAGGUCCGGUUCUCCCAGGAGAAUGUGGAAGGUACCUGGCUGAAAAACGGCCAGGCAAUCUCUGCCUCAGACCGCGUCCACAUCGUCAUCGACAAACAGGUUCACAAACUGCUGGUGGAGAACGUCAGCAGAGAAGACGCUGCGUCCUACUCAUUUGUAGUUCCAGCUCAUGAAAUCUCCACCUCAGGCAAACUCAAUGUGCAAACUAUCGACAUAGUGGUGCCACUGAAGGACGUGUCGUCCAUCGAAGGCACAAAAGCUGUCCUUGAGUCCAAGAUCUCAGCUCAGGACAUCAGCUCUAUCAAAUGGUACCACAACGACAAGCUGCUGAUCCCAGGUGACCGAGUCCAGGCUGUGGCAAAGGGCACCAAGCAGCGACUUGCCUUCACCAGGACCUUUGCUUCAGACGAAGGACGUUACAAACUGGUGGUCGGCAAGGUCGAAACCAGCUGCAACCUGACUGUUGAACAGGUCCACAUUGUGAAGCACAUGGAGGACAGAGUGUGCUCAGAGUCCCAGAACGUUACCUUCAACGUUGAGGUUUCACAUCCUGGAAUCGACCCACUCUGGACCUUCAGGAACCAGCAGCUCAAGGCUGGACCCAAAUACAAGAUGGAGUCCAAGGGAACGGCUCACUCCCUGAUUGUGUUAGACACCAUGAAAGAUGAAGAGGGCCAGUACAUGUUCCACGCUGGGGAGAAGACAUCCAGCGCUCAGCUCACUGUCUCUGGUGGCGCCAUCACACGGCCUCUGCAGGAUGUGACGGUGGCCGAGUCUCAGACCUCUGAGUUUGAGUGCGAAAUCGCCAACGCUGAAGCUGAAGGCAAGUGGCUAAAGGACGGUCAGCUCGUGAACUUCAACGAGAACGUUGUGAGCGAGGUGAACGGGUCCGUCAGACGCCUCGUCAUCGUCAUCACCAGGCCACAGGAUGUCGGAGAGUACACCUACCAGGUGGCCAACUCCAAAACCAGCGCAAACCUCAAGGUGGAAGCUGUGAAGAUCAAGAAGACUUUGAGAAACCAGACAGUCACAGAGACCCAGGAGGCCAUGUUCUCACUGGAACUCACCCACCCGGACGUGAAAGGAGCCCAGUGGAUCAGGAACGGAGUCGAACUGCAGAACAGCGACAAGUUUGAGAUUAUCUCAGAAGGAACGAUCCAGACUCUGAAGGUGAAGGACUGCAACACACAAGACGAGACGGUUUAUUCCUUCAAGCUGGGGAAACUGUCCGCCACCGCCAGACUCAAUGUAGAGACAAUCAAGAUUGUCAAGAAGAUUAAAGACGUGAAAUCCCUGUUGGACGGCACCGCCUCCUUUGAGUUGAGCCUGUCGCACGACAACGUCCCCGUCAGGUGGACGUUCAAAGGCGUCGAGCUGAAGGCAAGCGAGAAAUGCAAGAUUCUGUCGGAGAGGAAAGCUCACAAACUGAUCCUGCAGAACGUCGACAGCAGCAACGCAGGAGAGUACACGGCCGUGAUCGGACACCUGCACUGCAGCGCCAUGCUUACUGUAGAGGCUCUUUGUGUCACCAAACCAAUGAAGAGUGUGGAGGUCCCUGAGACCCAGGUGGCCACGUUUGAGUGCGAAGUUUCUCACUUCAACGUGCCGUCCACCUGGCUCAAAGACGGCGUGGAGAUUGAGAUGAGUGAGAAGUUCAGGAUCGUGGUUCAGGGGAAACUCCACCAGCUGAUGAUCAUGAACACCAGCAGGGACGACUCUGCGGAGUACACCUUCAUCUGCGGGAACGACAGAGUGUCAGCGACGCUCACCGUCAACCCUGUCCUGAUCACCUCCAUGCUAAAUGACCUGAACGCUCAGGAGAGAGACACCAUCACCUUUGAAGUCACUGUAAACUAUGAGGGCAUCACCUACAAAUGGCUGAAGAACGGCGUAGAGGUCAAAUCAUCAGAAAGAUGUCAAGUCCGCAGCCGGCAGCUCACACAUUCACUCACCAUCCGAAAUGUUCACUUUGGAGACGGAGGAGAAUACCAGUUUGUAGCAGGCUCUGCUGCUAGCGCCGCUAACCUCUUUGUGGAAGCUCGUGUGAUUGAGUUCACCAAGAAGAUUAAAGACAUAAAGAUAACCGAGAAGAAAAAGGCGAUGUUUGAGUGUGAAGUUUCUGAGCCGAACAUCCAGGUGAUGUGGAUGAAGGACGGCCAGGAGCUGGACUUAACUGAGGAAAGGUAUGUAGUGACGGCCGAGAAGUUUGUCCACCGUCUGAUGAUCCAGACGGUUCGUAUGUCAGACGCUGGAGAGUAUUCAGUCGUGGCCGGAUCCAGCGUCUCCAAGGCCCAACUGAUCGUAGAGGGACGUGACGUCCGCAUCGCCGAACCUGCAGAGCGCGAAAUCAUGGUUCUUGAGAAACACAGAGCAACUUUCGAGUUUGAGGUGAACGAGGACGACGUCGAAGGACGCUGGCUCAGGAACGGCGUGGAGAUCCAGUUCUCUGUGGAGGAAAGGUUCAGCUAUGUUGCCAUCAUGAAGCUGCACCGCCUCACCAUCUCUGAGACCUACAGGAGUGAUGCUGGAGAAUAUACUUUCAUCGCUGGAAAGAACAGGAGCGCCAUGCGCCUCAGAGUCAACAUCCCGGAGCCUCCUCAGAUCCUCCGUCACAUGGAGCCCCAGUCGGUCGAGGCAGGAAAGCCGGCUCGCUUCUCCGUUCAGGUGAGCGGCGUUCCUCCACCGCAGGUCUCCUGGUACAAAAACUCCCAGGCUCUGUCGCCGGGCUUCAAGUGCAAGUUCCUUCACGACGGCAACGAGCACACGCUGCUUCUGAUCGAAGUAUUCCCCGAGGACGCCGCCAUCUACAACUGCGAGGCGAAGAACGACUACGGCACGGCCACCAGCACCGCCACACUCAAUGUGGAAGUGUCAGAGGUGGUCUCUCCAGACUCUGCUGCCCCCAUCGCUCCACCCGUCAUCAUCUCACCCAUCUCCAACACCUCAGCCAGAGAGGGAGAAUCCGCUCACUUCCAGUGCAGAGUCCGUGGAGACGAUGUGAAGAUCAGCUGGUUCCACAAGGAGAAGGAGAUCAAGCAGUCCGACUUCUUCAGGAUGUCUCAGUUCGACGACAGCUGUCAGCUGGAGAUCUCCAGAGUUUACCCAGAGGAUGAGGGGGAAUACACCUGCGUGGCCACAAACAACGCCGGGAAAGUGUCCUGCUCUGCCACUCUCACACUGGACGUGACUCUGGUGAGGGAGCAGAUCGAAGCCACAAUUGAAGAAGAAGUUAAAGAGCGUUCUAGCACCACCAUCACCACUGUGGAAGAACGAGAGGAAACCUUCUACACUGGUGUCCAGUUACCACAGAAAUCUAAAACACUUGAACUCAAGCCAGAUCCCAAACGUUACUCUUCCACUUUAGAGAAGAAAAAAGAGAAGCCAGUUUUCCUCAGCCAGCUAUCCCCAGCAGCCGUAACCUCAGGGGAAACAGCCAGACUUACGGUCAAGGUGUCCGGCUUUCCAAAGCCGAUUGUUCAGUGGUCUCGCAAUGGUAGGGUGAUAAAAAGCUCGUCUGCAUACAGGCUGGUAGAGGAGAAGGAGGAGUACACAUUGGUGAUCACCAAAGUUACGUCUGAGUAUGAGGGCGAGUACUCAUGCACUGCCACCAACAGGUUUGGCCAGACAACAUGCACCACAUACCUAGAAGUGAAAAAGCCCGACAUCAGCCAUGCAGAGAGGUGGGUAGAGAAAAUGUUUAAGGUCACAGGUCAACCACCUACAUUUACUGUUCAGAUCCAACCUGUUAGAUGUUCAGAGGGAGGGGAAGUUUAUUUUAAUUACAAAACCACAGGAGAUCCAGUUCCUGAUGUGAAAUGGCUGAAAGGGGCUUUCCAAAUCCAACCCAGCAGAAACUGCAUCAUAGUAACCAACCCAGAUGGAUCUGGCCUAAUCAAUAUCAAGAGCGUCAAACAGGAAGACAGUGGCCUAUACACAUGUAAAGCCUCCAACCAGUUUGGUGAGGCAACCUGUAGUGCUGAGCUUGUUGUGUUUGGGGAGUCGGUCUCCGUUUCACACAAAGAGGAGCAGCUGACCGUGGUUCAGAAAAAAUCCUAUAAGGUGUCAGUAUCAGAACAGGCGACCGAGUCUCGUCUGUAUCAGGUCAGCCUUCCAGGCCAGGACAAAACCCGAUCAGAUCAAAUGGUUUACACCAUUGGUACUGAAGACAGGAAGAUCAUUCCUAGUGAGCAGGUGGCCUCGCUUGGGGAGCUGGACAUCUCUGCUGCAACCAUCCAUCGUGAGACACUGACCCAACAGGCAGCUGUGCUUCAGACUCAUGAGGUAGAGGAGAGGGUUUCUGUGGUUCCCACUCACCCGCCUCAGGCAUCAGCUGUUCCUGUGAAGCAGCUUCACAUGGCAGCAUUUACAUCCUCUGUGGAAGAGAGUCAGGGCCUCACAGAGCAGCACUGUGACCGCAUUCAGAGUCCUGAGGUUAUUGAACUGCAGCUGGCAAGAGAAAAACAAUCAAAAUUAAUGUCUGCUGUGGCAGAGGAGCUCACCCCACUUUCAACUGUCAGCACAGAGCUUCUGCAUGACAGGCAGCCUGCUAAAGUCAAACCCACCUCCGAACCCAAACACCUGGUCAGCGGGCAUCAGGUAGAGUCGCAACUUUCUAUUGUAAGAGAGCAGUCUGAGGAUAUCCCUGGACAACAGCAGGAGAAGAGCUACAGGGUGAAGGAAGGUAUUAAAAUUUUAUAUUCAGCUCAGUCUACAGAGAAACAAGUAAUGGAAGAAGGCCACACAGCUGAACUAUCAACAGCAGAAUCUGCUGUCAAAUCCACCAUUAAGAAAGAACAGCGACGGCCUAUUUUAGCCUCAAUCAGUGAGUCCAAACAGACUCUUUCUAAGGAGACAGGGUUCUCAAUGCAGAUGCCUGCUGAAGAAGCAGCUCAACUUUCUAAAGAUAGAAUAAUGAAGGCAGCUUUAAAUGCUGAAGAAAGGCAAAUACUGCAGGCUGAGCCGACUAAAGAACUGCCAUGUCUGGACAGGGCAGUGACUAUUCAGUCACAUGUAGAAAGUGGGAAGGUACUGCACCUGCAGGUCAUCACAGACCAAGACCUCCUUUCAUCUGAAAAGAGCUUCAGUUCUGAAAAACCAACACCUGAGCAGGCAGAUACCAGGAAGAGUCCCACCCUGUUGCACAGUGUAAGUCAGGAUGAGCAAAGAACUGUUUUUUGUGAAGACAUAUCAGAGUUUGAAGCGAAGGCCAGCUCGAUAGCCAUUCAAUCCCAAAAAGAGGCUCAGACUUUGCUGCAUCUCCAGUCAGUAAUGCCUGUAGAGGUGCUGCCUAAAGAGGGCAUUUUCACAGAUGAAAAGCCUAAUGAACAGGUAGCAACACAAAAGCAUGAAAAAUCAAGGAGCCAUGCAGCUGUCUCAGAAGAAAGACGAGAACUCACAGCAGAUUACCAUGCGGAGCUAGAUUUGUCAGUGACCGGGGUUCAGCCUAACACUCGAACUGAGCCCAAGCCUCAGAAAAUCCUCCAGGUCUCCUACCAGCCCAUGCAGCUGCCAAAGGAGACGCCCAUUACUGUUGAUCUCAAGCACCAGAAAGCUUUAGUUCAGAAAGAAGAUCGCUGGAAUGUGAUGCAUAUCACCAGUGUAGCAGACAGUCACGUCCUAGAAGAAGGACACACAGAAACUUUGUCAGGUGUGGACAAGUUUAAAUGUCUAACAACCACAGAGCCUAAAAUGCCCACUGAACCAGUCCAGAUUGAAGAGAAGGAGAUCUCCACUGAGAGCAGCAUCUCUCUGGAGGCAGCAGAACAGGACUUUGCUGUUCAGAUCCAUGAGGGUCAGUCCGUUAGGCAGUCGAUAGUGAUGGAUGAGAAGCAAGUGUUGACAGGGGAGCUUUCUCAAGAGAUCUCCAAGUCUGAGUCGACUGAAGUUAUAGUCAGCACACAACCAAAACUGUCCCUAAUGGCAACAGAAUCCAAAGACAGCACUGCUCUCCCCAAAGAGAUGAUGUUUGUGAUUCAAAUCCCUAAACCUUCCAGUCUGAAUAUACGGCAUCAGCUCAGAGAGGCACUGCAGUCUGCUGUUGCCAGCGACCAGCCAGUCCUACUGGCUGAUGUUGUUGGAAAGUUACAGGCUGUGGAAGUGCAGGAGGUCAAAGUUCAGCGAGAACCCAAACGGUCUAUGUUUACAUAUCUGAUCACAACAACAGGUGCCCCCAUGGAGAUCACACUAGCUUUUGAAGGUGAAUACCCGCAAAAGGCUGAUCUCAGGACCGAACUCCAGGCGGCUUUCCACUCUAUUGUGUACCAGGAGGCUCAUGUUCUUACCUCAGAGCAACCAGGCACCAUGCAGCUAGACAAACCCCAGAGGGCUCAUGUUUCCUCAGCCAGGUCAGAACAAAUGCUUUCUACAAUGGUAGAGUCCGUGCGUGUGGCAGAGAGUACCAUAGAUUUCACAGCUGCGAAAUCUCAGGCUGCUGCACUUAAGAUUGAGUCUGAUGUCACAGUUGAAUGCCCUGCAGAAGAGGGGCAGGUUGUAGUUCAAGAAUCCAAGAGAGCAAAGGUAGAAAAGUCCAUCUCAUCUAAGACCAAGAUAACCACAGAGACUCAGGUGGCCUUUGAACAGUCGGUUCAGGUAUCAAGAAAAGAAAUGAGGUCUGUUAUGGUAGAAAGUAAAGAAAAAGAAGUGGGAGCAGCUUUUGUCACUACUGCCCUGCCUCUUGCCACCAUCCCCACUGAGCAAACACUAGAUGUAAGCAUCCAGCAGGAGCACAGGGAAGAGAUCUUCAAAGAGGAAGUCACAUUAUCCAGACCAGAGCAGAGAGAAUACCCUGAAAUAGUCACCUCCCUACAGGACUUAGCUAUUGAAGAAGGUGGUGAAGUCACCUUUAUUACAACCAUUAAAUUUGCAACAAAAGUAAGCUGGUUUUUUAAUGGCCAAUUGGUGAAAUCUGGCAAAGAGUUCAAGUGUUUCAAAGACCAUGACACAUACUCACUGGUUAUCAACAAAGUUGUCAAGGAGAGACAUCAAGGAGAAUAUGUUUGUGAGGCUGAGAGUGAAGCCGGCAGGACAACAACAUCUUCAAGACUCACUGUGGUCCCAAGAGUGCCACCUGUUUUCAGGCAGAAAAUCAACCCUGUAGAGAUCAACGUUGGAGGCCAUGCAAAGUUCGACUGCGAGACCGAGGAUGCGCCGAACGUGACCUUCAAGUGGUACAAAUCUAACAUUGAAAUCAAACAGAGUGAGAAGUACCGGAUCAUCAGCCGCCACACGGGGUCUUCACUGGAGCUCCUGAAUCCUGUGAAGGCUGACAGCGGUGAAUACACCUGCAAGGCUUCGAACCAACACGGCUCCGAUAGCUGCACCGCCUCGCUCAUCGUGACUGAGAUGUAUCCCCCAGUGUUUGUUUCAAAACCAGAGCCAAUGACCUUAUUUGUGGGCAAACAAGCUGUUCUCCAGUGCUCACUCACUGGAUCUUCACCAAUGGAGGUUGUCUGGCACAAGGACAACAUAGCCAUCGCAUCUGAAGGGAAUUAUGUCAUAAAAAGUGAAAAGAACAAGUAUUCUCUUCACAUUAAAAGUCUCGAAUUGACUGAUCAGGGAGUGUACCUGUGCAAGGCCUCCAACAGUGUCGGCACUGCUACUUUUACCACAGAGCUUACAGUUAUAAGAAAACCCAGCUUUGUUAGGACCUUUGAACCAACAUCAGCUGCUGUCAAUGACCCACUAAAACUGGAGUGCCAGGUGGAUGAGGACACUGCGGUGACCAUCUCCUGGACCAGGGAUGGCAAAAAAGUCCACCUGAGCAUGGACUGUAAGAUGUCCUUUGAGGAUAAGGUGGCAGUUCUUGAGAUUCCCAAGUCCAAGCUCAAGGACUCUGGGAAAUAUGUUUGCACAGCCACAAAUGAGGCUGGGAGCUCAUCCUGUGAGGCUGUGGUAACAGUUCAAGAACCCCCUGCUUUUGUCAGGAAAAUGGAGCCUAAGUUUACCUGGAAGCAGGGUGCAGCUGCACGUUUACAAUGCAGUGUUAAAGGAUCACCUGAACUUCACAUCCACUGGUUCUGGAAUGACAGAGAGCUUAGUGAUGGAGAGAAAUAUAAAAUCACCUUUAAGAACGGAGUUGCAUCUGUGGAAAUAUUAAACCUUCUGGUGACAGACAGUGGAAGUUACACAUGUGAGGUGUCGAAUAAUGCCGGUAGUGAGAGCUGCUGCACUGUGGUUGCUGUUAAAGAGCCUCCAUCCAUUAGAAAAGAUCUGCAGACCGUAGAAGCUGUGAAAGGUGCAGCAGCUCAGCUGGAGUGUGAGAUUGCAGGAACGGCUCCUUUUGACAUCAGCUGGUUAAAAAAUAAGAAGCCCAUCACAGGUGAUCAUAAGUAUAAAAUCAUCUCCCAAGAUUCUCUGUCAAGACUAGAGAUCCAGACCUUUGAAAGCGCAGACAUUGGAGAUUAUCAGUGUAUCGUUUCCAACGAUGUGGGGAAGGUAACCACCAAGGCCUCAGCUAAGCUGAAAGAGCCACCAUCUUUCUCAAAGAGAAUUGAAAGUGUUACAGCAGUGUUGGGAAAUGCAGUGAAGCUACAAGGAACCAUAAAGGGCUCAGCUCCCAUCACUGUUAAAUGGAUGAAAGACUCUGAAAUACUCAGAGAUGAUGAUCCAAAUAUCAAGAUGGUUUUUGAGAACAAUGUUGCAAGCCUUUCUAUAACAGCAGUGGCCAUUAACCAUGGUGGCAAGUACUCAUGCCAAGCAGAAAACCAGGCUGGGCAGCAAAAAUGUGAAGCCACUCUGACUGUGCAAGAACCUGCUAGAAUUGUAGAACCUGCAGAGUCCAUUAGUGUGACUGCAGGGGACUCAGCCACGUUGGAGUGUACAAUCUCUGGAAGCCCAGAGCUGAAAGUGAAGUGGUUCAAAGAUGGGAAGGAGAUGAUAAGUGGGCGGAAAUACAAGAUGACAUUGAAGGACAACGUAGCCACCAUGAAGAUUUUGACAGCGGAGAAAGGAGACACUUCGGAGUACAAGAUGGAAGUGUCCAAUAAAGUCGGGAAAGACCAGUGCACAUGCUCAGUCACUGUCUUAGAUCGGAUAAUGCCUCCAACUUUCACCAAGUCCCUGAAAAGAGUCGACGGCAACAUUGGUAAUGAUGUGUCCAUGGACUGCAAGGUGUCUGGGUCCCAACCCAUGACCAUUGUUUGGUUCAAAGAUGACCAGGAAAUAGAGUUGGGAGCCAAAUUUCAAUCAGAGUUCAAAGAUAGCUCUGCCACACUGAGAGUCAGUCGGCUGGAAAAGGCAGACUCUGGAGUUUACAAAUGCAAAGCUACCAACUCGGCUGGCUUUAAAGAAACCAGUGGCACGCUCUACGUCAAAGAGCCCCCAGAGUUCACAGAGAAACCAGAAAACCAGGAUGUUAUACCAGGAGCCAAAGUCUCCUUCAGAGCAGCCUUCACUGGAACUGCUCCUUUGGCUGUUAAAUGGUUCAAAGAGGAAAAAGAGGUUGUAACUGGAGGCAUUUAUUUUAUAAAGAAAGAUGCUUCUUCCAGCACUCUGGAGCUUCACUCUGUGAAACCCAGUGAUUCCUCUCAAUACAUCUGCCAAGUGUCCAACGAUGCUGGGAAAGUGGAUUGCUCCACAGUUCUCUUUGUGAAAGAACCUCCUGUGUUUGUACGAAAGCUUGACGCGACCAAGCUCGUCACAAGUGGCGUCUCCAUCAGGUUGGAGUGCAAAGUGUCAGGCAGUCCGGUCAUCAGUUUCAAAUGGUUCAAGGAUGAGAUGGAGAUCAGCUCCAGUCCUAAAUAUACAAUCAGUGUGUCUGAUGUAGAAGCAACUCUUGAAAUAUUGAACUGUACAACUGGGGACAGUGGCGAUUAUGUCUGUGUUGCAUCAAGUGAAGCAGGCAGUGAUCGAUGCAGCAGUAUAGUUACUGUCAAAGAACCACCGGUGUUUGUACGUAGCUUGGAGGCCAAAGAUGUUGUGAAAGGUUCUGAGAUGAUGUUGGAGGGCCAAGUCUCUGGCUCUGCUCCUUUCACUGUGUCAUUUUACAAAAACGCCAAGGCAAUCAGAAAUGACAAGAGACACAAAAUCACAGUGAAAGACGAUCUGGUGGCUCUGCAAGUGCAGGCGGUCGAGGCUGGAGAUGUUGGCUUGUACCAGUGCACUGUUGAGAAUGAAGUGGGGUUGUCAACCUGUGAAUGUCAAGUGACACUCAAAGAACCACCGUCUUUUGUUAAAAAGCUUGAAAAUGUCAGUUCAUUGGUGGGCAGUGAUGUUUCUCUCCAAUGCACACUGAAGGGCUCUGAGCCCAUUACUGUGACCUGGCUAAAGGACAACCAUGAGCUCAAAGAAGCUGAAAAUGUUAACAUUUCAUAUGAGAACAAGGCUGCCCUGCUGCACAUUAACGGAUUGCACAACAAACAUGGAGGAAAAUAUUCCUGCCAGGCACAGAAUCAGGCUGGUAGCCAGACAUGCUCUGCUGUUCUGACAGUCAAAGAACCAGCUAAGAUCACAGAAGAGGCUAAGUCCAUCAGUGUGACUCAGGGGGAUCCGGCCACACUGGGGGUCAGGUUCUCUGGUACAAAACCACUGAAGGCCAAAUGGCUUAGGGCCGGCAAGGAGCUGACCUCAGGCCAGAGAUUUAAAGUACAGACCACAGACACCAGCUCUGUGCUCAAGAUUCUCAAAACUGAGAAAACUGACAGUGGUGAAUUCACCUUUGAGAUUUCUAAUGACGUUGGACAAAGUUCUUGCGAGGCCACGCUCACCGUUCUUGAUCAAAUAAUUCCUCCAUCCUUUACGAGAAAACUGAAGCAAACAGAAGGUAUUAAAGGAUCAUUCGCUCAUCUGGAAUGCCUUGUGUCAGGCUCCCUGCCGAUUACUGUCCAAUGGUACAAAGACGAGAAGGAGAUUCAGGCUGAUGAUAGACAUAAAUGUACAUUCUUUGAGAAUGUUGCUUGCCUGGAAAUCUCUGAUCUUCACCUUAAAAAUGGUGGAAGUUAUACAUGCAUCGCCAAAAACAAAGCAGGGACAGUCCAGUGCUCAGGAAUCUUGUUCGUAAAAGAACCACCAUGCAUUCUUGAAAAGCCUGAAUCCAUGAAUGUGUUACCUGGAUCAAAGGUCCAGUUUAAUGUACUGCUCUGUGGCACACCCCCACUGAACAUCAAAUGGUUUAAAAACAAGAAAGAGAUUUUAUCAAGUGCUGAUUGCUCUGUGAUUAAAGACAACACAUCCAGUUCACUGGAGCUUUUCUUUGCUAAGAGCUCAGAUUCUGGAGACUAUGUGUGUGAAAUUCAGAAUGAUGUGGGAUCCACUUCCUGCCAAGCAACGCUGUUCGUCAAAGAGCCUCCUAAGUUCACUCGGACACCGGACCGUGUGUCCGUAGUGCGUCCCGGGCAAAGCAAAGUGUUUGAGUGCCAGGUGACCGGCACACCUGAAAUAGACAUGUAUUGGUUCAAGGAGGGCUCUGAGAUCAGCGCCAGUGAUCGCUUCAAGAUGGCCUUUGUAAACUCUGUGGCUACUCUGGAGGUUUGCGGGGCUGAAGCUAAAGACGGGGGUCUUUUCUACUGUGAGGCUCGCAAUGAGGCUGGCAGUGAGAGCUGCAGCAUGGAGCUCAAAGUGAAAGAACCACCAACUUUUAUUAAAGAACUUUCUCCAGCUGAUGUUGUGAAGGGUUCAACGGCAUCUUUUGAGUGCCAGAUUGCCGGAACAGGUCCAUUUGAGAUAACCUGGCACAAAGAUGGAAAAGAGAUCAAGCCCAGUGCAAAACAUGGCUUUUCCCAGAUAAAUGACACUUUGACCCUAGAGAUCCACAGAUGUGACGGUGUAGAUGUGGGUGAAUAUCAGUGUACUGUAGCUAAUGAGGUUGGGACCUGCACUUGUAAAACAACUCUAAGCCUCAAAGAACCUCCAACCUUUACCAGGAGGAUUGAGGACAGUGUUACGGUCCUGGGUAAACUGGCACAGUUUCAGUGUGUUGUUGUGGGUUCUCCAACUCUUUCUGUCCAAUGGCAGAAAGAUGAGAGCUGGAUUUUGGAGGAUCCAAGGAUUGAGAGAACUUUUGAAAACAAUGUGGCGACUCUCAGGAUUUCUGCCUGUGAAGCGUCUCAUUCAGGCAGAUACAGCUGCCAGGUGAUAAACGAGGCUGGGCAAGAUAAAUGCUUCGGCACUCUCACAGUUCAAGAACCCCCUCAGAUCUUAGAGAAGCCUGAGGAAAUCAAGGUAACAGUCGGAGAUCCAGUCAGUCUGGACUGUAAGGUGAAAGGCUCACCUGAGCUCAAGGUGAGAUGGAUGAAAGAUAGCAAGGAGCUUCAGUCCAUAAGGCAGCACAAGCUUGUCUUUGAGAACAGCAUCAGCAGCCUAAAGAUUCAGGGAGCGCAGAAAGCAGAUGAAGGAGAGUAUGUGUUUGAGGUGUCAAACCACAUCAGCAGCUGCUCCUGCAAAGUUAAACUGGUCGUAUUAGAGCAAGUAAUUCCUCCAAGCUUCAUCAAACCACUGGUAGAAAUGCAGGAGAUUCUGGGCUCAUUUGUUCAGAUUUGCUGUAAAAUAUCCGGUUCCCUCCCAAUCUCUGUGGAGUGGCAGAAAGAUGGGAGUAAAAUCUCCAGUGGUGUCAAACACAAACUGAUCCAGCAGGACAACUCCGUGUCUGUGGAAAUCGAACAGCUUGAGAGGCCUGAUGCUGGGUCGUAUUCUUGCAAACUGACCAAUGCAGCUGGGAGCUGUGAAUGUAGUGGAUCCCUCAGGGUCAAAGAGCCUCCCAGCUUUGUGUUGCUGCCCGAGUCACAGGCGGCUCUGCCCAAUGCCACAGUUCGCUUCAAAAGCACGUUUACGGGCACGCCGCCCUUUACGGUCAAAUGGUUCAAGGACGACACAGAGCUCAUGACCGGGCCAACAUGCUUCACAGGCGUGGAUGAAACGUCCUGCUUCUUAGAGCUCUACUCAGUGGCCGUCGCUCAGAGUGGAAUUUACUCUUGCCAAGUCAGCAACGAUGCUGGUUCUGUACGCUGCAGUGCAGAUUUGACUGUCAAAGAACCACCUGAGUUUGUGCUGAAACUUCCCGCCACUAAGUUUGUAAAGCGGGACGAAUCACUCCACCUGGAGUGCAAAGUCCGUGGCACAGCCCCUCUGAAAACAACCUGGUACAAACACGACACCAAGGUCUCGGACGGGGGCAACUACAGGACCUCGUUUGUUGACUCGGUAGCUGUCCUGGAGCUGGUGUCCAGCAGCUUUGAUGAUGACGGAGUUUACACCUGUGAAGCUCAGAAUGAUGCUGGCAGUGUGAGCUGCAGCACCACACUUACGGUUAAAGACCCCCCUGCAUUUGUGAAAGUACCCCAGCCCGUUGAGGGGCUGAUGGGUAGGGACGUGAGCUUGUACUGCGAGAUGAGCGGUUCCGCUCCGUUCCAGGUCGCCUGGUUCAAAGACAGGAAACCUCUGAUGGAGAGCAGGAAGUAUAAGAUGGUGGGCGAGGGCAGCUCAGCCACUCUGCAUGUCAUUGGGAUAGAGCCUUCGGACGCCGGCGAGUAUGAGUGCAAAGUUUCGAACAGUGUAGGAAGUGACUCCUGCCACACUUCGGUUAAACUCAGAGAGCCGCCAUCAUUUGUGGAGAAACUGUCCAACAUGACAGUGAUGCUGGGAGAGGAGGUGACCCUUAUGGCCACUGUUAGAGGCUCUGAACCCAUUACUGUGUCCUGGGUUCAGGACAAGGAUCACAUUCUCAGGGACAGUGACAACAGGAAAAUCACCUUUGAGAACAACCAGGUGGCACUUACUGUGUUUAAGGCGGAUGCAACCGUGGCAGGCAGAUACACCUGCCAACUCAGAAAUGAUGCUGGGAGUGUGGAUUGUUUCGCUAACUUGACUGUCCUAGAACCAGCUAAGAUCAUAGAUAAACCCGACACUUUGAGCGUGACGGCCGGCGACAUGGCCGCCCUGGAGGUCAAAGUGGGCGGAACACCGGAGCUCGUUCCCAAGUGGUUCAAAGACGGCAUGGAGCUGGCCACAUCCGGGAAGUACAAGAUCUCCUUCUCGCAGAUGAUCUCCAGUCUGAACGUGCUUUCUACGGAGAAACUGGACUCUGGGGAAUACACCUUCCAGGUCAUGAACCAAGUGGGAAAAGACCUGAGUAAAAUUAACCUCACCGUUUUAGAUAAGACCGUUCCUCCAUCGUUCACCAGGAAGCUGAAGGACUGUAAGAUGACGGUAGGAGAAGCUGCAGAGAUGGAGUGCAAAGUGUCGGGCUCCCCACCUUUUACUAUUUCAUGGUACCACGAUGGUGAGGAGAUACAGAGCGGGCCGAACUGCGAGGUUUCCUUCAGCGACAACAGCUGCACGCUCAGAGUGCCGACCCUGAGGCUGACUGACUCCGGAGCUUACAAGUGCAAAGCUGUCAACAAGGCUGGUUUCAGCGAAACCUCAGCAACUUUGGCUGUCAAAGAACCUCCGUCUUUCGUGGUGCCGCUGCAGCCGAUGGAGGCCAUGCCGGGCUCCAUCGUGACCUUCUCAGGCAUGGUGAAGGGCAGCGCGCCGCUCACCCUGAAGUGGUUCAGAGGAACCAAGGAGAUGCUGCCAGGGAAGGACUGCAGCUUCACCCUGAAGGACAACCAAGUGACUCUGGAGCUUCACAACGUGAACCGAUCCCAUGCUGGAGAAUACACCUGUCAGAUCAUCAACGACGCAGGAAAAGAAAGCUGUGCUGUGAAUCUCACAAUCAAAGAACCGGCAGCCUUCUCUAAGAAGCUGAAAGACGUGUCGGUCGAGAAGGGCAAACCUUUAACGCUCGAGUGUUCGUACACCGGAACUCCAAAGAUCACAGUGAGCUGGUUCAAAGACGGCCAGCAGAUCUUUGCUUCCUACAAAUACAACAUCACCACGACGGAAAGCUCCUGCAUCCUGGAGUGUCUCAGCACAGACGACAAGGAGGCCGCAGGGACGUACAGCUGCCAGGUGUCCAACGACGCAGGAAAGGACACAAGUGAUGCUGUUGUGUCCAUUUUGGAGCCUCCAUACUUUGUUGAAUCUCUGGAGCCCAUGGAGGUGACCGCUGGUGAUGCAGUGUGUCUGAAGUGCCAGGUGGCAGGUACACCUGAGAUCAAGGUGUCCUGGUUCAAGGCUGACGGCAAAGUGCGGUCCAGCUCCAGCUGUAAGUUGGAGUACUCAAAGGGCGUCGCCAGUCUGAAGCUCAGCAAAGCCACCAAGGCUGACAUCGGGGAGUACACCUGCAAGGCGGAGAACAAGAUCGGCUCUGCCUCCUCCACCUGCAGACUCAAUGUUCUCGAGGCCAAAACGCCUCCUUCCUUCCCCAAAAAGAUCACCAGCCUGCAGGAGACAGAGGGCCAGGCGGUGCGUUUUGAGUGCCGUGUCGCCGGCUCAUCACCCAUUGAGGUGUCAUGGCUGAAAGACGGCGAGCCGCUGAUGCAGGGAGGCGAGUUCUCUAUGCUGUAUGACGACAACACGGCUGUGCUGCAGAUCGGCCAUGGCGAAAUGAGGCAUUCUGGGGAAUAUACAUGCGUGGCGACCAACAGUGUUGGCUCAACUUCCUGCAGAGCCAAACUCACCAUGCAAGAACCCAGAUACGCUCCGGUCUUUGACAGAAAGUUGUCACCGCGGGAGGUGACGGUGGGUGACAGCAUCGAAAUGGAGUGUCACAUGACUGGGUCCGCCCCCAUCAAAGUCACAUGGUCCAAAGACCAUAAAGAUAUCCGCUCUGGUGGGAACUAUAAGAUCAGCUGUGUGGAAAACACCGCCCACCUGACCAUACUGAAGGCGGAUAAAGGUGACACAGGGAAAUACUUCUGCCAUGCCUCCAAUGACAUGGGGAAGGACUCUUGUUCCACUGACAUCUCUGUCAAAGAGCGUAAAAAUCCACCGAUGUUCACCAAAAAGCCCUCGGAGCACAUCGAAGACAUGGAGGGCAAACUGGUAAAAAUCGAGGGCAGAGUCUCCGGCUCUCAGCCCGUUUCUGUCAGCUGGUUCAAAGACGGCAAGGAAAUCCACAGCUCUGACAAAUACGAUAUCAGCUUUAAGAGCAAUGUGGCGGUGCUGUGCAUCAAGAGCAGCCAGGUGACCGACAGCGGCAGGUACUCCUGCCAGGCCUCCAACGAAGCUGGAAGAGCUUCCUGCGACGUCACUGUGGGCAUCCUGGAAGCCAAGAAGCCUCCAGUGUUUGACGUUCCACUCAAACCAGUGACUGUGGAUGAAGGCGACAAGCUGAGCCUCAGGUGUCACGUCUGCGGAUCCGCUCCUCUGAAGGUCCAGUGGAUGAAGGACAGGAAGGAGCUUUCAUCAGCCGGCAGCAUCAGGCUCGGCUUCUCUGAUGGUACGGCCAGUCUGGAGAUCAGCUCAGCCUCCAAACACGACGCUGGCGAUUACCUCUGCAAGGCUACAAAUGAAGCCGGCGCCGAGUUCUGCAAGGCCAAAGUCACAGUGAAAGAGAAACCAGGAGCAGCUAAACCUGAGACUCCAGCAGCAGCUCCAACCAAAAAACUGGAUAAUCUAUUCUUCAUCGAAGAACCCAAAUCCUUACAUGUUACAGAGAAGGGAACUGCCACCUUCAUCGCUAAGGUUGGAGGAGAACCCAUCCCAAGUGUGAAGUGGAUGAAGGGAAAAUGGAGGCAGCUCACCCACGGCGGCCGCAUCUCCAUCGUGCAGAAAGGUCAGGAGUCCAAGUUGGAGAUCCGAGAGGUGACCAAGUCGGACUCGGGUCAGUACCGGUGCGUUGCCUCCAACAAGCACGGCGAGAUCGAGUGCAACGCCGACAUGCAUGUUGACGGAAAGAAAGAGGCGCCGCAGCUGGAGGGAGACCUCCGAGCCAAACUGAAGAAGACGCCAUCGAAGCAGAAGAGUCCGCAGGAGGAGAAGGACAUCGACAUUGUUGAGCUGCUGAGAAACGUCGACCCCAAAGAGUACGAGAAAUACGCCCGUAUGUACGGCAUCACCGACUACAGAGGACUGCUGCAGGCCAUCGAGCAGCUCAAGAAAGAGAGGGGCGAAGAAAGUGGAAGACCGGAAGUGGAACGUGGAGACAGAGAGUCAGAUGAGGACAUGGCUCGGUUGGUGGCCGACCUGCAGAAGAGGAUGGAGAGGACAGAGCCCGUCACUGUGGUGAAGGACAUCUCCAACCAGUCCGUCUUCACCAACGAAGAGGCGGAGUUUGAGUGCGAGAUCAAGAUCAACUACCCAGAGAUCACGCUGUCGUGGUACAAAGGGACGCAGAAGCUUGACACCGACGACAAAUACGACAUCAGCAUCAGCGGCGACCGCCACCUGCUCAAGAUCAAGAGGUGCCAGCCGUCCGACCAGGGCAACUACCGGGUGGUGUGUGGGCCGCACAUCUCCAGCGCCAAGCUCACCGUCACGGAGGUGGAGGUGGAGAAGCACCUGCAGGACACGUCGGGUAAGGAAGGCCAGGCCUGCACUCUGUCAUGUCAGUUGUCUGUUCCUAACGUCGAGGCUCAGUGGUUUAAAAACGGAAAGCAGUUAGAGAUGAAGGGGAGGUAUUCGUCCGAAGUGAAACACAAAGUUCAGAAGCUUCUGAUCAAAGACCUGAAGUCUGAAGACCGGGGCAGAUACUCCUGCAGAUACCAGCACCUGGAGUCCUCGGCGGACCUCAAGGUGGAAGCCGAACAAAUUCAUUUCACCAAACGCAUCCACAACGUGGAAGUCAACGAGCGCCAGUCGGCCACCUUCGAGUGCGAGGUGUCCUUCGACAACGCAAUCGUUUCUUGGUACAAAGACACCUGGGAACUGAAAGAAUGCACUAAGUACACCUUCAGAAGCGAAGGCAGGAGGCAUUUCAUGGUCAUUCGAAAUGUGACCACUGAAGACGAAGGCGUUUACUCAGUGAUUGUGAGAUUGGAGCCCAGAGGAGAGGCUAAGAGCACAGCUGAGCUUUAUUUGUCUGGCAAAGAAAUUGAAUUAGCGAUGGUACCGACAGAUUUCCCAGAUUCUUCGGUUCAGAGGCCUGAAGUGCCUUCAUCAGAAGAAAUUCAAGAAUCUGCUGAGUUCUAUCAGUAUGAAGAAAAGAUCGAACAGAGAGAAUCAGCUGAAUAUUCGUAUCAGUAUGAAGAGGAGGCGCAGCAGACAGUCGAGUAUCAGAGCUGGACAGAAGAGACUGUAACACAACAGAUUUCAGAGACUAAAGCUGCCAGAGUUGCUGUUGAAGAAAAAGUGGAGAUCAUGAAAGUUGAACUGAGGGAGGAAAUCCCAGCUAAAGUUGAGAAGAAGCCAGAAGAGAAGCCAACUGCAGCUGUGGAGGAACCCAAGAAAAAACCAGAAGCCAGGAAGCCAGUAGAGGAAAAGGUUUCUGCAGUUUCAGUCCCAGAGAAGAAGGAAGUUUCUGCUCCCAAAGAACCAGAGGAGGUGAAGAAACCAGUCGCUGCUCCAAAAGAGAAGCCCGGACUUCCAACCAAAGAUGAAGCCAAGCCUCAGGUUCCAGCUGAGCCCAAGAAACUGGUUCCUGAAGCCAAACCCGCUCCAGCUCCUAAAGAAGAACCAGAACCAAAAGCUAAACCCGCUCCAGCUCCAAAAGAACCAGAACCAAAGGUUAAACCGGUUCCAGCUCCUAAAGAAGAACCAGAACCAAAGGCUAAACCUGUUCCAGCUCCAAAAGAACCAGAACCAAAUGUUAAGCCUGCUCCAGCUUCCAAAGCGGAACCAGAAGCAAAGCCAGUGACUCCUCCAUCCAAAGCCCCUGAAGAGGCUGCAAAGAUCAAGCCUGAACCAGAAGCUCCAAAACCAAAGCCAGAACCGAAGAAAACAAAACCAGAAGUCCGUAAACCUGAACCUCCUAAACCAGAACCUGCAGAACCAACACCAGAACCAAAGGAACCUCAGAAGAAAGUGCCAGAAGAACCAGUAAAGAAGGAGGUGGCUGCUCCUCCACCUCCUUCAGUCCCACAGAAAGUACAGAAAGAGGCAGAGGAACCUCAGAAGAAGACAGUCAAAGUUCCCGUGGAAGAAAAAGUUCCCGAUCUUCCAAAAGCAGCGAAGAAACCCGAACCUAAAGCUGCUCCUCCCAAAGAAGAGCCAGCUCAGAAGGACAAAGCUCUCAAGCCCCAACAGAAAUCUGACCAGAAAAUGCCUGAUGAGGAGGCUGUGUUGGGCAAAAAACCUGAAAAAAUAUCUGAAACGGCAGCAAGGAAAGCUGAGGUGAAGGAAAAAACUCCGCAGAAGAUGCCAGAAAGUAAACAGGAAGUUGUACAGAAGGUGGUGGCUGAAAGAAUCCCAGAGAAAAUACAGGAAAAAAUCCCAGAAAAACUUCCAGAGAAAAUUUCUGAGAAACGUCCAGAAAAAAUCUCAGAGAAACUUCCAGAAAAAAUUGUAGAGAAACAUCCAGAAAAAAUCUCUGAGAAACUUCCAGAGAAAAUCCCAGAAAAAAUUCAAGAAAAAAUCUCAGAGAAACGUCCAGAAAAAGUCUCUGAGAAACUUCCAGAGAAAAUUCCUGAAAAACUCCCAGAGAAAAUUCCUGAGACAAAGCUUGAGGUUAAACCUCCUCAGAAAAAGGCUGAAGAGGUGAUCAGUCAGAAAAAACCUCCUGUGAAAGUUGACAAAGUGAAACCAGAGAAACAAGCAGAGAAAAUCUUUGAAGGUGUUUCUGUUAAAACACCUGAGAAGGUUGGAGCAGAACGAGAAGAAUCUCUUCAGAAAGAACCUGUAGUUGAGAAAACGGAGAAGAUUCGUCAGGAGAAGAAAGUCUUUGUUCCUGUUGAAAAAGUUCUAACUGAGAAACCAGAAGAAACUCAGAGGAAACAGGAAGAGGAGAGAAAAUCUGUUAAAAUCUCUGAGAUAAAACACAAAGUUAAAGCAAAAGUGAACGAAGAUGAGCCUGAAGAGAUCAAAUCACCAGCAGACGAAACGAGGAGCAAAGGCAAAACUGAAGAAAAACGUUCAGUUAAAGAAGAGUUGGCGAGAAAAACAAGUGAAAAAUUGGAGGUUAUCAGUGUGAAAUCUGAGAAAAUCUCAGAAAAACUCAGCAGAGCAGGAGAGGAAACUCACAGAGAAGUGAAAAAGACAGAAAGUAAAUCAGAGUUAACUGAAUCGGUUGCAUCUUUUGAGCUAACCGAAGAGGAAAAGGUGAGGUCUGAACCGGUGUUUGAUGUAAAACCGGACUACCGCUCUGUGAAAGCAGAACUAGAGACGUCAGAGUCGGUCACAGAGCUGGAGUUGAUUACCAAGUUUGUGCCAGAAGCAGAGCAGCUGAAGUCUGAAGACGUUCCUCCUCAGAAACACAAACUCUUAAUCCAGGAUCGGAUGAAACCUUCAGUCUCUUUAAAACCAGAAGAAGAGACAAAGAUUCCCUCAGAAACAGCCACUGGAGAAACUGAAGACAAACUCAAGAAGCUUCCUUCCAAACCUGCUGAGACAAAAGAAAAGAAAGUGGAGAAAGUUGUUGUGAAGGAGAAGGAGUUGCCUCCAGAACCCAAAGAAGUGAAGCCAGCUCCUCCUCCAGAAGAAAUCAAACCAAAAGUUGGAGAAGCCCCCAAAAGACCUGAAGUUACUCAAAAGAAAAUCCCUCCACCAGAGGAAACAAAACCAGUGGUCAAGCCUGUUGUGAAGGCUGAAGAACCGACUAAGGUGGUUCCAGAAGAAAAGCCAGCUCUGAAAGAUGAAACCAAAGGACCGGUCCAGACACCUGGAGGAGUCCAGAAAGAAACUGUUCAGCACAAAAAGGGUAAAAUUCAAGUCACAGAGGACGGGACGUUUGAGAUUCCCACCUUGAAGAAAGCAACCAGAGUCAUGAGGGAAGUAGAAGAGGAGCAAGAGGUCGUCACGUUUAAGAAGGUCCCAUCGGUUCCACUGACAGAAUCUGAAGAGGAACGAAAACCUCAGAAAGUCACCAAGACCACCGUUUUCCAUGCCGAGGAAAUGGUGCAUGAAGAAGAGUCUUUUGAGAUGUCUGUUGUCACCAGACGGACUGUUGAAGAAAGGAAACCCAAAGAGAAACCUGAUGUGGUGAAAAAGCCAGAUGUUAUCAAGCCUAAAGAGGAGGAAGAAAAAGAAACUCAAAAAGACGCUUGGACCCGCCAGAAGCCCACCCCUAAAGAUGAGAAACCAGAAGACAAGAUAUCUCUUAAGAAAACCCCAAAAGCGCCAAAAGAAGAGGAACCUGCUCCUCCCAGUGCAGCACCAAAAAAAGUGAAAAAGUUGCCCUUAUCUGAAGCUGAACCAGAAGUAGUCAAGCUCAAACCUUUUGAGAAGCCUGUUGAACCUUUAGAAGAGCCAGAGAAAGAUAAGAAGGAGAGGCCAGAGAGAGAUAGUGUGCCUUUCCAGAAGGGAGAAAGGAUCCCGCGAGAGGUGGAACCCAAAGAGCCAGCAAAGAAACCUGCGGAGGCACUCCCUGAGGUAAAGGAGCCUCCAACUAAGGUACCAAAGCCAGCAGAUAAAAAGAAAACUCCAGAGAAAGAGCCAGAGGAGGUCAAAGCACCAACUAAAGGGAAGAAAAUCCCAACAACAGAACAGGAAGUGGAAAGCGUCAAACUGAAGCCCUUCUCCAAACCUUCCAAAGAAGCUGAGGAGCCUAAGAAGAAACCCCCAGAGGAGAAAGACAGGAAACCAUCUGAUGACCUGCAGCGCCGUCGCACCAGUCCUGAUGAAAAACCAAAGGCAAAAGAGCCAGAGGCUAAGCCCAAGAAACCUGACGUCCCUGAAGCUCCUGAGAAAAAGCCGGAGAAGCCAAAGGAGGAGGUAGACACAGCUCCAACAGAGAAGACACCUGACAAGAAGCCUGACAAGAAGCCUGAGAAGACUCCAGAGGAGGUCAAACCUAAGGCUUUGGAGCCAAAGAAAGGAGUUAUACCCAAGGCUAAAGAGGAGAAGGAAGACGUAGCACUGAAGCCAGUGGAGCAGCUCAAAAAGGCAGAGUUGAAAAAGACUCCUUCUCCUAAAGUUGAAAAACUCAAGGAGGCAGAAGCAGCUCCAGCUGAGAGGAGGCCAAGCAUUGACAAACUUAAAAAAGAGCCAAAAAGCGUUUCACCCAAAGACUCUGUUGAAGCUGCAACUCUUAAAAAGGUUCCAAAGAAACCAUCACCAGAAGAGGCGAAGGCUGUCAAACCAGCAGAGCCUGGCAAAAAGAAAGUUCCCGCAGUGAAGGAGAUCUCUCCCGGGGCUGUGCAAAUAAAGAAGGUCGCCACUCAGCCAGAGGAGGAGGUGUUUGAAGAGGAGGCAGAGGAAGAGGCUGAGCUGGAGGAAGAGGAAGCCUGGGGCUGGGAGCUGGUUCCACGGGACAGCUAUGGCUCAGAGGACUGGGAAGGUGAAGGAGAAGAAGGUGCCUUGGAGGUUCCUGGGGUAACCCAGAGAGAGGGGCAGCCGGCAGAGGAAGCAGGAAGAGGCAGAGGCAGAGGGCUAAAACCCAAGCAGACGCCAUCGCCCGGAGAGGGCAGAGGUCGGGGCAUGAAGCCUGGUGGCAGAGGCGGCCCCACACCACCAGAGGAACCUUUUGCAGGUUUCAAACUCAAAGCUGUUCCCCUGAAGUUCAUCAAGAAGCUUGAAAAUAUUGUCCUCAAGGAGGCCGAGUCCAUCGGCUCAUCGGCCGUGUUUGAGUGUGAGGUUUCUCCCUCUACGGCCGUCACCUCCUGGAUGAAAGAUGGCGGCAACCUGCGUGAGAGUCCCAAGCACAAGUUCAUCUCUGACGGCAAAGAUCGGAAGCUGCACAUCAUUGAUGUCCAGCUGUCCGACACUGGAGAAUACACCUGCGUGGCCAAGAAUGCUGGAAAGGAGAUUUCCUGCACUGCCAAGCUCAUAGUUGAAGAGCUUCCUGUAAAAUGGAUCAAGGAGUUGGAACCGGAGAACUCGGCCAUCCUGGGCCAGCCCAUCUACAUAUCCUGCGAGCUAAGCAAAGAGAGGGACGUGGUCUGGAAGAAGAAUGGUGAAGUCCUCAAGAAAAAGGAGGGCAAGAUUCAAAUCAACAUCAUUGGAUUGCAGCACGCCGUGACCAUCCAAGGCUCCACGCCAGAAGAUGCUGGUACCUACACCUGUGAAGUGUCAGGACAGGAGGACGUCGUGACCACCACAAACGUCAAAGUGCUCGAGAUUAUUAAAGACUGGAUAGUAAAACCACUUAGAGACCAGCAUGUGAAACCAAAGGCCAAUGCCACGUUUAAGUGUGAGCUCUUCAGAGACACUCCCAACUGGAAGUGGGUCAAAGGAGAGAAUGAGCUCACUCCAUCAGACAAGGUUGAGAUCACGAAGGAUGGAAAGGAGCUGACGCUGACCAUUAAGAACUGCCAGCCGGACGAUGUAGCAGAAUAUGCCAUGGAGGUGGAAGGACGCAUCUAUACCGCCAAGCUAACGCUAGGAGAGCGUGAAGCUGAGAUCCUGAGGCCUUUGGCCAGUAUAGAGGUGGUAGAAAAGGAAGAUGCUGCAUUUGAAACAGAAAUAUCUGAGGAUGAUAUUCCAGGAGAAUGGAAACUCAAAGGAGAGGUUUUGACCAGAUCUCCGACGUGUGACAUCCAAAUGGAGGGUACGGUUCGUAGGCUCACACUGAAAAACUGCCAGUUGGAUCAGGCCGGGGAAGUGUCAUACCAGGCCCUGAACGCCAUCACAACCGCAAUGCUAAAUGUCAAAGAAAUCGAGAUGGACUUUGUUGUCCCGCUGAAGGACGUUUCUGUGCCAGAAAAGAAACAGGCUAAGUUUGAAUGCACCAUCACCAAGGAUGUCGCCAAGGUCAUGUGGUAUAAAGGGGCUGACAUCAUCACCCCAGACCAAAAGUACGACAUCAUCGAUGAUGGGAAGAAACACAUGCUGGUCAUCAACUGCUGCGAGUUUGAUGACGAGGAUGAAUAUACGAUUGAGGUUUUGGGCAAAACUUCCACAGCUAGACUCACCGUCGAGGGUAUCAGGCUCAGAUUUGUCUCACCACUGAAGGAUCAAACCGUAAAGGAGGGCAGUACAGCUCGCUUUGAGCUGGAGCUCUCUCAUGAGAACAUUCCUGUCACCUGGUACAAGAACGACGUUAAAAUCCAUCCGAGCAGAACCGUCGUCACUCACACGGACGGAAAGAAGCACAUACUAGAAAUUAAGGAUGUGACUCUAGACGAUAUCUGUCAAAUUAAGGCCGAGGCCAAAGGAAUUCCUUCCAUGGCCAACUUGACAGUUAUAGAGGGAGAUCCCUACUUCACGAUUAAGCUGCAGGACUAUACUGCAGUCGAGAAAGACGAAGUGGUUCUAGAUUGCGAGCUCAGCAAAGACGUCGAUGUCAUGUGGUACCACAACGAGGCCGAGAUCAAGGCCUCAAAGAUGGUGGCCAUCAAGGCUGAGGGGAAGCGGAGAACUCUAAUCAUCAAGAAAGUUGGUGACAAAGACAAGGGACAGUAUGUAUGUGACUGUGGGACAGACAAAACGACAGCCGAGCUUCACAUCGAAGCUCGGCACAUCAAGGUGGUUCGGCCCAUGUAUGGUGCCGAGGUCUCAGAAGGAGAGACGGUUCGAUUCGAAGUCGAACUCAGUGAGGACGACGUUCACGGCCAGUGGAGGCUAAACGGAGAAGUCCUCAGUCCAUCUGCUGACAUUGAGAUUGUGGAAGAUGGCGCCAAACACACUCUGGUUUUGUACAACUGCAAACUGCCCCAAACAGGGGAGCUUGUGUUCACCGCCGCCAACGCCAAGUGUUCUGCUAACCUGAAAGUGAAGGAGCUUCCCAUCUCUUUCAUUACACCAUUGGCCGAUGUGCAUGUGUACGAGAAAGACGAGGCUAAGUUUGAGUUGGAAAUUUCACGAGAGCCCAAAAGCUUCCAUUGGCUCAAAGGAACUCAGGAAUUGUCAAACGACGAUAAGUUUGAAAUCCAAGUAGACGGAAAACGACACACUCUAGUCGUAAAAUCUGCCAAAUAUGAAGAUGAAGCCAAAUACAUGUUUGAGGCUGAGGAUAAGAGGACGUCUGGAAAAUUGAUUAUUAAAGGUAUUCGCCUUGAGUUUAUCAAGCCGAUUAAAGACGUAACCGUAAAGGAACGAGAAACUGCAGAGUUCAGCGUUGAACUGUCUCAUGACAAGAUUCCAGUAGUUUGGUACAGAAAUGAAGUGCGCCUGCACCCCAGCAAGCUGGUGCACAUGUCGGAGGAAGGCAGAUCGCACACACUGGCCUUCAAGGAGGUCACAAUCGAUGAUACCUCCAUGAUUAAGGUGGAGGCAAUGGGAAAGACGUCGGAGGCAAUGCUAACUGUUCUUGAGGGCGACCUCUACUUUACAGUAAAACUCCAGAACUACACCGCGGUCGAGAAGGACGAGGCAAUCUUGUCCUGCGAGUUGAGCAAGGCCGCCGCCGAGGUCAAGUGGUUCAAAGACGGUAACGAAAUCUUUGCGUCCAGGAACAUUAUCUUCCAAUCUGAUGGCAGGAAGCGCAUGUUGGUCAUCAAGAAAUCGGCGAAGAAAGACAGGGGAGCUUACACCUGCGACUGCGGCACUGACAAAACCACAGCAGAGCUGAACAUCGAAGAGCGCAACAUUAAGAUUGUCCGCCCGCUGUACAGCGUGGAGGUCACAGAGACCGAGACGGCCUCGUUUGAAACGCAGAUUUCUGAAGACGACAUCCAUGCCACCUGGAAACUGAAGGGCGAGACGCUCCACCCGUCUGCUGAUGUGGAGAUAAAGGAGGAAGGAGCGCGACACACUUUGACACUCUUCUGCUGCAGAAUGGAUAUGGCUGGAAGCGUUGACUUCUCUGCAGCGAAUGCAAAGUCUUCAGCGCAUCUCAGAGUCAAAGGCCGGGUGAUCUCCCUGGUGAGGCCCCUGAAGAACAUCACAGUGACUGCCGGAGAGACCGCCACCUUCCAGUGCGAGCUGUCCUAUGAAGACAUCCCCGUCGAUUGGUACCUGGGCGAGACGAAGCUGGAGCCAAGCGAGAGAGUUGUGUUCAAGGAUGAAGGGAAAACCUACAGCGUCACGGUGAGAGACGUCCAACUGAGUGAAGCUGGACGAGUCAAACUCACCGCCAAAGACUUUGAGACUGAAGCCACCCUGUCUGUCAAAGAGCCGCCUGUAGAGUUCACCAGACCUCUGCAGGACCAAACGGUGGAGGAGAAAACCACCGCCACGCUCGAGUGUGAAGUUUCCAGAGCAAACGGAGAAGUCCAAUGGCUCAGGGACGACCAGGAGAUCCGCAAGACGAAGAAGUAUGACAUCCUGGCUGAGGGCUGCAAGAGAACGCUGGUCAUCCACGAAUGCACGCUGGACGACUCAAAGACCUACACCUGCGACGCCAAAGACUUCAAAACGUCCUGCUUCCUCACGGUGGAAACUGCCCGUGUCGAGUUCUCCAAGCCUCUCCAUGAUGUUGAGGUUCGGGAGAAGGAAACUGCCAGGUUUGAGUGUGAAGUCUCCAGAGAGGAUGCUAAAAUCACCUGGUUGAAGGAUGGAACUGAAAUCAGAAAAGGAAAGAAGUAUGAAAUUAUUGCACAAGGCCGUCAACACAUCCUUCUCAUCCACAAGGCCGCAUUUGAUGAUGAAGCUGAAUACGAAUGUGACGCACAGACCUCCAAAUCCUCCGGCAUGCUCACCGUCGUCGAGGAAGAAACUACUUUCACUAAGAACCUGCCGAACGUCGAGGGAACGGAGACGGACAGCGUGAGGCUGAUCUGUGAGGUCUCCAAGCCCAACGCUGACGUCACCUGGUACAAAGGCGACAAGGAGCUGCCAGACGGCGGCCGCUACGAACACAUCGUCGAUGGCAAGAAGAGGAUUCUCCUCAUCAAGGACCUGAAGACAGACGACGCCGGAGAAUACAGCUGCAGGCUGAGCACCGGCACCAAAACCUCCGGGAACCUCAAGAUCAACGAACUGGCUGCUGAAUUCCUGUCCAGACCUCAGAACCAGGAGGUGGUGGAGGGUAAUAGGGCAGAGUUCACCUGCACCGUCUCCAAGGAAACCUUCAGUGUCAAGUGGAUGAAGGACGGCAAGGAGCUGGAGUCAGGAGACAAGUACGAGUUGGUGAGUGACGGCAAGAAGCGCAGUCUGGUCAUCAAGGCGGCCGAGCUCAAAGACGAGGGCGGAUACAUUGUGGUGAUCGGAGAGACGAGAGCCAGCGCUGACCUGACUGUGAGCGAGAAACUGAAGGUCAUCACCCCUCUGAAAGACACGGAGGUCAAAGAAGGCCAGGAGAUCGUCCUGAACUGUGAGGUGAACAUCGAGGGAGCCAAGGCCAAGUGGCUGAAGAACGACGAGACUCUGUUUGAGAGCGGCAAGUACGUGAUGGUUCAGAGAGACAACGUCUUCUCGCUGAGGAUCAAAGAUGCUCGGAAGGGAGACGAAGCCGACUACAGCAUCACGCUGACCAAUCAGAGAGGAGAACAGGCCAAGAGCUCCGGCAAACUCUCCGUCAGAGAGGAGAGUCUGAGGAUCAUGGUUCCUCCGGAGGACAUCGACACUCAGGAGAAGAAGACCAUCAGCUUCUCCUGCAAGACCAACAGACCCAACGCCACAGUGAAGUGGAUGAAGGCCGGCCAGGAGAUCACCUUCAGCAAGCGCAUCGUCUACAGGGUCGACAAAGAAAAGCACACGCUCACCAUCAAGGACUGCACGCUGGCCGACGAGGGCGAGUACACGGUGGUCGCCGGGGACAACAAGGCCACCGCGGAGCUGAUCAUCAGCGAGGCGCCGACCGACUUCAGUGCGCAGCUCAAAGACCAGACCAUCACCGAGUUCGACGAUGCCGAGUUCACAUGCGAGCUGACCAAGGAGAAGGCCGAGGUCAAGUGGUACCGGAACGGACGGGAGAACAGAGAGGGACCAAGAUACACGUUUGUGAAAGACGGAAAGUUCUGCACACUGCGGAUCAAGGAGUGCAGGCCGGAUGACGAGUGUGAAUACGCCUGUGGAGUCGACGAUAAGAGGUCCAGAGCCAGGCUCUUUGUUGAAGAGAUUCCAGUGGAGAUCAUCAGACCUCCGCAGGACGUGUUUGAGCCUCCGGGCUCGGACAUCGUGUUUGAGGUGGAGCUCAACAAGGACCGGGUGGAGGUGAAAUGGCUGCGCAACAACAUGACCGUCGUCCAGGGAGACAAGUUCCAGAUGAUGAGCGAGGGGAAGCUGCACCGGCUGCAGGUCUGCGAGAUCCGACCCAGAGACCAGGGACUGUACAGGGUCAUCGUCAAGGACAAGGACGCCAAGGCCAAGCUGGAGCUGGCAGCUGUUCCUCAGAUAAAGACCACCGAUCAGAGCUACGUCACAGACGCCGGGAAGCCCAUCGUCUUGGCCGUCCCGUACAGCGCCUACCCUCAGGCCGAGGCCGAGUGGCUGUACGACAACCAGAGUCUGCCCAAAGACAACAUCUACACCUCCGCCGAGCGCACCGAGUACCGGCUGAAGGACCCGAAGAAGUCAGACCAAGGCCGCUACAAGAUCGUCAUCAAGAACAAACACGGACAGGGAGAAGCUUUCAUCAACCUGGACGUCAUCGAUGUUCCUGGACCUGUGAAGAACCUUCAGGUGGUCGACACCGCGGACGGCGAGGUCAGCCUGGCGUGGGAGGAGCCUGAGAACGACGGCGGCAGCAAAGUGGUCAGCUAUGUGGUUGAGAGGCGCGAUGUGAAGCGUAAGACCUGGACUCUGGCCACCGACCACUCAGAGAGCCCUGAAUACACAGUGACGGGGCUGCAGAAGGACUCCUUCUACUUCUUCAGAGUCAGCGCCCGAAACAGGGUCGGCAACGGACCCUUCGUUGAGACGGACGAGGCUGUGCAAGCAAAGAACAAGUUUGACGUUCCUGAACCUCCUCUGAACGUUGACGUUGGAAACGUCACCAAGUUCGGCUGCACCGUCUCCUGGGACCCUCCAGUGUCAGACGGCGGCUCUCCCAUCACCUCCUACAUCGUGGAGCUGCGCGACAGGACGUCGGUGAAGUGGUCGCCUGUCCAGGUGGCGAAAGCCGGCGAGCUCAGCGCCAUCAUCAAUGACGUCAUUGAGAACAAGGAGUACAUCUUCAGAGUCAAAGCUGAGAACAAAGCUGGCGAGGGCAAACCCAGCGCCGCGUCGCGACCUGUUAAGAUCAUGGAUCCAAUCGAACGUCCCAGUCCACCUCAGAACCUGACCUGGCAGGACCAGAACAAGAACUCAGUGCAGCUCACCUGGGAGACGCCGCUGAAAAACGGCGGCAGCAUCAUCACCGGCUACAUCAUCGAACGCUGCGAGGAGGGAACCGACAAGUGGCUCCGCUGCAACGCCCGCCUUUGCCCAGACCUCUUCUACAAGGUGUCUGGCCUGAAAUAUGGAACCAAGUACAACUACAGAGUGUUUGCUGAAAAUGCUGCUGGAGUUUCUGAACCGUCAAACGUCAUCGGACCUCUGCUGGCAGACGACCCACAUUUUGCUCCGUCCUUUGACCUGAGUGCUUUCAAAGACGGCCUGGAAGUGAUCGUCCCUCAGCCUCUCACCAUCAGAGUUCCCAUCGCCGGAUACCCAACCCCCGUCGCCAAGUGGACCUUCGGAGAGAAGGAGGUGACGACCGCAGACGAACGCGUCUCCCUGAUGACCAAGUCCACUUUCACAGAGCUUAUGAUCACGCCGAGCGUCCGGCCAGACAAAGGCAUCUACACCCUCCACCUGGAGAACGACGUCACCUCUGUGUCUGGAGAUAUCGAAGUCAACGUCAUCGCUGCACCCAGCGCACCUAAGGACUUCAAGGUCCUAGAGGUGACCCGGCAGCACGUCCAUCUUAGCUGGGAGGCUCCAGAACACGAUGGAGGAAGUCCUCUAACCGGCUAUCAGGUGGAAAAACGGGACGUGUCCCGCAAGACCUGGGUGAAGGUUGUAACAGGGAUCCAGGAUCUGGAGUUCACCGUCACCGACGUGGUUGAAGGGAAGGAGUAUCUGUUCAGAGUCACCGCCUGCAACAAGUGCGGCCCAGGAGAGCCGGCCUACAUCGAUGAGCCCGUCAACGUCUCUUCCCCAGCCACUGUGCCAGACCCACCAGAGAACCUGAAGUGGAGAGACAAGUCAGCCAGUGGCAUCUUCCUCAUCUGGGAGCCGCCAAAGUACGACGGUGGCACCGGCAUCCGAGGCUACAACGUGGAGCGCUGCCAGAGAGGCACAGACAAGUGGGAGCCCUGCGGAGACAUGGUGCCGGAGCUGAAGUGCCAGGUGACCGGUCUGAUCGAGGGCGAGUGGUACGCCUACAGAGUCCGAGCUCUGAACCGACUCGGAGCCAGCCGGCCCUGCAAGCCCACAGACGAAAUCCAGGCCGUUGAUCCGAUAGAGGCUCCUGAGAUCCAGCUUGAUGCCAAGCUUCUGGCCGGUCUGACGGCCAAGGCUGGCAGCAAGAUCGAACUCCCAGCCGAAGUGAAGGGAAAGCCUGAGCCCCGAGUGAAGUGGACCAAGGCCGACCUGGUUCUGAAGCCAGACGACAGGGUGUCCAUCGACACCAAGCCGGGACACUCCACCGUCACCAUUGCUAAGACCAAGAGAGACGACAGCUCCACCUACAUCAUCGAGGCGACCAACAGCAGCGGCCGCGCCACCGCCACUGUGGAUGUCAACAUCCUUGACAAACCUGGUCCUCCUGCUGCCUUCGACAUUUCUGAGAUCACCAACGAAACCUGCCUCCUGGCCUGGAACCCGCCACGCGACGACGGCGGCUCCAGAGUUACCAACUACAUCGUGGAGCGCCGAGCUGCCGACAGCGAGAUCUGGCACCGGCUGUCCUCCACCGUCAAACAGACCACAUACAAGGCAGUCGGCCUGGUCAAGUUCAAGGAGUACAUCUUCAGAACCUUUGCUGAGAACCAGUUCGGUGUCGGUCCGCCAGCUGAACACCUGCCCAUCAUCGCCAGAUAUCCGUUUGACACCCCUGGAGCUCCCUACAAACUGGAGCCUUCAGACAUCGCCAAAGACGCCGUGACCCUGAACUGGUACGAGCCGGAUGAGGAUGGAGGCAGCCCCAUCACAGGCUACUGGGUGGAGAGAUACGAACCGGACCAUGACAAGUGGAUACGAUGCAACAAGCUGCCCAUCAAAGACACCAACUACAGAGUGAAAGGUCUUCCCACAAGGAAGAAGUACAAGUUCAGAGUCCUGGCUGAAAAUCUGGCUGGAACUGGAAAACCCAGCAAAGAGACAGAUCCAAUCCUUAUCAAAGACCCUAUUGAUCCUCCUUGGCCUCCUGGUAAACCCACAGUGAAGGAUGUAGCCAAGACUUCCUGCUUCCUGACUUGGACCAAACCCGAGCACGACGGCGGGGCCAAGAUCGACAGCUACGUCAUCGAGAUGUUGAAGAGCGGAACCACGGACUGGAUCCGUGUGGCAGAGAACAUCAGCCUCCUGGAGUUCUUCCUGAAGGGCCUGAUGGAGAAGCAGGAGUAUUCGUUCAGAGUGAGAGCCAUUAACGUGGCCGGGGAGAGCGAACCCAGCGAGCCCAGCGACCCGGUGCUGUGCAAGGAGAGGCUGAAUCCUCCAUCGGCUCCUCGAUGGUUGGAGGUGGUGAGUAUCAGCCGGAGCAGCGCUGACUUGAAGUGGACGGCUCCGGAGCGUGACGGAGGAUCUCGCAUCACCAACUACGUCGUGGAGAAGCGCGACGUCAGGCGUAAAGGCUGGCAGGCCGUGGACACCACCGUGAAGGAGCUGAAGACCACCGUGGCGCCGCUCAACGACGGAGCGCUGUACGUGUUCAGAGUCGCCGCAGAGAACGCCGUGGGUGUCAGCCCGUUCUGCGAGCUGGAGGACUCCGUGUUGGCCAAGGACACUUUCACUACUCCUGGGCCACCCUAUGCACUCACUGUCUACUCCGUGACCAAAAAGUAUGUGGACCUGGAGUGGGAGGCACCUAAAAACGACGGUGGUAGACCCAUACUCAGGUAUUCUAUUGAGAAGAAGGAGAAGCUUGGAACUCGCUGGGUGAAAUGUGGAAAGACUUCUGGUCCAGACUGUAAAUACCGGGUAACGGAUGUUAUUGAGGGAACAGAAGUCCAGUUCCAGGUCCGGGCUGAGAAUGAGGCCGGAGCCGGACACCCAUGUGAACCUACCGAGAUCCUGACCAUUGAAGAUCCAACAGGAAUCCCAUCUCCUCCCAUCGAGCUGCAUGUAACCGGAGCCAGCAGGGACUUCCUGUCCAUCGCCUGGAAGCCUCCGCAGCAGGACGGCGGCUCCCAGAUCCGCGGCUAUCACAUCGAGAUGUGCGAGGCCGGAACCGAGAAGUGGAUGAGGGUCAACUCCCGUCCAGUGAAGGAGCUGAAGUACCGAGUGGAGGAGGGCAUCAUCCCUGAGAAGGAGUACAUACUGAGAGUGAGGGCCAUCAAUUCUGUAGGAGAGAGUGAGCCCUCCGACAUCUCAGAAAAUGUCUUUGCCAAAGACUCUGACUGUAACCCAACACUGGAGUUCCAGACUCUGGACCUCGUUGUGGUGGAAACAGAGAAGCUCCACAUCCCAGUUCCCUUCAGAGCCGUCCCGUCUCCCAAAAUCACCUGGCACAAAGACGGCAAGGAGCUGAAGGCUGAUGAGCGUCUCCUGUUCAGGAAGGAGUACACUUCCUGUCACCUGGAGAUUGACAGCAGCCUUCACCCCGACGCUGGAGUUUAUAAAGUGACUCUGGAGAACAAACUGGGAAGUGCCAGUGCAACCAUUAACGUGAAAGUGAUCGGUCUUCCUGGUCCCUGCAAAGAGAUUGUUGCAUCAGAAAUCACAAAGAGCUCAUGUAAAGUUUCCUGGGAUCCUCCAGACUAUGACGGCGGCAGCCCGAUUCUUCACUACGUCCUUCAGCGGCGUGAGGCUGGUCGGAGGACCUACGUCAACAUGAUGUCUGGAGAGAACAAGGUGAGCUGGAUGGUGAAAGACCUCAUCCCCAACGGAGAGUACUACUUCAGAGUCCAGGCCGUCAACAAGAUUGGAGGAGGAGAGUUCAUCGAACUGCGCAACCCUGUCAUUGCAGAGGACCAAAAACAUGCUCCUGACGCGCCAGUGGAUGUGGAAACCCACAACCCCACUUCCAGCACUAUAACCCUGACCUGGAAGCCUCCUAUGUAUGAUGGCGGCGCCAAAAUUAUGGGCUACAUUCUGGAGAGGCAGCAGAAGGGCGAGGACAAGUGGGAGAGGUGCAAUGACUUCCUGGUUCCUGUCCUGUCCUACACAGUCAGAGGACUAACAGAGGGCAAGAACUACAUGUUCAGAGUCAAAGCUGAAAACGCUGCUGGCAUCAGUGAUCCGUCACGCAACACAUUGUUCGUUAAAGCCUCUGAUGCUGUUGAUCCUCCAAAGGUUUUCCUCAGUGGUAGCCUGCAGUCCGGCCUCAGCGUGAAGCGAGGCUGCGAGAUCUGCCUGGACGCCAAUAUUUCCGGCUCGCCGUACCCUCAGAUCACCUGGUACUGGAACAACCAGGUGAUCCAGCCUGAACCGCUCCGCAAGAGACCUGAGAAACCCCUGAAGAAGAAGCCAGAGAAGAAAGAGGGAGAGGAGAAGAAAGAGGGAGAGGAGAAGAAAGAGGGAGAGGAGAAGAAAGAGGGAGAGGAGAAGAAGGAAGAGGAGAAAAAGCCAGAGGGAGAAGCGGAGACUAAAGAGGAGAAGGAGGGAGAAGAAAAGAAAGAAGGAGAGGAGAAGAAGCCAGAGGAAGAAGCUGCUGAGCCAGUGGUGGAGGAGCCUGACUAUCCCACCAUAAAUGAACGCCUGACCAUCAAUAACAGCCACAGGGGCGUGUCCUCCAUCGUCAUUAAUGAGUCAGUCCGCCCAGAUCAUGGGGUCUACAUGGUGAAGGUGGAGAACGACCACGGCAUUGCCUCAGCAACCUGCGAGGUCAACGUACUCGAUACUCCUGGUCCUCCUGUGAACUUUAGAUUUGAGGAAGUGAGGAAGAACUCAGUCAUUUGCAAGUGGGAUCCUCCUCUGGAUGACGGCGGCAGUGAGAUCCUCAACUACACCCUGGAGAAGAAGGACAACUCCAAGCUGGAGUUCGGCUGGAGUUGUGUUACCAGCACACUGAGAGGCUGCCGCUACCUGGUGCCCAAACUCAUCGAGAAGAAGGAGUAUAUAUUCAGGGUCAUAGCUGAAAACAAGUUUGGCCCUGGUCCACCCUGCGUCUCCAAACCUCUCAUCGCCAAGAAUCCUUUCGAACCUCCUGAGGCUCCAGAUAAGCCACAGAUUGACGACGUCACAGCCAACAGCAUGCUGGUCACUUGGGAGGUACCAAAGGACAAUGGCAGCCCCAUUCUGGGAUACUGGGUGGAGCGCAGGGAGAUCAACAGCUCCCACUGGGCACGUGUCAACAGGGACAUCGUCCCAGACACGGAGCUGAACGUUGAAGGUCUCCUGGAGGGACUCACUUACAUCUUCAGGGUGGCGGCUGAAAACCAGGCCGGCCCUGGAAAGUUCAGUCCUCCCUCUGAGCCUAAAACAGCACAGGCUCCAAUCUUGCCACCUGGACCUCCCAUUGCCAGAGUGGUGGCAACCACUGACCACUCCAUCGAAGUAGAGUGGGAUCCUCCUGCCGACAAUGGUGGAGGAGAGAUUCUGGGAUACCAUGUGGAUAAGGCAAUGGCUGGUACCAAGGACUGGUCUAGAUCAACAGAACGUGCCUGGAAGCAACGUAACUUCACUGUCUAUGGAGUUCGUGAGGGAGCGAAGUACACAGUCAGAGUCAUCGCCUGCAAUGCUGCAGGAGAAGGAACCCCUGGUUUCACAGACGCUGUUUUUGUCCGGAACCCAGCAGAGGUCCCAGUAAUUGACAUGGACCUUGCCAUCAAGAAUGGUAUCAUCAUCAGAGCUGGAGAGACGCUGCGUGUUCCUGCUACAGUCACUGGUAAACCCUAUCCAUCCAUCACCUGGACAAAGGAUGAUGGCAAACCAGAUAAAGACCGUGUGGAGAUCCUUAGUGAGGGCAACGACAGUGUUGUCUCAAUCAAGAAUGUCCAGAGGCAAGACUGUGGAAAAUACCAGAUCUCUGCCUGCAACCCCAGUGGCUCCAAGUCUGCAUCAACCAGAGUGGAAGUGAUGGAUGUCCCUGGUCCUGUCAAGGACUUGAAGCCAGUCGUUGUUACUCGUAAGAUGAUUUUCCUGAACUGGGAUGACCCAGAAGAUGACGGAGGCAGCGAUCUGACAGGCUUUCUUGUGGAACGAAGGGAUGCUAAGAUGCACACAUGGAGGCAGCCUGUUGAAACUCCUUCGUCCAAGUGCGAGUGUGUAGGAAUCAUGGAGGGACAGGAGUACUUCUUCCGUGUCACCGCCAAGAACAAGUACGGUUUGGGUGUUCCUGUUGAGCUGGGACCCAUCAAAGCUGUGGAUCCACAGGGUCCACCAUCAUACCCUGAGAAGUUCCACUACACAGAGAGGACCAAAAACUCCAUCACUCUGGCCUGGAAGCCACCGCGCAGUGAUGGUGGCAGCCCAAUUAUAGGGUACUUUGUAGAGAAGAAGAGGCAGGACCAACAGGCCUUUGAGCCCUGCAACACAGAGAUCUGCCCCAAUAUGACUCUCACUGUUGAAGGCCUGGAGGAGGCUUGGAUGUAUGAGUUCAGAAUCAAGUGUGCAAAUCUCAUUGGAGAGAGUGAGCCGUCCAUUCCACUGACUGUAGUAAUUCAAGAUGAUGAAGUUGGUCCUGAGGUCCACAUGCUGAAGCAUUUUACUGCUGACUGCAUUACUGUGAAGAAGGGUGAGCCUAUUGAAAUUCCUGCCGAAAUCAUUGGACUCCCCAUCCCAAACAUCGAGUGGUCCAAGGACGACGUGCUGAUCGACAAGCCGACAGAGACACUGCUUCUGGAAACAGAGGUGACUGGAAGGUUGAAUGCCAAGACCAAACUAUCCAUCCCAGCUGCCAACAGGAGGGACCGCGGCAGCUACACUGUGUCAGCAUCCAACAACAUGGGCUCCGCCAAACACACCGUCUAUGUCAUGGUGCUUGACCGACCAACACCACCCAGGAAUCUGGCUGUGUCAAACAUCAGGGCCGAGUCUUGCUACUUAAACUGGGACCCACCAGUUGAUAAUGGUGGAAGCGAGCUGACCAACUACAUUAUUCAGAGGAAGGAAGUGCGUAAAGACCAGCCUGAGCCAGAAGAGGGAGAAGAGGCUCCACCUGAGCCGCAGUGGGAAGUGGUCAACAAUGCCGUAAUUGAAAGGAAAUUAGGGGUGUGGGAGUUGGAGACCAACAAGACCUAUCUGUUCCAAGUCAGAGCCGAAAACAAGUACGGCAUAUCUGACCCGUGUACAACGGAGGAAGUCCUUAUCACAGAUCCAUUUGGUCUUCCUGGCCCACCACAGAAACCAACUAUUGCAGAAUACUCCAAGACCUCCAUGACACUAACAUGGGAGCCUCCUAGAGAGACUGGAGGCUCAAUGAUCACUGGCUACUGGCUGGAGAAAAGAGAGAAAGGAACGGACUAUUGGGCCAAAGUUAACAAGGUGCCGGUCACUAAAAGAGGCACGAAAGGUUGGGAGUAUCAGGUGACUCGACUGUUUGAAGGAACUGAGUACGAGUUCAGGGUUGCUGCCUCCAAUUCAGCUGGAACUGGACCAUUCAGUGGGCCGUCUGACUCUGCCUUUGCAGUUGAUCCAAUCACUCCUCCAAGCAUGCCCGCUGCUCCUGAGGUUGCUGACAAGACGAAGCACAGCGUCACGCUGUCCUGGAAGCCACCGGAGAAUGACGGAGGAAGCCCCAUUAAGGGCUACAUUAUCCAGAUUCAGGAUGAAGGCUCGUCAGAGUGGCACAAGAUCAACGACAUUGACAGCCUGCACCCCACCACAGAGUUCACCGUGCCCAGUCUCCGUGAGUUGAAACGCUACCGCUUCAGGAUCAUUGCUGUCAACGACAUCGGCGAGUCUGACCCCAGCCCGCGCACCAGCGAAGUUCUGAUAGAGGAUGUCCAACUUCCUCCUGUCAUUACAAUUGAUGUCAUGGCUGAGGAGCUAGUCAACAUUCGUGCUGGAGAUCCAAUCAGGAUUCCUGCAACCAUUAAGGGCCGGCCUGCUCCCAAGGUUACAUGGGACUACGAAGGCAAAGCCAAGAGCGAGAAAAAGAAUAAACUGCACACAAUCCCUGUUGAGGCUCAGGUUGAGUCCACAGACACCACGUCAAUCGUGAACAUCCCUGUGAGCUUGAGGAGCCAUUCUGGACGUUACAUCAUCACAGCCAAGAACAAGUCUGGACAGAAACAUGUCAACGUCAGAGUCAUUGUCGUCGAUGUUCCUGGACCUCCAAAGGACCUGAAGGUCACAGAUGUAACUCGCUCCACCAUGAGGCUGAUCUGGAAGCUCCCUGACACUGACGGAGGAGAGAGGAUCAAGAGCUACUUCAUUGAGAAGAAGUCUGUGAUUGACAAGGCCUGGACCAAGGUGAAUGCCGCUUGUGCUAGCCAGGCCUUUGUGGUUCCAGGCCUGCUUGAGGGUCAGGAUUACCUGUUCAGGGUUCGAGCAGAAAACAGACUGGGAUUUGGUCCUUUUACCGAGACAACCGAACCCAUCAGAGCCAGAGAUCCCAUCUACCCACCUGACCCCCCAACCAAGCUGAAGGUAAACCUAGUCACAAAGAACACCGUCACUCUGAGCUGGGAGCCUCCAAAGAACAACGGCGGCUCACCUGUAAAACAUUACAUCAUUGAGCGUCUGAGCUGGGAUACCAGCGGCAAGGAGAAGGAGACCUGGAAGCAGUGCAACAAGAGGGAUGUGGAGGAGCUCACCUUCAUUGUGGAGGAUCUGAAGGAGGGAGGAGAAUAUGAAUUCAGAGUAAAAGCUGUGAAUGCAGCUGGACCCAGCCGACCUUCUGCCACCGUUGGACCUCUGGUCAUCAAGGAUCAGACAUGUCCUCCCACCAUUGAGCUGCGUGAAGCCAUGGAGGGCGAGGAGGGCUGCGACGUCAGCAUCGUGGCGAGGAUCAGCGGCUGUCCCUUCCCAACGCUGACCUGGCACAAGGCCAGCCUGGCCAAACCCGAGGAAAAGGCUGCUGUCCAGUAUGACCAGCACAUCAACAAACUGGUGACCCCAGACAAGUGCACACUGUUGAUCCAGCAGGCCAGCCGGAACGACAGCGCCCUCUACAGCCUGACGGCCAGUAAUAGCCUGGGUACUGUCUCCAAGGACAUCAAGCUGGCAGUGCUGGGACCUCCUGGCCCACCAGUGGGACCGAUCAAGUUCACAGAGGUGUUUGCAGAGAGGAUCGGCCUGGCCUGGAACCCUCCCACAGACGAUGGUGGAUCCAAGAUCACCAACUAUGUGGUUGAGAAGCGUGAGGACAACAGAAAGACCUGGGUCCACGUCUCCAACGACCCGAAAGAGUGCGCCUACGUGGUGACACGUCUUACAGAGAACCACGAGUACGAGUUCAGAGUCAUGGCCCAGAACAAGUUUGGAAUCGGACCAGGAGUGAUCAGUGAGCCAGAGAAAGCCAGAAACCUCUUCACUGUUCCCGGUCAGUGUGAGAAACCAACAGUUACUGAAGUCUGUCUGGAGUCCAUGACCGUCAACUGGGAUGAGCCCAAAUAUGACGGCGGAUCCCCCAUCACCGGCUACUUCGUCGAGAAGAAGGAGACCACUUCCAAACGCUGGACCCGUGUCACCCGGGAACCAAUCCGUGCGCUCCCACUGGGCAACAACUGGGACGUUACAGGCCUGCUGGAGGGCUCCCUGUACCAGUUCAGGGUGAUCGCCAUCAACGCCGCCGGCUGCGGCCUGCCUAGCUUGCCCUCUGACCCUGUACUCUGCAGAGACCCCAUCAAGCCUCCAGGGCCGCCUUACCCGAAGGUGAUCGACUGGACUAAAUCAACGGUGGAGCUGGAGUGGCUCCCUCCCUCUACAGACGGAGGGUCGAAGGUGACAGGUUAUAUUGUUGAGUUGAAGGAGAUAAACAAGGAGGAAGAGGAGAAGAAAGCUAAGAGGAGGCUGCUGCUGAGCGAAGCCGAGGAAGAGAAGGAGCCUGAGAGCGACGAGAGCUGGACGAAGGCAAAGGACACAGAGAUCAGAGGAACUAAGUUUGUUGUGACCGACCUGAAAGAAGGAGGGCUGUACCAGUUCAGAGUCCGAGCCGUGAACUCUGCUGGCGUGGGAGACCCAGGUCUCGUGUCUGAGCUGAUCGAAGUCAAAGACAGAACAAUUCCUCCUGAGAUGGACCUUGAUGCCUCAGUGAAGGAGAAGAUUGUGGUCCACGCCGGAGCCACUAUCCGCAUCAUCGCCUACGUGUCAGGCAAACCCGCCCCGCAGAUCACCUGGUGCCGUGACGACGCCGAGGUGCCCAAAGAGGCCGUGGUGGAGACAACAGGCAUCUCUAACUCUCUGGUCAUCAAGAACUGCAAACGGCAGCAUCAGGGCAUGUACACACUGAGCGCCAAGAACGAGGGAGGAGAGAGGAAGAAGGCCGUCAUCGUUGAGGUUCUCGAUGUUCCUGGACCUGUCGGUCUUCCCUUCGCUGGUGAAAAUCUGACCACCGACUCCUGCAAACUGACCUGGUACUCCCCCGAAGACGACGGCGGCUCGGCCAUCACCAACUACAUCAUCGAGAAACGAGAGUCCGACCGAAUGGGCUGGACCUCGGUGUCCUACACGGUGACGAGGAACAACGCUGUGGUGCAGGGACUGAUCGAAGGCAAGGGCUACUUCUUCAGGAUCGCAGCUGAGAACAUCAUCGGAAUGGGACCUUUCAUCGAGAUCGACAAGAUGGUCCUCAUUAAAGACCCAAUCUCCGUCCCAGAGCGUCCAGAGGACCUGAUUAUCACAGGUGUUACCAAGGACUCCAUCUCUGUUGCCUGGAGACCACCCAAAUACGACGGUGGUGCAGAGGUGACCUCCUACGUCCUUGAGUCCCGAAUGGUGGGCCGUGACACUUUCACUCGGGUCGGAGGCGAGGACAAGCUGAUGGACAGGAAGUUCACGCUAACCGGACUGAAGGAAGGCUCGAGUCACGAGUUCAGAGUCUCAGCCGUCAACCAGGUGGGGCAGGGCAAGCACUCCUUCCCCACCAAACCUGUGCAGUGCAAGGACGAGCUCGAGCCACCUACUUUGGACCUGGACUUCAGAGACACGAUGAUGGUCAAGGUGGGAGAUCCAUGCAUGCUAUCAGGACGUUACAGCGGCAAGCCGACACCCACAAUCACCUGGACGAAGAACGACGAAGAGCUUAAAUCAGACGAAGAGAUCAACCUUCACAGCACCGCACGCCACCUCAGCCUGAACAUCAGCAAGGCCAAGAGAGAACACAGCGGCCGCUACUGCGUCAGCGUCGAGAACACCGCCGGGCCUCGCACAGGAAUCUGCACCAUCACUGUAGUCGACCGUCCUCAGCCACCAGAGGGCCCCGUAGUGUUCAACGAAGUCUACAGGAACUACAUGGUGAUCUCUUGGAACCCUCCUCUAGAUGACGGCGGCUGCGCCAUCUCCAACUACAUCAUCGAGAAGAGAGACACCAACAGAGACCUGUGGAUGCCCGUCACCUCUUCCUCCACCAGAACUUCCUGCAAGGUGCCAAAGCUGAUCGAGGGUCGUGAGUACAUCAUCCGGAUCAUGGCUCAGAACAUGUACGGCAUCAGUGACCCACUCCUGUCAGCGGAGACCAAAGCUCGAGAUGUCUUCAAGGUGCCUGAUGCGCCAAAGCAACCCACAGUGAAGGAAGUUUACCAUGACUGCGCUCUGAUCAGCUGGGAGCCACCUGCUGAUGGAGGAAAGCCAAUCACAGGUUACAUUGUGGAGAGGAAGGAGACCAAGGCCAACAGAUGGGUUCGCUGCAGCACAGAAAGAAUCUACCCCAAAGUGGAGUACUGUGUGACAGAGCUGCUGCAAGGCUGUGAAUACGAGUUUAGAGUCAGCGCUGAGAACGUGGUGGGAGCUGGAGACCCCAGCCCACCAUCCAAACCAGUUUUUGCCAAGGAUCCCAUCGUGAAACCUGGUCCACCUGUCAACCUUCGCGCCAUUGACUUCACUAAAGAGUCAGUGACUCUGUCCUGGGAGCCGCCCACCGACACCGGACGAGGCAAGAUCUUUGGAUACCUGCUGGAGUUCCAGAAGGCUGGGCAAGAGGAGUGGAACAAGGUGAACCAGACUCCAGAUUCCUGCCAGGAGACCAAGUUUAAGGUGAUAAACCUGGAAGAUGGCGCUCUGUACCGCUUCAGAGUCAUGGCUGUGAACGCAGCUGGAGAGUCUGACCCAGCCAACCUGAAGGAGCCAAUCAGAGUGCAGGAGAGGCUUGAGCCUCCAGAGUUGAUCCUGGAUGCUGGAAUGACCCGAGAGGUGAAGGCCAUGGCUGGCACUCACAUCACCCUGAUGGCCACCAUCAAAGGUGUGCCAUUCCCCACAGUCACCUGGAAGAAGAACGAUGCAGAGGUUCCUACCAGGGCUGACAUUGAGACAAACCAGGCUGGCACAAAGCUGGAGAUGAGAUUCUGCAACCGUGGAGACUGUGGAGACUACACUCUGACCGUGGAAAACCCGGCUGGCUCCAAGACUGCUACCUGCACUGUGCUGGUUCUUGACAAACCUGGUCCUAUUCAGCACCUCCGGGUGUCUGAUGUCAGAUGUGACUCCGCCUACCUGUCAUGGAAGGAUCCGGAAGACAAUGGCGGCUCUCGCAUCACUAACUUUGUGGUAGAGAAGAAAGACACUGCAUCCACUCAGUGGGUUCCUGUCUGCUCCACCUCCAAGAAGCGCAGCAUGAUGCUGAAGCACCUGAUGGAGGGCACAUCCUACUCAUUCAGAGUUGCUGCUGAAAACCACUAUGGCCGAAGCGAAUUUGUUGAGACACCAAAGGCUAUCAAGGCAAUGAACCCUCUGUUCCCUCCUGGUCCUCCUAAAGACUUGCAUCACGUUGAUGUGGACAAAACAGAGGUCUGGUUGGCCUGGAACUGGCCUGAUCGUGAUGGAGGAAGUGAGAUCACUGGCUUCUUUGUGGAGUAUCAGGAAGAAGGAGCCAGAGAGUGGGAAGAAUGGAAGACUGUGAGCAUCCCAGAGAGUCAUGUUACCGGCUUGGAGGAAGGAAAGACCUACCGCUUCAGAGUGAGGACUGAAAAUGCCAUUGGCCUCAGUAGACCUGACACCACACUGCCCAUCCUCUGCCAGGAGAAACUAGUCCCUCCAAUUGUUGAGGUGGAUGUUAAGCUGAUUGAAGGCAUCAUUGUGAAGGCUGGCACCACCAUCAGGUUACCAGCCUUAAUGAGAGGAAUCCCUGUUCCCACUGCCAAGUGGUCCGUUGACGGGGAGGAAAUCACAAGCCAGGGCAACGUCAAAAUUGAUACUGACAAUUUCUCAACUGUGCUCAACAUCAACGAGUGUACCAGGAACCACACAGGCACCUACCUGCUCACUGUGUCCAAUGCGGCAGGGACAAAAACCGUGGCCCUGAGUGUAACUGUUUUGGAUGUUCCAGCUGCACCUAUUGGACCCGUCAACAUCAUGGAAGUCACUCCAGACUCCAUGACAAUCGAAUGGCGUCCUCCCAAGGACGAUGGCGGAAGCCCCGUCACUAACUACAUUGUGGAAAAACGAGAGUCCAACAAGGAGACUUGGGGAGGCGUUAGCUCCGGCAGCCUUGAAACGCAGCUCAGGAUUACCCGCCUGCAGAAAGGAACAGAAUAUGUGGUUCGCAUUCGUGCCGCAAACAAGAUGGGAGUCGGUGCUCCGCUGGAGAGCAAGCCAACCGUGGCUGAACACACCUUCAUGCCACCCAGUCCACCUGGUAAACCGCAGCAAUAUGAUGUGGCUGAAGAUGCUGUUACGAUCGGAUGGACCAUGCCUCUAGCUGAUGGUGGCAGCCAGAUCACUGGCUACCUCAUAGAGCGCAGACACAAGGGAGGAAAAUGGAUCCGUGUUAAUAGGACCCCUUGCAAGGACCUCCGAUACAGAGUCCAGGGUCUGUUUGAAGGAAGUGAAUAUGAAUUCAGGGUGUUUGCAGAGAAUAUUGCUGGCUAUAGUGGUCCUUCUCCUACUUCUGACCUCUGCAAGCCCUGCAGACCCAUCUCAGUCCCAAGCUCUCCUAUUAAUCCCAAAGUUAAGGAUUACAGUAAGAACACUGCUGACCUGGUGUGGACUAAACCCUCCAGAGACGGAGGCAGCCCCAUCCUUGGAUACACAGUGGAAAUGAAGAAAGCCGAUAGCGAGGAGUGGAAGAAAGUGAACCUGGAUGACCUCAUCAAGCAGUGUGCCUACAGGGUGAAGGGUCUGGAAGAAGGUGUGAGCUACAGUUUCAGAGUCUAUGCUUCAAACAUGAUUGGAGAUGGAGAGCCAAAAGAAAUGCCACAGUCAAUCACUGCUCAGGAUAUCCUCAUCCCUCCUGAGAUUGAAAUGGAGGCUACUUGUCGCGAGAGGUUAACCGUGCGUGUCGGCCACAACAUCAACAUCAUUGGCUACAUCAAGGCCCGUCCUGAUCCUGAGGUCAUUUGGUCAAAGGAGGAGACGGUUCUGGAGAACAGCAAACGAGUGACCAUCAUUCAGAACCUCCCGGUGGUCCACCUCAGGGUAAAAGAAGCUACGAGGAAUGAUCAUGGAAAAUACACACUGAAGGCUUCAAAUGAGGGUGGUGAGGCUUCCUGCACCAUCACAGUUAAUGUGUUGGACAGACCAAGUCACUGCCAGAAUCUGCACAUAACCUAUGCCACCAAGGACUCAUGCAUGGUCAACUGGGAGGCACCCAUCGACAACGGUGGGUCUGAGAUCACCAAUUACAUUGCGGAGUGCCGUGAGCCCAGCAUUAGCAUGUGGUCCAUGAUCUCUUCCAACUGCACCAAUCGCAAGAUCAAAGCCAAACUGAUGGAAGGUCAUGAGUACCUGUUCCGCGUCUGCGCCGUCAACAAGCUGGGACCUGGCCCCUGUGUGGAGACCAAGACCGCUCUGCUGGCCAUCGACCCCAUUGAGAAGCCUGGUGAGCCGGAGAACUUCAGAGCCACCGACAUUGGUAAAAACUUUGUCUAUCUGAGAUGGAGGAAGCCCGACUAUGACGGCGGCAGCCCCAACCUCUCGUACAACCUGGAGUGCAAACACAAAGAUGCUGAACAGUGGGAGAAACUCAACACCAGCACACUAACAGAUACCUUUUUCUUGGCUGACAAGUUGGUUGAAAACCAAACCUACACAUUCAGGGUCCAGACUGUGAAUGAAGGUGGAGAAAGUGCAUGGGUAAAGAUCCCUGACAUUGUGGUGAGGGAGGAGAUCCAGAAGCCAGUCAUUGACCUGAAGGUAGCAGGAACUGUGACAGUGAAGGCUGGAGAGUCGGUCAGGAUGGAGGCUGCCCUGAGAGGAAAACCGCAGCCUGAAGUCAAAUGGAUAAAAGACAAAGCUGUGGGAGACAAUCCCAGAAUGAGCUAUGAAACCGGUUCCGAUUAUUCCAAAUUUCUUUUGACCAAGUCCAGACGCUCAGACACCGGCAAGUAUGUUGUCACUGCCACUAAUACAGCUGGCACCUUCACAGCCUACGCAAACGUCAACGUCUUGGAUGUGCCGGGACCAGUGAGGAACCUGAGGAUCACCGGCAUCGGAGCUGACAAAUGCAGAGUGGUGUGGGACGGUCCAGAAGACGACGGAGGCUGCGAAGUGGACAGUUACAUUCUGGAGAAAUGUGAGACCAGGAGAAUGGUCUGGUCCACAUACUCCGCCUCUGUAGUCACUCCUUACUGUAACGUCACCCGACUGGUGGAGGGUAAUGAGUACAUCUUCAGAGUGAGAGCAGAGAACAAGAUGGGAACUGGCCUCGCCAUGGAAAGCAGGCCUGUAACUGUCAAGACUCAGUUCAACAGACCUGGACCCCCCGAUACCCCCGAAGUUACUAAGGUCAGUAAGGAGGAGAUGACCGUCGUCUGGGCUCCACCUGAGAACGAUGGAGGAAAGUCCAUCACCGGCUACAUUCUGGAGAGGAAGGAGAAGCGGGCGGUGCGCUGGGUGGCUUGCACAAAGAGCCCCAUCUCUGAAAGACGCAUGAAAGUGACAAACCUGAUUCCAAACCAUGAAUACCAGUUCAGAGUGAAAGCAGAGAACGAGGUCGGCCUUGGAGAACCAAGCAAACCCUGCAGACCUGUUGCAGCCAAAGAUCCUAUUGAACCACCUGGGCCACCAGCGGGCCUGAGGGUUUCUGACAGCACAAAGACCUCCAUUACCCUGUCCUGGUCUAAACCCGUGUACGACGGCGGCGCCCCCAUUAUUGGCUACAGCCUGGACUUGAGGCUGAAGAGCGACGCCGACCCAGAGAAACCCUCAGAGGGCUGGAAGAGAAUCGAUACCCAUGGGCCGCUGGUGAUCACAGAGUUCACUAUCGGCCAGUUGGAUGAGAAACAGGAGUAUGAGUUCAAAGUCUCCGCCCAAAACCAGGUGGGCUGGGGUCGCCAUGCCUACCUGAAGGAGGCAGUGUCUCCGAAGGAGAUCCUUGAGGCCCCUGAAAUCGAGCUGGAUGCCAGUUUGAGGAAAGGCCUCACCGUCAGGGCUGGGUGUCCCAUCCGGUUGUUUGCCGUGAUCAGAGGAAGGCCAGCUCCCAAGGUGACCUGGAAGCGCCUGGGUGUGGACAACGUCGUACGCCGAGGUCACGUGGACCAGGUCGACACCAUGUGCUUCCUGGUGAUCCCUGAGAGCACCAGAGAGGACUCUGGGAAAUAUUCACUGACUCUGUCCAACUCGGCUGGAGAGAAAGCUGUGUUUGUCCGAGUCAAAGUGCUCGACACUCCUGGCCCAGUUGGCGGCUUGGAUGCUACCGACAUAACUAAGACAACCGCUCAGCUCUCAUGGUUGCCUCCAGAAAAUGAUGGCGGCAGCCCCAUUAUUAAUUACACUGUGGAGAAACGGGAAGUGGAUAGGAAGACUUGGACCAAAUGCACAGAGGACCUGAAGAAAACCAGCUUCAAGGUGACCAACAUGACGCCAGGCAUCGAGUACUACUUCAGAGUCAUGGCGCACAACAAAUACGGAAUUGGAGUUCCUCAGGAUUCUCCCAGAUCCUAUCUGGCUGUGGAUCCUAUAAGUGAGCCGGACCCACCUAAGAAGAUGGAUGUGUUGGAGAUCUCAAAGAACAGCGCCACGUUGGGCUGGCUGAAGCCCCUCAGAGACGGAGGAGCUAAGAUCAACGGUUAUGUUGUUGAUUACCAGGAAGAGGGAGCUCCCGAGGACAAGUGGACACCUUACUCUGUCGUCAAAGACCUGACCAUUGUGGUGGUUGGUCUGAAGGAAGGAACAAAGUACAAGUUCAGAGUGGCAGCAAGGAACUCGGUUGGAGUUAGCUUGGCCCGCGAGGCGGAGGGAGUGUUUGAGGUCAAGGAGCAGCUCAUGGCUCCAAAGAUCAUCAUGCCCGACAUUGUUACGGUGAGGGCCGGAUCAAAAAUGGUGAUCGAGGGCAUCGUGGCUGGUAAACCGGCUCCUUUCUGCAAGUGGAAGCAGGGCAACGAGGACGUACUGACCUCAGACCGCCUGUCGGUCGUAAAGACUCUGACAACCUGUACCCUCAUCAUCAAGAACGUGAGCAGAAAGGACAGCGGCUACUACAGCCUGUCGGCCGAGAACAGCACCGGCAAAGUCAACCAGAUCCUCAGAGUCAUCGUCCAGGACAUCCCUGGACCUCCUGGUGGCCCUCUGGAGAUCUCAGAAUUGGAUAUUGAUGCUUGCACGCUGCUCUGGAACACCCCGGAGGAAGAUGGCGGCAGCCACAUCACCAACUACAUUGUGGAGAAGUGUGACAUCAGCCAGGGUGACUGGAUCACCGUUUCAGCUUCCUGCACCAAGACCAGCUUCCGAAUGACCAAACUUACACCUGGAAAGGAGUACUGGUUCAGGGUCCGGGCUGAGAACAAGUCCGGCAUCUCUGAGCCCCUCUACUCUGAGAAGAUGAUUGCCAGAUAUCCGUUUGAUCCUCCAAGUGAACCGAGAAACCUGCAGAUCAACAAGGUCAACAAGGACUUUGUCAUUCUGUCUUGGGAGCGUCCCAGCAGCGACGGUGGAAGCCCCAUCACUGGUUUCUGCAUAGAGAAGAAGGAGAGGAACAGCCUGCUGUGGGUGAAGGCUAAUGAGUCUGUGGUCAAAGCCACGCAGUACACCUGCACCGGCCUCAUCGAGGGCCUGGAGUACACCUUCAGGGUGUCGGCCUACAACAUGGCUGGACAGGGAAAACCCUGCAAACAGACCGACUUCAUCACCGCCAGAACUGCUGUUGACCCACCAGGUAAACCCGAAGCAAUGGAUGUGACCAAGAACUCCGUCUCAUUGGUCUGGAGCCGUCCCAAACAUGACGGCGGCAGCAAGCUGAUUGGCUACCAUGUGGAAUACACUAAGCUGCCAGAGGACAAAUGGACUUGCUGCAAUGCCAACUGCAUGAACAUCCAGUCCGAGAGCUACGUGGUUCAGGGCCUGGAGGAGGGUCAGAGGUACCAGUUCAGAGUCAUUGCCAAGACUGCCAUCAACGUCAGCCUCCCGUCUGAGGUGUCGGAUCCCAUUGCUGUCAUUGCUGAGAAUGUUCCUCCUCGCGUUGAACUGGGCGUCAACAUGAAGGGCCUCAUCGUGGUAAAGGCAGGUGACAACGUCUUCCUGGACGCUGAGGUUCACGGCAAACCCCUGCCUAAGGUCAGCUGGAAGAGAGACGGUGCGCCACUGGUGAUCGCAGAGGGAAUGAAGACGACGCAGAAGAAACACGUUCAUCUGCUGGAGCUGUACUCAGUCACCAGGAAGGAGACUGGAGACUACACCAUCCUCGCUGAAAACCUGAGUGGUAGCAAGUACGCCACCAUUAAGGUCAAGGUGCUGGACAAACCCGGCCCUCCAGCCUCAAUAAAAAUCUCCAAAGUGUUUGCCGACCGUGUGAAGGUUCGCUGGGAGCCUCCACUCGCAGAUGGAGGAUCUGAAAUCACCAACUACAUUAUUGAGAAGCGUGAAACCAGCAGGGCCAACUGGGCGCUGGUGACCUCUAACAUCCACGGCCACAACACCGACUGCUCAGUGGAAAAACUCAUCGAGGGUCAUGAGUACCAGUUCAGAGUGAGUGCUGAGAACCAGUAUGGUGUGGGAGACGCCAUCAUGACUGACGCCGUAACCGCGAAGAACCCAUACGAUGUUCCUGGGCCAUGUGAGCCACCGGUCAUUACCAACAUCACCAAGGACUCCAUGACAGUCAGCUGGAAAGCCCCCGCCAAUGACGGCAAAGCUCCCAUCCUGGGUUACCUGGUGGAGAAGCGUGAGGCCACAGAGUUGACCUGGGCUAAGGUUAACCGGCGACCCGUCAUCGACAGAACCAUCAAGGCAGUUCAGCUGACCGAGGGCUCAGAAUACGAGUUCAGAGUCAUCGCCUUGAACAAGGCCGGCCUGGGCAAACCCAGCGAUCCGUCCAACGCCGCUCUGGCUGUUGACCCUGUCUAUCCGCCUGGCCCACCUGCGUUCCCCAAGGUGGUGGACUCUACCAAGCAUUCGAUCAGCCUCAGCUGGACCAAACCAGCUUACGAUGGCGGCUGUGAGAUCAUUGGAUAUCUGGUGGAGUGCAAGCGAGCCGACGCCGAGGAGUGGACCAAGUGCAAUGUCCCGAAGAAACUCCAGGCCACCAAAUUUGUGGUGACCAGCCUGACGGAAAACACAGAGUACCAGUUCAGAGUCACUGCCGUCAACAAGAUUGGCUACAGUGAGCCCAGCGAGGUUCCUGGAAACCACACGGCCAAGGACAUCCUGAUUGCCCCUGAAGGUGAGCUGGAUGCUGAUCUGAGGAAGGCUUUGGUUCUGCGAGCCGGCAUCACCAUGAGGCUGUACGUCCCGCUGAGGGGACGCCCAGCGCCCAAUGUGACAUGGACCAAGGUGGACGCCAACCUGAAGGACAGGCAGGGACUGCUGAUCAAGACGUCUGAGUGGGACACCCUGCUAAUGAUUGAGGACAUCAACAGAUAUGAUGCAGGCAAAUAUGUCCUGUCUCUGGAGAACAGCAGUGGAUCCAAGAGCUACACCAUCAUCGUUAAAGUCCUCGACUCACCUGGACCACCUGCCAACCUGACUGUGAAGGAGACCUCCAGGACCCACGCCUGGAUAAGCUGGGAGCCGCCGCUGAUCGAUGGUGGAAGUCCAGUGAAAAGCUAUGUUGUGGAGAAACGUUUGGCUGAGAGGAAGGCGUGGACCUGCGUCUCCGCCGAGUGCCACAAGACCUCCUUCAGGAUCACCAAUCUGGAGCCGGGUCAAGCGUACUGCUUCAGAGUUCUGGCUGAAAACGCUUAUGGCAUCGGAGAGGGCUGCGAGACGGCAGGCAGCGUCCGGGCCUCAGAACAACCUGGUCCAGUGACAGACUUCAGAGCCCAAAAGACCACCAAAGACUCUAUCACACUGAGCUGGAAGAAACCCAUCAGUGAUGGAGGAAGCUUCAUUACCGCUUACAUCCUGGAGCAGAGCGAAGGAGAGGAGAAGUGGAAGGAGAUUAUGAAGGGCAAGAACACCAGUCACACCAUCAGUGAGCUGGCAGACGGCAAGCAGUAUUUAUUCCGGGUCAAGGCCCUCAACGAGUCUGGAGAGGGACCACCAACUGAGCUCACUGCUGUUGCCAAGGACCAGUUCGUGCUGCCUGACUGCAACUUGAGCAGUCUGCAUGAUGGUUGCUGCGUGGUGAAGGAGGGCACCACCAUGCGCAUCAACAUCCCUGUCACUGGAGUGCCUUACCCUACCGCCACCUGGAAGAAGGGCGACAUGGGACUUGGCGACACUGGCCGUAUAUGUGUUGAGGCUUCCCAGGGCAUUACCACUCUACUGGUCAGAGACUGCCAGAGAGGAGAUGCAGGUACCUACACCGUCAAUGUCAGGAAUAGUGCAGGCUCCAAGGACUGCAAGUUCCAGUUGAAGGUUGUCGGAAAGCCUGGAAUAUGCACUGGACCCAUCAAGUUUGACGAGAUAACUGCUGAUGGCAUCACCUUGGAGUGGGCACCGCCCAAAGACGAUGGAGGUGCGGAGGUGUCCAAUUACAUCGUUGAGAAGAGGAGGACAACAGAUAACAAAUGGGCCACAGUGGCUUCAGCCAUCCAGAAGACCACCAUGAGGGUGAUCAGACUCCACGAUGGAAUAGAGUACAUCUUCAGAGUGUGUGCUGAGAAUAAGUACGGCAUCGGAGAGUUCCUGAGAUCUGACCCAGUCAUCGCCCAGCAUCCUUUCAAUGUACCUGAGGCGCCAGCUCCUCCUGAGAUUCUGAGCAUUCGACAUGAGUCAGCCAUUCUGACUUGGGCUGAUCCAAAAGACACCGGUGGCUCCCCAAUCACCGGGUAUCACCUUGAGUUUAAGGAGAGAAACAGCCUGAUGUGGAAGCGAGCUAGUAAGACUCCUUUGAGAGUAAAGGAGUGUAGAGUUACGGGUCUCGUUGAAGGACUAGAGUAUGAGUUCAGGGUGAUGGCUAUGAAUAUGGCCGGCCUUGGAAAGGCAAGCAAAGUCACUGAGGCUGUUGUCGCCCUUGAUCCUAUUGAUCCACCUGGUAAACCAGAUGUGAUAAAUGUUACCAGGAACACAGUCACUCUAAUGUGGACUGCUCCUAAAUAUGAUGGUGGCUAUAAGCUGACUGGCUACAUGGUGGAGAAACUUGAGGCUGGUGGAAAGGCAUGGAUGAAGGCCAAUCACGUGAACAUCCAGAGCUGUGCUUUCACCAUUACAGACCUGACAGAAGGAGCUCAGUAUCAGUUUAGAAUCAGGGCCAAGAAUGCUGCUGGUGCUGUCAGUGUUCCUUCAGAGACAACCGAAUCACUGACCUGCAAGGAUGAGUAUGAGCCUCCAUCUAUCACUCUUGACCAAGAGAUGAAGGAGGUUGUGUCCGUCAAGGCAGGAGACACAAUUGUCAUCUCAGCUGCAAAGAUUGUGGGCAAACCUCCCCCAACUGCUUUCUGGUCCAAGGGAGGUCGUGAAUUCAAGAACUCUGACAUUGUCACUGUAACUAGCACUCCAACCUCUUCAACCCUUUCUAUCAAGUAUGCAAGCCGGAAGAAUACCGGAGAGUACACAAUUAAUGCCAGUAACCCAUUUGGUAUUAAGGAAGAACACAUUAAAGUAAAGGUCCUAGAUGUUCCUGGACCACCAGGCCCUAUUGAAGUCAGUAACAUUUCAGCUGAGAAGUGUACCCUGACCUGGCUCCCACCUGAAGAAGAUGGAGGCUCCUCUAUCAAGUCCUACAUCCUUGAGAAGAGAGAGACUAGCCGCUUGCAGUGGACCAAAGUUGCAGAAAAUAUUAUGGACUGUAGACAUGUAGCCACCAAACUGAUCAAAGGCAAUGAGUACAUCUUUAGAGUAUGCGCUGUAAACCAGUAUGGCACAGGAGACUCCAGCCUGUCUGGUCCGGUCAAAAUGGCUGACAGCUUUGGUCCACCAGGUCCACCCUCAGCUCCAGAGGUAGAUAAUGUUAGUCGGAAUGCUGUUACCAUUUCAUGGAAGAGACCUGUACAGGACGGAGGAAGUGACAUUAGAGGAUAUUGUGUAGAAAGGAAAGAAAGGAGAGGAAUGAGAUGGGUGAGAGCCUGCAAGAGGACAGUUCCUGACCUUCGCUUCAAGGUGCAAGGCCUGAGUGAGGGAGUAGAGUACGAGUUUAGAGUCACUGCUGAGAAUAAAGCUGGAUUUGGGCAGCCAAGUGAGCCAUCACGCCCUGUAAUGACCAAGGAUAUUGUAUAUCCACCUGGUCCUCCAUCCAACCCUAGAAUUACAGACACCACAAAAACUACAGCAGCCUUUGCUUGGGGCCGUCCUCAUUAUGAUGGUGGUCUUGAAGUAGAAGGUUACAUUGUUGAGUAUAAAAAGGAGGGUUAUGAUGACUGGGAGACAGAGACACAAUAUCCAGUUAAAGUUACUGAAUAUGUCAUUGGUAAACUUCAAAAAGGAGGCAAAUACCACUUCAGAGUUAGUGCUGUAAACUCUGAGGGAGUCGGUGAGCCUGCAGAGGUCGAGAAAGUGACUGAACUAGUUUACCAGGAAACAAUGCCAGACUUUGAGUUGGAUGCAGAGCUCAGGAAAACUCUGGUUGUCAGAUGCCGUGCUUCAAUUCGUCUAUUUGUUCCUAUCAAGGGCUGUCCUGUUCCUGAAGUCACUUGGAGCAAAGAAAAUACCAACCUGAAAGCACGUGCACACAUUGAUACAACAGAGUCCUACACUCUACUGGUUAUUCCUGACUGCACUAGGUACGACGCAGGAAAAUACCAGCUCUCUUUGGAGAAUGUUGCUGGUAAGAAGUCAGGCUUUGUCAACGUGAAAGUUCUGGACACACCUGGACCUCCAGUCAACCUUAAACCAAGAGAGAUCACUAAAAACAGCAUAACUCUCCAGUGGGAAAUCCCUAUUAUUGAUGGAGGGUCCAAGAUUCAUAACUAUGUCAUUGAAAAGAGAGAUGCUACAAAGAAGGCUUAUACCGUGCUUAGCACCACAUGGCAAAAGUGUUCUUUUAAAUUUCAAGACCUUGUGGAGGGAGCUUACUACUACUUCCGUGUUUCUGCUGAAAAUGACCUUGGUGUAGGUGAACCUGCUGAAACUCCUGAGCCCAUAAGAGUAUCUCAGGCCCCCUCUGCACCAGAUAACUUGUACGUUACUGAUUUGACCAAUGACAGUGCAAGCCUUGCAUGGACCAAGCCUCUUCAUGAUGGCGGUAGCUUGAUUACAGGAUAUGUCAUUGAGGCUCAAAAGAAAGACACUGAUCAAUGGGUCCACAUAACCACCAUUAAGGCUCUAGAUUAUACUGUGACAGAUCUGAUUGAGGGAGCUGAAUACACCUUCCGUAUAAUGGCUGUCAAUGCAUCAGGCAGGAGUGAUCCUCGUGAGAGCCGGCCAGCUGUGAUUAAAGAGCAAACUUCUCCUCCAUCUUUUGACCUGAGAGGAGUCUACCAGAAAACCGUAAUUGCCAAAGCAGGGGACCGUGUAAAGGUGGAGAUUCCAGUACUGGGAAAACCCAGGCCUGUUGUGUCAUGGAAGAAAGGAGACAUGGCACUUAAGGAAACACAAAGAAUCAACACUGAAACUACAGCAACAUCAACAAUCCUAAACAUCAGUGAGAUCAAAAGAACUGAUGAAGGCCAGUAUUCCAUGACUGGAAAGAAUAUGCUGGGCACACUGACAGAAACCAUCACAGUCCUGGUCCACGACAUUCCAGGUCCUCCUACUGGUCCUGUCAAGCUGGAUGAGGUCUCGUGUGAUUAUGUUAUCAUGUCCUGGGAACCACCAGAGAAUGAUGGAGGUGUUCCUAUAAAUAAUUAUAUUGUUGAGAUGCGUGAGACUACCGGUACUUCAUGGGUGGAGUUGGCAGCUACAGUUAUUCGCACCACAUUCAAAGCAGCACGACUCAAUACUGGAACCCAGUAUCAGUUCCGUAUUAAGGCUCAGAACAGAUAUGGCGUUGGACCAUGUGUUCUAUCUGAACCAGUGUUGGCUGCCUAUCCGUUUGAUGUGCCAGGCCAGCCUGGCAUUCCGGUAGUUACAGCUUUCAACAAAGAUUCAAUGACUCUUAGUUGGAAUGAGCCAUCUUCUGAUGGAGGCAGUCCUAUUCUUGGGUAUCAUGUGGACAGAAAAGAGAAAAACAGUAUCCUGUGGCAGAGGAUCAGCAAAGCUCUUGUUGUUGGAAACAUCUUUAAAUCAUCAGGCCUUGUUGAUGGCAUUGGAUAUGAACACCGUGUUAUUGCUGAAAACAUGGCUGGUCUCAGCAAACCUAGCAAACCCUGUGAGGCUACGUAUGCUUUGGACCCAGUUGACCCACCAGGUAGGCCUGUGGCAUUGAAUAUCACAAGACAUGAGGUGACAUUGUCAUGGACCAAACCAGAAGGUGACGGAGGAUUUUCUAUUACGGGAUACACAGUGGAGAGGAAGAAGAUGCCUAAUGGACGCUGGCUUAAAACAAAUUUCAACAACAUUCUAGAAACCAUGUUCACAGUCAGUGGCCUGACUGAAGAUGCCACCUAUGAGUUCCGUGUGCUUGCUCGAAACUCAGCUGGUGCUGUUAGUGCUCCAUCACAGCCAUCAGAAGCUAUCACAUGCAGAGAUGACAUUGAAGAACCCAGGCUUGAUAUUGAUGCCUCAUAUAGCAGUAAUGUUGUAGUAAUGGCAGGAGAACCAUUCAAGUUGGAAGCCAGUGUAACUGGCAGGCCAAUUCCUUCUCUAGUAUGGACCAAGGAAGGAAAGGAGCUGGAGGACACAGCUAAAAUAGAAAUAAAGACAUCUGACUUCCACACAACCUUAAUCAGCAAAGAUUCUCUAAGGAGAGAUGGUGGUGCUUUUACCCUGACUGCAAGCAAUCCUGGUGGAUUUGCAAAGUUCACUUUUAAUGUUAAGGUACUCGACAGACCUGGACCACCAGAUUCCCUUUCAGUUACGGAUGUUGCUGCAGAAAAAUGUGUCCUUAACUGGGUGCAUCCAACACAUGAUGGUGGUGCCAAAAUUGAAUACUUCAUCAUACAGAGGCGUGAGACCAGUAGGUUGGCAUGGACAAAUGUGGCCACAGACCUUCAAGCAAACAGGUUUAAGGUCACAAAGCUUCUUAAAGGAAAUGAGUAUAUUUUCAGAGUAAUGGCUGUGAAUAAGUAUGGCGUAGGUGAACCCCUUGAAUCAGAGCCUGUGACUUGUGUGAACCCAUAUGGUCCCAGUGACCCACCAACGCAGCCUGAGGUCACAACUAUCACCAAAGACUCAAUGGUUGUUUGCUGGGAGCGUCCUGAACAUGAUGGAGGCAGUAGAAUUAACACAUACAUAAUUGAAAGAAGGGAUAAGACAGGUCUGCGUUGGGUGAAAUGUAACAAGAGGACUGUGACAGAUUUGCGAUUCAAGGUCUCUGGUCUCACACAAGGUCACGAGUAUGAAUUUAGAGUUUUUGCUGAAAAUAAUGCUGGUCUCAGUCAGCCCAGCCCUUCUAGUCCAUUCUACAAGGCUGUUGACACAAUCUUUCAGCCUGGACCUCCAGGAAACCCAAGAGUGCUUGACACCUCUAAAUCAUCCAUUACCGUCGCCUGGAAUAAACCUGUUUAUGAUGGUGGUUCUGAAAUUACUGGUUACAUUGUGGAGACUUGCCUGCCUGAGGAGGAUGAGUGGACAAUCCAUACUCCUAAAAAAGGAUGGACAGCCACAUCUUUUACCAUUACUAGUCUGAAAGAAAACCAGGAGUAUAAAAUCAACAUCUGUGCAACAAAUUCUGAAGGGGUGGGAGAACCUGCAGCUGUACCUGGAACCCCUAAGGCUGAAGACAGAUUAAUUCCGCCUGAAGUUGAACUUGGAGCAGAGCUACGUAAAGUUGUUUCCAUCAGAGCCUGUAGCACACUCAGACUUUUUGUCCCCAUCAAAGGAAGACCAGCACCAGAAGUAAAAUGGUCAAGAGAGCAUGGAGAAUCCCUGGACAAGGCUAACAUUGAAAUUACCCCAUCAUUUACAACUCUUCAGAUAGACAAUGUUGACAGGUUUGAUGGAGGUAAAUACUUGGUGACAGUAGAGAAUGCCUCAGGAAGUAAAACAGCUUUUGUUAAUGUUAGAGUACUAGAUACUCCUGGACCACCUCAGAAUCUCAUUGUUAAGGAGGUCACAAGAGAUUCAGUUUCCCUGGUUUGGGAUGCACCUCUCAUAGAUGGGGGCUCCAGAGUCCGCAGCUACAUUGUGGAGAAGCGUGAGUCAACCAGGAAAGCCUACUCAACCGUAUGUGCCAGCUGCCAUAAGUCUAGUUGGAAAGUGGGAGACCUGGAAGAAGGAAAAUUGUACUUCUUUAGAAUAGUCGCUGAAAACGAAUUUGGUAUCGGUCUGCCAGUUGAAACCAUUGAACCAAUUAAGGCAUCAGAAAAGCCUCUGCCACCAGGCAAAGUAUCUCUCCGUGAAGUUACUGGAACAAGUGUCACACUAACUUGGGAAAAACCAGACCAUGAUGGAGGAAGCAGAAUUACAGGCUAUAAUGUUGAGAUGCAAUGUAAAGGAAGUGAGAAAUGGACACAAGUGAUGGUGGUAAAGACAAACCAGGCCCAGGUAACUGGACUUACAUAUGGAGAGGAGUAUAUGUUCCGAAUCUCUGCAUUCAAUGAAAAGGGUGUUAGUGACCCCCGGUCUCUCAAUGUACCUGUGGUGGCUAAAGAUUUAGUAAUACCACCAGCUUUCAAACUGAUUUUCAGCACAUUCAGUGUGCUGGCAGGAGAUGAUCUCAAGAUUGAUGUACCAUAUGUUGCCUGUCCUAAAGCUACAGCAACUUGGCUGAAGGAUGAUGUCAUUCUCAAAGAAACAACAAGAGUUAAUGCUGAGGCCACAGACAAAAACCUUCUUCUUAUCAUUAAGGAGGCUUGCAGAGACGAUGUGGGCAAAUAUACUAUAAAACUAAACAAUACAGCUGGGGAGGCUACAACAGAUAUCAGUGUUGUUGUCUUGGACAAACCUGGUCCUCCAACUGGCCCGAUCAAGUUGGAUGAGGUCACAGCAGACAGCGUUAUCUUGUCUUGGGAUCCACCACAAUAUGAUGGAGGUUGCUCAAUCAACAAUUACAUUGUAGAGAAGAGAGAUACCUCAACUACAAACUGGCAGAUUGUGUCUGCUACUGUAGCUAGAACAACCAUCAAAGCGGCUCGCCUGAAGACUGGUUCAGAGUAUCAAUUUAGAAUUGCUGCAGAAAAUAGAUAUGGCAAGUCAUCUUUUCUCCUUUCUGAUAGCAUUGUUGCUCAGUAUCCAUUUGAGGUGCCCAGUUCACCACGAUCUGUUGUGGUAAAGUCAGCCACCAAAGAGACCAUGACUGUUGUGUGGGAGAAUCCCAGUAAUGAUGGUGGUAGCAAAAUUCUGGGCUACCACUUAGAACUUAAAGAGAGAAACAGCAUUCUCUGGGUGAAACAAAACAAGCAGAUCAUCCCAGAGACCAGAUUUAAAGUGGUUGGACUUGAAGAGGGCAUUGAAUACGAGUUUAGAGUGUAUGCUGAGAAUAUUGUUGGUCUUAGCAAACCUAGCAAGGUAAGUGAAAUCCAAGUAGCUAGGGAUCCUUGUGACAGACCCGGAAAACCAGAGGCUGUCAUUGUAACAAGAAGCCAAGUGACACUGAGAUGGACCAAACCUGAAUUUGAUGGUGGCAUCAAAAUCACUGGUUAUGUUGUUGAGAAAAAGGAGGCAAGUGGGCGUUGGUUGAAGGCAAGUUUUGCCAACAUUAUUGAAACUGAAUUUGUUGUCACAGGACUUACUGAGGAUCAAACUUAUGAAUUCCGUGUCAUUGCCAAAAAUGCAGCUGGUGUCUUUAGCCAACCAUCUGAUUCUUCUGGAUCCAUCACUGCCAAGGAUGAGAUUGAUCCACCAAAAAUUGACCUGGAAGCUAAAUACUCUCAGGUUGUGGUUGUAAAUGCCGGAGAGACAUUUAAACUUGAGGCUGCUGUUUAUGGUAAGCCUGUGCCCACUGUACACUGGCUGAAAGAAGGCACUGAGAUGGCAGAAGCAGCUCGUUUAGAAAUCCAUAAUACCGAUUUUUCAACUUGUCUAACUGUUAAGGAAGCUAUUCGUGUUGAUGGAGGACAGUACACAUUGCUGGUAAAGAAUGUUGGUGGAGAAAAAGCUAUUAACAUUAAUGUCAAGGUAUUGGACAGACCAGGUCCACCUGAGGGCCCUAUCUCUAUUUAUGGUGUCACUAAUGAGAAAUGCUCAAUUUCCUGGAAACCUCCCUUGCAAGAUGGAGGUAGUGAUAUCUCCCAUUAUAUUGUUGAGAGAAGGGAAACCAGCAGGCUGGUAUGGACUGUAGUUGAGCAAAAGGUUCAGACUCUAAAUCUAAAAAUCACCAAACUUCUUCCUGGUAAUGAAUACAUCUUCAGAGUGAUCCCUGUCAACAAAUAUGGUAUUGGCGAGCCUUUGGAAUCUGAGCCAAUGAUUGCCAAAAAUCCAUUUGUCACACCAAGUCCCCCAACUGACAUAGAUGUUUCUUCAAUUACUAAGGACUCUAUGGUGGUAACCUGGGAGAGACCAAAUAAUGAUGGUGGCAAUUCCAUUCAGGGGUAUGUCAUUGAGAAAUGUGAUAAGGAUGGUGUGAGAUGGACAAGGUGCAACAAGCGCAGUGUGACAGAGUUGCGUUUCAGAGUGACAGGACUCAUAGAAAACCAUAGCUAUGAAUUCAGAGUAGCUGCUGAGAAUGCUGCUGGAAUUGGUACACCUAGUACACCAACAGUUUACUACAAAGCACUGGAUCCUGUUUUCAAACCAGGCCCACCCAACAACCCCAAGGUAGUAGACACCUCUAGGUCUACUGUAUCUCUUACAUGGGGUAAGCCCAUAUAUGACGGGGGAAGUGAGAUCAAAGCUUACAUUGUUGAAGCAUAUGAUGUAGCAGCUGAUGAGUGGUUUAUGUGCACUCCACCCACUGGAAUAACAGACACUAAAUUCACAGUGAAAAAGCUUCUGGAAAAGCAUGAGUACCAGUUUAGAGUUUGUGCAAUCAACAAAAUUGGUGUUGGUGAACAUGCUGAUGUGCCUGGUAAAAUCCUUCUUGAAGAGAAGCUUGAGACUCCUGACCUUGAACUAGAUGCUGAUAUGAGAAAAAUGAUCAACAUCAGAUCAGCUUGCACACUGAGGUUGUUUGUACCCGUGAAAGGGCGCCCAGCUCCUGAGCUGAAAUGGGGAAAGGUUGAAGGUGAGAUUAAAGAGACUGCCCAAAUUGACAACACAGGAAGCUAUGCUUCACUUACCAUUGAGAAUGUUGACCGGUUUGACAGUGGCAAGUACACACUGACUGCAGAGAAUGCCAGUGGAGUUAAAUCAGUGUUCAUCAGUGUAAGAGUCCUGGAUUCUCCUAGUCCACCAACUAACUUAACAGUAAAAGAGAUUACUAAGAACUCUGUCACUCUUUCAUGGGAACCUCCACUUCUGGAUGGUGGUUCAAAGAUUAAGCAUUAUAUUGUUGAGAAGCGUGAAAGCACAAGAAAGGUUUAUACUACCAUUACAACAUGUAACAAGAUGUCAUGGAAAGUUGAACCUCUUCCAGAGGGUGGAAUCUUCUUUUUUAGGGUUUUGGCUGAGAAUGAAUAUGGUGUGGGUCUCCAAGCUAAAACUAUGGAGCCAAUUAAAAUAUCUGAGAAGCCUCAGCCACCCGGUAAGGUUAGUGUUCUUGACGUCACUCACAGUACUGUUACUCUAAGGUGGGAGAAAUCUGAACAUGAUGGUGGUAGUAGGAUCAGUUAUUAUGAAAUUGAAAUGGCUCCUAAGGACAGUGAUGCAUGGACUGUGUGUGCUAGUGUAAAAGGCCUGGAGACAGUAGUGAGCAACCUUCUCAAGGGAGAGGAAUAUCAGUUCAGAGUUGUUGCUGUAAAUGAGAAAGGUAAAAGUGACCCAAGACAACUGGCUCAAUCAGUUGUAGCCAAGGACCUAAUCAUUGAGCCUUCUGUGAGACCCAAAUCAAGUUCCUACAGUGUUCAGGUGGGAAAUGACCUCAAGAUAGAGGUUCCAGUUGCUGGUCAUCCAAAGCCAACCAUUACCUGGACUAAGGAUGGAGUGGCACUUAAGCAGACCACCAGAGUUAAUGUCAGUGACUCAGCACAUCACACCACUCUAACCAUAAAGGAUGCCACCAGAGAGGAUGGUGGUAUGUACACUGUGACUAUUGCUAAUGCCUUGGGUUCCAAGGAUGCCACUAUUGAAGUUAUCACCCUGGAUAAACCAGGACCACCAACAGGUCCAAUCAAGAUUGAUGAUGUUAGUGCUGAGAGUGUCACUCUUAAUUGGGAACCUCCUUCAUACACAGGUGGCUGUCCAAUCUCCAACUAUGUAGUGGAAAAGAGAGACACAACUACAACUAAUUGGGUUGUUGUGUCUGCCACUGUGGCUAGAACAACCUUAAAGGUUGCCAAUCUCAAGACUGGUAGUGAAUACCAGUUUAGAAUCUUUGCUGAAAACAGAUAUGGAAAGAGUUAUGCAAUUGAUUCAGUGCCUGUUGUAGCACAAUAUCCAUUCCAAGAACCUGGACCACCAGGAACACCAUUUGUUUCUGCAUACACUAAAGAUUACAUGGUGGUCGAGUGGCAUAAACCUCCAUCUGAUGGAGGCAGUGCUAUUUUGGGUUAUCAUUUGGAGAGGAAAGAGAAGAAUAGUAUCCUGUGGACAAAGAUCAACAAAAUGCUCAUUCAAGAUUGUAAAUUCAAGUCUACUCCUCUUGAGGAGGGCAUUGAGUAUGAGUAUAGAGUAUAUGCUGAGAAUAUAGUUGGCAUUGGAAAAUGCAGCAACGUCUCUGAGGUAUAUGUAGCCCGUGACCCAUGUGAUCCUCCUGGCCGUCCAGAGGCUGUAAUUGUAACCAGACAUUCGGUGAUGCUGAGAUGGACACCCCCGCAAUAUGAUGGUGGAAGCAUUGUAACUGGCUAUUUAAUAGAGAAGCGUGACCUUCCAGAGGGAAAAUGGAUGAAGGCUAGUUUCACAAACAUUAUUGAAAAUGAAUUUACAGUUACUGGCCUUACAGAAGACAGUAAAUAUGACUUCAGAGUGAUUGCAAGGAAUGCCGCUGGUGCUGUCAGCAAGCCCUCUGAGAACACAGGAUCCAUAACAGCUAAGGAUGAAGUUGAGCCACCCAAGUGUGAAACUGAUCCGAUAUACAAUCAGACUAUUGUCCUUAAUGCUGGAGAGACUUUUAGUCUGGAGGCUAGUGUAGAAGGAAAGCCCAUCCCAACAGCCCAGUGGUUCAAAGGAAGUGUUGAAGUUGAAAACUCAGCAAGAGCUGAAAUUAAAAAUACUGAUUUUAAAGCGUUACUUGUAGUAAAGGACUCCAUCAGAGUGGAUGGUGGACAGUAUACUUUGGUUCUGACUAAUGUUGCCGGAACUAAGACUGUCCCGUUCACUGUGAAGGUUCUUGAUAGACCAGGCCCAUCCGAGGGACCCCUCACAGUCAGUAAUGUUACUGAGGAGAAAUGCUCACUGUCAUGGCUGCCACCCAGGCAUGACGGAGGAGCUAGCAUUUCUCACUACAUCAUUCAAAAGAGAGAAACUAGCCGCUUGGCUUGGACUGUGGUCUCCAGUGAUUGUGGAGCUACAAUGUUUAAGGUUACCAAACUAUUGAAAGGCAAUGAGUACAUCUUCAGAGUUUUGGCUGUCAACAAAUAUGGAGUUGGGGAACCUCUGGAAUCUGAGCCAGUUAUCAUGAGAAAUCCAUUUGUUCCUCCUGGUUCACCUCGUGAACUAGAAAUCACUAACAUUACUAGGGAUUCAAUGACUGUUUGCUGGAACCGCCCACAGUCUACAGGAGGAAGUGACAUUGCUGGUUACAUUAUUGAAAAGAGAGACAGAGCUGGAGUGAGAUGGACCAAGUGCAAUAAACGUAGAGUGACUGAUUUGCGUUUUAGAGUAACAGGUCUCACUGAGGACCAUGAUUAUGAGUUCAGGGUAUCUGCUGAAAAUGCAGCUGGGGUGGGCCAGCCAAGCCCACCUACACCCUAUCUCAAAGCUUGUGACCCUACUUUUGAACCAGGCAUUCCCACUAAUGCCCAUGUAGUUGACACAACAAAAGACUCCAUCAGCUUAGCUUGGCACAGGCCAAUAUAUGACGGGGGUUGUGAAAUUCAAGGAUAUGCUGUUGAAAUAACCAAGGCAGAAGAGGAGGAAUGGACUAUUUGUACACCACCCACUGGAGUGAAUCUCACCAAGUUUACCAUCAAAAACCUGAUAGAACAUCAAGAAUACAAGGUGCGUGUCUGUGCUAUGAAUAAAAUUGGUGUUGGUGAGCCCACAGAAAUUCUGGGAGUUGUAAUCCCUGUGGAUAAAAUUGACCCUCCAGAGAUGAUUUUGGAUUCAGAGCUCAGGAAAGGAAUAGUUGUUCGUGCAGGAGGCUCAAUGAGAAUCUGCGUUCCUUUUAAGGGUCGCCCGACUCCUGACGUUAGCUGGGCUAAAGAGGAUGGUGAGCUGCCCAGUAAAGCACAGAUUGAGACUGCUGAACAUUUCACACAGCUUUCUAUUGACAUUUGUGACAAAUAUGAUGCUGGAAAAUACAUCCUCAGUGUAGCAAACAGUGCUGGCAGCAAAUCAGCUUUUGUCUCUGUUAAAGUUCUGGACACUCCAGGGGCUCCAUUAAAUCUUAAAGUUAAAGACAUAAAGAGGGAGAGCGUCACUUUGACUUGGGAACCCCCUGUAAUUGAUGGUGGCUCAAGAAUAAAGAAUUACUUGGUUGAGAAGCGUGAGUCAACCAGGAAGGUGUACUCUAAUGUAGACAAUAAAUGUACAAAGACAAGUUACCGUAUCACAGGUCUGACUGAGGGAACAAUUUAUUACUUUAGAGUCUUAGCAGAAAAUGAAUUUGGUGUUGGACAGCCAGUUGAAACAAAAGAAUCUGUUAAAACAUCUGAGCCACCUUUAUCUGUGGGUAAAGUUAAUUUGACUGAAGUCACAAAAACCACAGCCUCACUCUCGUGGGAGAAACCAGUCCAUGAUGGAGGUAGCAGGAUAAUUGGAUACUACAUUGAGAUGCAGCCUGUGGGGUCAGAAGAGUGGGUUGUGGCUGCCACAACUAAGACCUGCGAGGGUACUGUUACUGGUCUAAGUGCAGGACAUGAGUACCUUUUUAGAGUAUCAGCCUUCAACGAAAAAGGAAAGAGUGACCCAAGGUCUCUGGCUGCAGCAGUUACUGCUAAAGAUGUUACUGUUGAGCCUGGAUUCAAGAUGAGAUUCAAUACUUACAGCUUACAACAAGGUGAGGAUCUGAAAAUUGAGAUUUCAGUACUUGGACGUCCUGUUCCAAAGGUUGAAUGGAAAAAGGAAGGACAACUUCUUAAAGAGACAACUAGAAUAAAUGUAUCAAGCACACCAUCAUCUACAAAGUUGGUAAUCAAAGAUGCCAAUAAAGAAGAUACUGGCAAGUACACUAUUACAGCAACCAGCAGCAUUGGAACAGCUACAGAGGAGAUUACUGUUAUAAUUCUUGACAAACCUGGACCUCCUACAGGCCCUGUGAAGAUUGAUGAAGUGAGUUCAAAUUUUGUUACUCUGUCCUGGGAACCACCAGAGUAUACUGGAGGUUGUCAGAUCAACAACUACAUCGUAGAGAAGAGAGACACCACUACUACUGUGUGGCAAAUUGUUUCUGCUACAAUAGCCAGGACAACCAUAAAAGUCAGCAAUUUGAAGACUGGCACUGAAUAUCAAUUUAGAGUCUCAGCUGAGAAUAGAUAUGGAAAGAGUUCAGCUAUUGUCUCUCCUGGUGUGGUUGCUAAGUAUCCAUUCAGUGAACCUGCUGCCCCUGGAAUACCAGUUGUUACAUCUGCAACCAAAGAGAGCAUGGUUGUUGAAUGGAAACCCCCCACCAACAAUGGGGGUAGUCCAAUUAUAGGCUAUCACCUAGAGAGAAAGGAGAAGAACAGCCUUUUAUGGGUCAAACUAAACAAGCUUCUUAUUCCAGAUGCACGAUUCAAAACCACAGAAUUGGAAGAGGGUAUAGAGUAUGAAUUUAGAGUUUAUGCUGAGAACAUUGCUGGCCUCAGCCCAGCUAGCAAAGUCUCAGAGAGCACAGUAGCCAGGGAUCCAUGUGACCCACCAGGCACUCCUGAGGCUAUUGAAAUCACCAGAAACCAUAUCACACUUCAAUGGACCAAACCCCAGUACGAUGGAGGCAGUGCAAUCACUGGGUAUUUGAUUGAGAGGAGGAAGCACCCAGAUAAACGCUGGAUGAAAGCAAGCUUUACCAACAUCAUUGAUACCCAAUACACUCUCACUGGUCUCACUGAGGAUCGUGUUUAUGAGUUUAGAAUCAUUGCUAGGAAUGCUGCUGGUAUUUCUAGUUGCCCAUCUGAAAGCACAGGAGAAAUAACAGCUAAAGAUGAAAUUGAGGCUCCAGAUGCCAUCAUGGAUUCUAAGUUCAAAGAUCUCACAGUUGUUCAUGCUGAUGAGACAUUUAUCAUUGAUGCUGAUUACACUGGUAAGCCUGUGCCUGAGGUCACAUGGUUAAAGGAUGGAAAGGAAAUUGACAAAGCUACCCCAAGAAUGGAAAUCAAGACCACACUAACCCGCACCAUCCUGACAGUUAAAGACUGCAUACGAGUUGAUGGUGGCCACUUUGUUCUCAAGCUUGUUAAUGUGGGUGGAGUCAAAAUGAUCCCAGUUAACGUAAAGGUUUUGGACAGACCUGGUCCUCCAGAUGGACCAUUAGAAGUGAAAGGAGUGACAGCUGAAAAAUGUUAUCUGCACUGGAGCCAUCCUUCACAUGAUGGUGGAGCUAGCAUCUCUCACUAUAUUAUUGAAAAGAGGGAAACCAGUCGUUUGUCAUGGACCGUGGUUGAGCCAAAGAUCCAGGCAAUCAGCUACAAAAUUACAAAACUGCUCCCUGGAAAUGAAUACAUCUUCAGAGUUACUGCUGUGAAUAAAUAUGGAGUUGGUGAACCUUUAGAAUCUGAGCCUGUUGUGGCUCGUAAUCCAUUCACCACUCCCAGCGCACCCUCCACUCCUGAAGCCAGUGCUAUUACUAGGGAUUCCAUUGUGCUUACUUGGGAGAGGCCAGAGAAUAAUGGAGGAGCUGAGAUUGAAGGAUAUGUACUUGAAAAACGUGAUAAGGAUGGCGUCAGGUGGACCAAGUGCAACAAGAAGAGACUGACUGACUUGAGAUUUAGGUGUGCUGGUCUCACAGAGGGCCAUUCCUAUGAAUUCCGUGUCUCAGCUGAAAACGCUGCAGGUGUUGGAAAGCCUAGCACACCGACACAGUACAUCAAAGCAUGCGAUGCCACUUAUCCACCAGGACCUCCAAAUAACCCCAAAGUCACUGACCAUUCCAGCACUACAGUCUCCCUUUCCUGGUCAAGACCUAUCUAUGAUGGUGGAGCACAGAUUACUGGAUAUGUUGUUGAAAUGAAGGAGGCAUUAGAUGACGAAUGGAUUGUUUGCACACCUCAUACUGGUGUCCAAGACACUCACUACACUGUAAAGAAGUUAAAAGAGAAUGCAGAAUACAAUUUCCGUGUAUGUGCCAUGAACUGUGAGGGAGUAGGGGAUCAUGUGGACCUCCCAGGGUCUGUGAUUGCGGCAGAAAAGUUGCAGGCACCUGAAAUUGAACUAGAUGCUGACCUGAGAAAGAUGGUCAAUGUUCGUGCCACUGCAACACUACGUCUUUUUGUGACUAUCAGAGGAAAACCUGAGCCUGAGGUCAAGUGGUCAAAGGCCGAUGGCACUCUAAAUGAGCGUGCUCAGAUUGAAGUCACAAGCUCAUACACAAUGCUUGUGAUUGAAAAUGUUGACAGAUUUGACACUGGCAAAUAUGUACUAACCCUUGAGAACAUUAGUGGCUCUAAAUCAGCUUUUAUCAAUGUUAGAGUUUUGGAUUCACCCAGUGCUCCAACAAACCUACAAGUUAAGGAUGUAAAGAGACAUUCUGUCUCUCUUUCCUGGGAGCCUCCUCUGAUUGAUGGUGGAGCAAAGAUAUCACACUAUAUUGUGGAGAAGAGAGAGCAGAAGCGAAUGGCUUUCACCAGUGUUAGCACGAAUUGUGUAAGGAACUCAUACAUUAUUUCUGACCUGCAGGAGGGAGGUAGAUACUUUUUCCGUGUGUUGGCUGUAAAUGAGCUAGGAGUUGGUCUGUCAGCUACAACAGAUCAAGUCAAAGUUUCAGAGGCACCUUUGCCUCCGGGUAAAGUAACUGUGGUUGAUGUGACUCGUCACACUGUCACCCUUUCAUGGGAAAAACCAGAUCAUGAUGGAGGCAGCAAAAUUACAAGCUACAUAGUAGAGAUGCAGCCUAAGGGAGAUGAAAAAUGGACAGUGUGCAGUGACGCCAAAGCACUAGAAGCUACUAUUGAGGGACUUACUACUGGUGAGGAAUACUCCUUCAGAGUAACUGCUGUGAAUGAUAAGGGUAGGAGUGAUCCCAAACCUCUGGCUAUGCCUGUGCUAGUAAAAGACAUCACAGUGGAGCCCACCAUCAACUUGCUUUUCCAUACAUACAGUGUAAAAGCAGGAGAUGACUUGAAGAUUGAUGUUCCUCUCAAAGGCAGACCUCAACCUGAGGUGUCCUGGAAGAAGGAUGGCAGUGCACUAAAGCAGACUACCAGGGUAAAUGUUCUGAAUUCAAAGACCUCAUCAAAGAUCAUAAUCAAAGAUGCCACCAAAGAUGAUGUUGGAAAAUAUGAGAUCACUUUAACUAAUUCAAUUGGCACAAAGACAGCUGAAAUUUCUGUAAUAAUUCUGGAUAAACCAGGUCCACCCAGCAACAUUAGGGUGGAGGAGGUGAGUGCCGACUUUAUCUCUCUGUCCUGGGAUGCUCCAACCUAUGAUGGUGGGUGCCAGAUUAACAACUAUGUUGUGGAGAAGAGAGACACUACCUCUACCACAUGGCAAAUUGUCUCAGCUACAGUAGCCAGGACAUCCAUAAAGGUUUCCCGUCUCACUCAGGGCACAGAGUACCAGUUCCGCAUUGCAGCUGAGAACCGUUAUGGCAAGAGUCCAGCAAUUGAUUCUGCUCCUGUUGUUGCACAAUAUCCAUUUGAGCCACCUGGCCCUCCAACUAAUCUUCAUGUUGCCCAUGCCACCAAGACUGGUAUGCUUGUGGUAUGGGGCAGACCUGCCAGUGAUGGUGGAAGCCCUGUCAUUGGUUAUCAUGUUGAAUCCAAAGACCAAAGCAGCAUUUUGUGGACCAAAGUCAGUAGAGGUCUGGUGACUGAAAACCAAUUUAAGAUGACGGGCAUUGAAGAAGGCCUGUCAUACCAGUUUAGAGUCUAUGCUGAGAAUAUUGCUGGCAUUGGUCCUUGCACUAAAGCUUGUGAACCAGUUGCAGCCAGGGACCCAUGUGAAUCUCCACAUAACCUUAAAGUCACAAAUAUUACCAGAAACUCUGUUUCUCUCUUCUGGGAUCCACCUGAAUAUGAUGGUGGAGUGAAAAUUGUUGGAUACAUAGUGGAGCGCAAAGAGCUCCCUAAUGGUCGCUGGCUAAAAUGUAACUUUACCAAUUUACAAGAGACUUACUUUGAUGUCACAGGUCUUACAGAAGAUGCACAAUAUGACUUCCAUGUUAUUGCAAAGAAUUCUGCAGAGAUGUUGAGUGCCCCUUCAGAAUGCACUGGUCCUGUCACCAUCAAAGACGAUGUAGACCCUCCAAGCAUCAUCUUAGAGGAUAAAUUCAGGCAACUGGUUGUCAUUAAGGCUGGAGAAAUAAUUAGAAUUGAUGCUGAAAUUACAGGUCGUCCAAUCCCAGUGGUUUCAUGGUCUAAGGAUGGAAAAGAUAUUGAGGCCAAGGCCAGGUGUGAAAUCACUUCCACAAACUUCACCACCACUCUGAUUGUCAGAGAUGUUAUCAGGAGGGAUUCUGGACAGUACGUCUUGACUUUGCACAAUGUAGCUGGAACCAGGUCUGUAGCUAUCAACUGUAAGGUUUUGGACAGGCCUGGACCAGCUUCAGGACCUUUAGCAGUGUCUGGCAUUACAGCAGAGAAGUGCACUAUAACAUGGGGUCCACCUCAAGAGAAUGGAGGAGCUGAAAUCAUGCACUAUAUAGUGGAGAAACGUGAGACAAGCCGCCUUGCUUGGACUCUUGUUUAUGGUGACAUGAAGGCAACUACCUGCAAAGUUACUAAGCUGCUCAAAGGAAAUGAGUACAUUUUCAGGGUCAGAGGAGUUAACAAAUAUGGAGAUGGUGAGGCUCUGGAGAGUGAGGCAGUAAAAGCUUUGGAUCCAUUCACUGUAGCUGCAGCCCCCACUAAUGUCCAGGUCACCUCAGUCACUAGUGAGGCCAUGACAAUCUGUUGGGAAAGACCAGUUUCUGAUGGUGGCAGCAGUAUCUGUGGCUAUGUAAUAGAAAAGCGAGAGAAGACUGGCCUCCGUUGGUGCCGUGUCAAUAAGAAACCUGUCUAUGACCUCAGAGUCAAAGCUUCUAAUCUUCGUGAGGGAAGUGAAUAUGAGUACAGAGUGUUUGCAGAGAAUGCUGCUGGACUUAGUGCACCUAGCACCCCUUGCCCACUCACCAAGGCUGAAGACCCACAGUUCCUCCCCUCACCUCCUGCUAAGCCCAGGAUCAUUGACUCAACAAAGACCACAGUAACACUAGCAUGGAAUAAACCACUGUUUGAUGGUGGAGCACCUAUAACUGGUUACCGAGUAGAAUACAGAAAGUCAUUAGAUGAUGAAUGGUUCGUUGGAGUCCAGAACACCAAGAAUACGGAGUUUACAGUGGUGGGACUGACUCCUGGAGCUGAAUAUGUAUUUGUUGUCAGAUCCAUUAACAAAAUUGGAGCAAGUGAGCCUAGUCCUGAAUCAGACAAACAGACUGCUAAAGAAAAAGAAGAAGAGCCAGUCUUUGAAAUAAGCAAUGAGAUGAGGAAGACUCUUAUUGUGAAAGACGGCAGCUCAUUUACAAUGACGGUACCCUUCAGGGGCAAGCCUAUUCCCACUGUCAGUUGGACAAAGCCUGAUAUUGAUCUUAGAGUACGUGCUGUCAUUGACACCACAGACACCUUCACCUCAAUCACCUUAGAGAAAGCAACACGCAAUGACUCUGGAAAAUACACUGUCACUUUGUCCAGUAUUGCUGGAACCUCAUCACUGACCCUCAAUGUUAGAGUUCUUGACUCGCCUGGACCUCCUGCAUAUGUGGAAGUCAAGGAUGUGACUAAGUCAUCUGCUACUGUAACUUGGGACACUCCAGAGAAUGAAGGGGGAGGACCAGUAAAGAAUUAUCUUGUUGAUUUCCGAGAGGCAAGCAAAAAAGGUUGGACUAAGUUGACUGAUACAUGCCACAGACUGACUUACAAGGUGUCAAACCUAAAGGAAGGAGAAGUUUACUAUUUCAGAGUGACAGGCGAGAAUGACUAUGGUGUUGGUGUACCAGCUGAGACCAAAGAGGGAACCAAGAUCACAGAAAAACCAAGCCCACCACCAAAGCUUGGAGUAACUGAUGUCACCAAGGAGAGUGUGUCAUUGGCAUGGGCUAAACCUGAACAUGAUGGAGGCAGCAGAAUUACUGGAUACCUGGUUGAGGCACUGGAGAAGGGUCAGGAGAAGUGGGUUAAAUGUGGUGUCACCAAGUUUAUCCACUUUACUGUGUCUGGCCUAAGGGAGAAAGCUGAAUACUACUUCAGGGUCAGAGCUGAGAACCUUGCUGGAUUUAGUGAUGCUAAGGAAAUGUUCACCCCUGUUAUGAUCAAAGACCAGCUAGAAUCUCCCGAAGUUAACAUGAAGGACAUUCCCCACAACACUGUGUAUGUUAGAGCUGGCUCAACUCUGAAGUGUGAAAUUCCUCUGACGGGCAGACCCCUGCCCAAAGUCACUCUUUCCAAGGAUAAUGUAGUACUUAAGUCAACAAUGAGGUUCAAUUCUGAAGUCACUCCUGACAGCAUCAAAAUCAUCUUGCGUGAAAGCGUUGCUGGAGACUCGGGACGCUAUGAUAUAACUGCCUCCAACUCCAGUGGGACCACCAAGUCCUUUGUCAAUAUUGUGGUUCUGGAUCGCCCAAGUGUUCCACUUGGACCCGUAGAACUGUUUGAUGUCACAGAAGACAGCGCAAGCCUCAGGUGGCUCCCACCUGCAUAUGAUGGUGGCAGCCCCAUCACUAACUAUAUCAUCCAGAAGAGAGAAACAACUACAGCAAACUGGAUUGACGUCUCAUCUGCUGUGGCUCGUUGCACCAUAAAGAUUAUGAAACUUACCAAUGGCCUGGAGUAUCAGUUCAGAAUCAGGGCUGAGAACAAAUAUGGAAUCAGUGAACAUAUUGACUCUCCAGCAGUCACAGUCAGCCUUCCAUACACUGUUCCAGAUGCUCCAUCAACUCCAGAAGUUACUGCUGUAACUAGGGAGAGCAUCGCAUUAGCCUGGAAGGAGCCCAAGUCAGAUGGAGGCAGCCAUGUCUUUGGCUACCAUCUCCAGAUGAAAGAUAGGAACAGCAUCAUGUGGCAGCUAGUUAACAAAACUGUGAUCCGUGCUACACACUAUAAGGUCACUACCGUUAAUGCAGGACUUAUUUAUGAGUUUAAGGUGGCAGCGGAGAAUGCUGCUGGCCUCAGUGAUUUCAGUAAGGCUUCAGAUGCUGUGUUGGCUAUAGAUGCCUGUGAGCCACCCAUCAACCUAAGAAUCAGUGACAUCACCAAAACCUCUAUCAGCCUUGCCUGGGAGAAACCCAACUAUGAUGGUGGAUCCCCUAUUACUGGUUACAUUAUUGAGAAGAGAGAAGGUGUUAGUCCUAAGUGGUCCAAAGCUAACCUCACCAAUAUCACAGACACACAUUUCACUGUGGCUGGACUUACCCAGAAUGAAACGUAUGAAUUCAGGGUCAUGGCCAAGAAUGCAGUUGGUUCAGUCAGCAACCCAUCUAGGACAGCUGGACCAGCCACCUGUGUGGACACCUAUGGUGCCCCAGAAAUUGAAAUUCCCCAGGAGUACCUUAAUGAGGUCAAAUACAGCGCAGGCUCCGAUGUGGAACUUAAAUUCAAUAUCACAGCCAAACCUACCCCCACGAUUGAGUGGUUGAAGGAUGGACGAGAGCUCAAACCUACUGCUCAGCUCACUUUCAAACACACAUUUGAGUCCACCAGCAUAUUCCUGAGGGACACUACUCGUCUGAACUCGGGGACGUAUGAGGUCAAAGUGAAGAACUCCCUGGGAUCUUCAUGUGCCAUUGUCAGGCUGCUCAUUCAAGACAAGCCAGGACCUCCUGCUGGUGAAAUUCAGUUUAAGAAAGUGAUGGCCGACAACAUCACCAUCAUGUGGUCUCCACCUGCCGAUGAGGGCGGUGCCAUGGUAACUCAUUACAUCGUAGAGAAGAGAGAGACCAGCAGAGUUAUGUGGUCUAUUGUGUCUGAGAAACUCGUAGACUGCAUCGUGAAUGUGCCCAGACUCAUCCAGGGUAAUGAGUACAUCUUCAGAGUCCGUGGAGUCAACAAAUAUGGCAUUGGAGACCCCCUGGAGUCUGAGCCCAUUAUUGCAAAGAACCCGUUCGUUCCUCCCAGUGAACCAUCCAAGCCUAAGGUUACUAUGAUCACCAAGUCUACAAUGACUGUGAUCUGGGAAAGACCUGCACUGGAUGGAGGCAGUGAUAUUGACGGUUAUUACCUCGAGAAAAGAGAGAAGAAGAGUCUUCAGUGGUUCAAGGUGGUGAAGGGAACAAUCAGAGACACCAGACAGAAAGUCAGCAACUUAGCUGAAAACAAUGAGUACCAAUUCAGAGUUUGUGCUAUAAACAAGGCUGGAGCAGGAAACUACUCUGAUGCCUCUGAUCUUUACAAGGCCUAUGACCCCAUUGAUCUGCCUGGUGAACCCUCAAAGCUCCGUGUGGUCGACUCCACAAAGACCUCCAUCACUCUUGGCUGGGAGAAGCCUGUCUAUGAUGGUGGCAGUGAAAUCACACACUACUUACUGGAACAGAUGAAUGCAGGAGAGAAAGAAUGGGUUAUCACCAACCCACAGGUUAAGGGUUGCGAGUAUGUGGUGUCCCACUUGAAACCUGCCACUUACUACUUUUUCAGAGUAUCUGCUGUGAACAGCAAGGGAAAAGGAGAGGACAUCAAGAUGUACCAGCCAGUGCAAGCCAAAGAUAUAUUAGAGGAGGCUGAUUUGGACUUAGAUGUUCCUAUGACAACUCAAUACACAGCUAAAGCCGGCCGCGAUGUGGAAGUGUUUAUCCCAUUGAAGGGACGACCAGCUCCCAAUGUCACCUGGCGACGUAGCGAUCGCAACAUGGCUGGUGAUAACCGCUACACCAUCAACAGCACUGAGAGAUCCACCACACUCCGUAUUCCAAAGGUCACUCGUGAUGACUGUGGAAAGUACGUGCUGGAGAUAGAGAAUGGUGUAGGUGAACCCAAGAUAAUCACCGUUUCCCUCAGGGUUCUAGAUAGUCCAUCAUCCUGCCAGAAGCUAAUAAUCAAGAACGUAACAAGAGGAAAGCUGACCCUAAGCUGGGAGGCUCCUCUUGUUGAUGGUGGCUCGCCUGUCACAAAUUACAUUGUUGAGAAGAAAGCCUCAACCAUGAAGGCCUACCAGGUGAUCAGUGCAGAAUGCCCCAACACAUCUUACAAGGUGACAGGCCUGGAAGAGGAUGUUGCUUACUUCUUCCGUGUGUCAGCUGAAAAUGAGUUUGGCGUGGGUGACUUCUGUGAGUCCACUGAAGCUGUCAGAGCAACAGAGACUCCUGGAGCUGUUAAAAACCUGGCAAUGUUGGACUCUACAAAGACCUCUGUUACACUGCAGUGGACCCGACCUGACCAUGAUGGAGGCAGCCACAUCACAGAGUACAUAGUUGAAAAGAGAAGCCAGGAUGAAGUCAACUGGAGUUUAGGUGCAACAUGCAAACGUUGCACAUGUGAGGUGACCGGACUCAGGGAGAAUGCCAUCAUGGAUUUCAGAGUGUUUGCCAAGAACGAGAAAGGAAGAAGUGAUUUCUCUCAGAUUGGUCCAAUCCCUGUGAUAGAUUUUAUUAUUCUUCCAGAAGCCAGUCUCAGUGAUUAUCCAAAUGGAGAGCUGGCUGUUCGUAUUGGGCAAAACAUCCACAUUGAGCUACCAUUUAAGGGAAAACCAAGACCUGCAAUCAGCUGGCUGAAGGAUAACCUUCCACUAAAGGAGAGCGAGAAGAUUCGCUUUAGGACCACUGACAACAAGACUGCAGUCACAGUUAGAGGAGCCAAGAAGGAGAAUGCUGGCCAGUACACUUUAGUUCUGGACAACAGAGUGGUCAAAAACUACUUUGACAUCAAUGUGAUCACUCUUGGACCACCCACAGCUCCUGUUGGUCCUAUUCGCUUUGAUGAGAUAAAGGCUCAGAGUAUCAUCAUUUCCUGGGAUGAGCCAAAGGAGGAUGGUGGUGGUGAGAUUACAUGCUACAGUGUGGAGAAACGUGAAACCUCCCAGGCCAACUGGAAAAUGGUCUGCUCAAGUGUUGUAAGGACCAGCUUCAAGAUUCCUAACCUAGUCAAAGGAGCUCAAUACCAAUUCAGAGUCCGUGCUGAGAACAAGUAUGGAGUCAGCGAACCACUCAGCUCCUCAGAUGUUAUUGCUCAGCACCAGUAUAAACCUCCAGGUCCACCAGGAAAGCCAGUUGCCUUCAACGUCACCAGUGAUGGUAUGACCAUUAAGUGGGAUGCCCCAGGCUUUGAUGGAGGUUCUCCUAUCUUGGGUUAUCAUGUUGAGAAGAAGGACAGGAACAGCCUCUUGUGGCAGAAGGUGAAUUCCACAAUCAUUUCCAACAAAGAGUACAGGAUCAUUGGUCUCAUGGAAGGUCUGGAGUACUCUUUCAGAGUUUAUGCUGAAAACAAUGCUGGACUAAGCCCUGUCAGCGAGCAGAGCAAACAUGCUCUUGCCAUAUCCCCAGUUGACCCACCUGGCACUCCUGUCUGCAUUGAUACAACCAGGGAUUCAGUCACCCUGCAAUGGGAAGUUCCAAAGAGAGACGGUGGAAGCAAAAUUGUGGCUUACAAUGUAGAACGGCGCCAAGGCAGAGGAAAAUGGCUACGAUGCAACUUUAUUGAUAUAAGUGAUACUCAGUUCACUGUGACUGGUCUGUCCCCUGGAGACAGAUUUGAGUUCAGAGUGAUUGCAAGAAAUGCUGUCGGUACAGUCAGCCCACCAUCUAACUCUUCUGGAUAUAUCAUGACCAAGGAUGAGAGCAUUACUCCUGAAAUCGAGUGGUCUCCUGACCAGGUGGUCACUCUGAAGGCUGGAGAAAAUGUUAAGCUCAAUUGCACCAUCACUGGGCGCCCAGUUCCUCAGGUUUUGUGGUACAAAGACGGCAAAGAAAUUGACAAGCGAACAAUGAUUGACAUUGAGAUUACCACAGGCAUUGGCACCAGCAGCCUGUUUAUCCGUGAUGCAGACAGGAACCACCGUGGAAUUUAUACUGUGGAAGCCAAAAAUAGCUCUGGGAGUAGGAAAGCAGAUGUUAAUGUCAGAGUGCAAGAUACUCCUGGACCUGUUGAGGGUCCCAUCCGCUUUACCGGCAUCACUGCUGAAAAGUGCACUGUAUGGUGGAACCCACCAGAAAAUGAUGGCUGUGCUGCAAUCACCCACUAUGUAGUGGAAAAACGGGAAACAUCCAGAAUUUCCUGGGCGUUGGUUACAUCCAAAUGUGAAGCUUGCUCAUAUAAUGUCACCAACCUCAUCAAGGGAAAUGAGUACCAGUUCAGAAUCUCUGCUGUCAACAAAUUUGGGGUCGGCAAGCCACUGGAUUCUGAUGCCGUUAUUGCACGCAUGCAAUACACUGUGCCAGAUGCUCCUGGUACGCCAGAUGCAACUCACAUAACUGGAGAUAGUAUCACUAUGUGCUGGACCAGGCCCAGAUCAGAUGGAGGUAAUGAGAUCAAGCAUUACAUUCUGGAAAGAAGAGAGAAGAAGAGCCUUCGCUGGGUAAGGGUGUCUUCCAAGAGGCCCAUAACAGAGCUAAGGCACCGUGUCACCCGCCUGACCGAGGGCAAUGAGUACGAGUUCCGCGUCAUGGCUGAAAAUGGAGCUGGAAUCGGACCAGCCAGCAGCACCUCCAGGCUCUUCAAAUGCAGAGAGCCAACCAGUGCUCCUAGUGCUCCAAGUGUAAUCAAGGUGAUUGACUCCACUAAGUCCACUGUCACUCUGGAAUGGACAAAACCAGUAUUUGAUGGUGGCUUGGAAAUUAUUGGCUAUAACAUUGACAUGUGUAAGGCCAGUCUGGAGGAGUGGCACAGAGUCAAUAGUCAGAUUUGUAUCCACAAUAGAUACACUGCAAAGGGCCUGAUAGCUGGAGAGCUUUACAAGUUCAGAGUCAGUGCAGUGAAUGGAUCAGGAGAGGGUGAAGCCUCAGUUAUGCCACACCCUGUUCAGGCUCUGGAUAGACUUACAUCUCCAGAAUUUGACAUCGAUGCAAACUUCAAACAAACUCACACUGUGAAGAACGGAGGAAUAGUCACUCUCAGCGUUGCUUUCAGAGGAAAGCCCGCUCCCCUGGCCACCUGGUCUAGAGUAGAUGGUGAACUUCCUGUCAUGGCGGAUGUCAACACCACAGACAGCUCCUCCACUUUGACUAUAGAAGGUUGCACAAGGUAUGAGGCAGGGAAAUACACCCUCUCCCUGGAAAAUAACAGUGGACGAAAGUCUAUCACAUUCACAAUCAAAGUCUUAGAUACUCCAGGACCUCCAGGAGCAAUCUCCUUCAAAGAUGUUACACGUGGUGCUUUGACAAUGAUGUGGGAUGCUCCAUCCAAUGAUGGUGGAUCCCGCAUCCAUCACUACAUAGUAGAUAAACGUGAGGCAAGCCGCCUUGCUUGGCAGGAGGUCAGCAGCAAGAGCUCACGCCAAAUGAUAAGGAUAACUGGUCUAGACAUUGGUGUACCAUACUUGUUCAGAGUGACUGCUGUUAACCAGUAUGGUCAAGGUGAACCGAAGGAAAUGACUGAACCUGUUGUUGCCACAGAAGAGCCGGCACCACCCAAAAGAUUAGAUGUUGUCGAUACCACUAGUUCCACAGCCUCCCUAGUGUGGCUUAAACCUGACCAUGAUGGAGGCAGCCGCAUCCGAGGGUACAUUGUUGAAUUCAGAGCCAAGGGUAGUGACCGGUGGAUUGUUUAUGGAGAGACUAAAUUGCCGAAGAUGCUGGUAGAAGGUCUGAUUGAAAACUCUGAGUAUGACUUUAGGGUCAAGGCCAAAAAUGAUGCUGGAGUCAGUGAGCCUCAAGGUACUUUCAGCUCUGUGGUCAUUAAGGAGCCUCUCAUUGAGCCAACUGCUGAUCUCAGCAGUAUCACUAACCAGCUCAUUACUGUUAAGCUUUCCAAUACUAUCACAAUUGAUAUCCCAAUAAGCGGCAGACCUGCGCCCAAGGUCACAUGGAAACUGGAGGAAAUGAAGCUGAAGGAGACUGACAGAGUCUUGAUCAGGACCACAAAGGAGAGAACCACACUGAUAGUGAGAGACAGCAAGAGAAGUGACAGCGGCAAGUAUUACCUGAUCCUGGAGAAUGCUGCCGGUGUGAUGACUUUCACAGUGACUGUGGUCGUCGUCGGCAGACCUAGCCCACCAACUGGCCCAGUCAAGAUUUCUGGAGUCUCAUCAGAGUCUUGCACACUGUCAUGGUCAGAGCCAGCUGAUGAUGGCGGCACCGAAAUAACCAACUACAUUGUUGAGAAACGCGAGUCUGGCCAUGCUUCAUGGCAGGUAGUAAACUCCAGUGUGCAGAGAACGACAAUCAAAGUGACUCAUCUCACCAAAUACAUGGAAUACACAUUCAGAGUGUGUGCCGAGAACAAGUUUGGAGUCAGCAAGUCCAUUGAGUCUGCAGCUGUUGUGAUCGAGCAUCCAUUCAUUCCUCCAAGUCCUCCAACUCGCCCUGAUGUGGUAUUUGUGUCAGCAAAUGUCAUUGGCAUUAAGUGGGAUGUGCCAUAUUCUGAUGGUGGCAGCCAGGUGACAGGAUACUGGAUUGAGAAGAAAGAGAGGAACACAAUCUUGUGGGUGAGGGAGAACAAACUGCCCUGCCUUGAGUGUCAUUACAAGGUGUCCAACCUGAUCGAGGGUCUGGAGUAUCAGUUCAGAGUGUACGCCAUGAACCUCGCUGGACUGAGCAAGGCCAGUGAAGCCUCCAGACCAGUGGUGGCGCUCAACCCUGUUGAUCCGCCUGGUAAACCUGAGAUUACCGACAUCAGCCGCUCCUCUGUUUCGCUGUGCUGGACUAUACCGAUCAACGAUGGUGGCAAUAAGAUUGUCGGCUACAUUGUGGAGAAGAAGGUCUACAGCACAGAUGAGUGGGACGACAACCGCUGGCUCAAGUGCAACUACACCACGAUCACAGAGAACUACUUCACAGUCACAAACCUGGGAGAGGGAGAAACCUUUGAGUAUCGUGUUAUCGCCAAGAAUGCAGCCGGGGUCCACAGCAUGCCUUCUGAGACCACUGGUCCAAUCACAUGCAAGGAUGAGUACUCUCCUCCUAGAGCAGAACUUGACAGCAAAUUGACACGGGAGGUCAUCACUAUUAUGGCUGGCUCCGACCUUGUCCUGGACGGUGCUGUGGGAGGCAAACCAGAACCCACAGUGUACUGGUCCAAGGGUGACAAGAUUUUGGAGUUGGGAGAGAAAUACUCUCUGACAUACACGUCAACAAGAGCCAUGGCCGUCAUCAAAAACUGCGACAGAUACGAUACGGGUAGAUACAUCCUCACCGUCAAGAACCCCAAUGGCAUUAAGACCGCUUCGGUCAACGUGAAGGUUCUGGACACUCCUGGACAACCUGCUGACAAGAUCGUGAUCAGCAGAGUCACUGAGGAGAAGUGUACGGUUUCCUGGAAGAUCCCUCUGGAGGACGGCGGAGACAUCGUCACCCACUACAUUGUGGAGCGACGUGAAACCAGCCGGCUCAACUGGGUCAUCAUGGAGGCAGAGUGCAAGUCGCUGUCAUGUGUCAGCUCCAGGUUGAUCAAGAACAACGAAUACGUCUUCAGAGUCAGAGGAGUCAACAAGUUUGGACCCGGAGUUCCUCUGGAGUCCGAGCCGAUCAUCGCCAGAAACGCCUACACUGUCCCAUCCCCGCCGGGCGCCCCAGAGGCCACAGCGGUGGGUAAGGAGCACAUCAUCAUCGAGUGGCUGAAGCCUGAGAGCGACGGAGGCAGUGAGAUCAAGAACUACAUAGUGGAAAAACGAGAGAAAAGCAGCACAAGAUGGACUCGGGUGAACAGAACUUACACAAUUUAUGACAUCCGUCUGAAAAUCACUGGCCUGAUAGAGGGAGGCGAGUACCAGUUCAGAGUCACAGCUGUCAACAACGCUGGAGAGAGCCAGCCGAGCGACGCCUCAGAAUACAUUGUCUGUAAAGAUCCCACAUACACCCCGGCUGCUCCAUCAACACCUCGCAUAGUGGACACAACCAAGCACAGCAUUAGCUUGACCUGGACCAGGCCCAUGUACGACGGCGGCUCCGAUGUCACAGGCUACGUCAUAGAGAUCUUAGAGGAAGACUCGGAGCAGUGGUACCGCGCCACUGCUAAGCCCAUAAAGACCAAUGAGUACGUGGCCGGUGGCCUGGCAGCCAAUAAGAAGUACAGGUUCAGGGUGGCGGCCAUCAACGGCAACGGCACCGGGGAGUUCAGUGAACCGAGUGGAGAGAUCGAACCACUGGAGAAAGUUGAAAUGCCUGACCUGGAACUGGCCGAAGACUUGAAGAAGACGGUUUGUCUGCGUGCUGGCGGUACCCUCCGCCUGUUCGUGUCCAUCACCGGCCGACCGGCACCAGUUGUUGCCUGGAGAAAGACCGGUGUGGAGCUGCAGAGCCGAGGCUUCAUUGAGACCACCGACAGUCACACCUUUCUCCUGGUGGAGAAAGUUAAUCGCUAUGAUUCUGGAAAAUAUGUUGUGGAAGCCGAGAAUCCAUCAGGAAAGAAGACGUGCAUUAUCCUGGUCAAGGUCUACGACACCCCUGGUCCUCCUGGUUCAGUCAGGGUGAAAGACUACACCAAGGAGUCGGUUGUGAUCACCUGGGACGUCCCAAGCCUGGACGGUGGCGCUCAUGUCAGCAACUACAUCGUAGAGAAGAGAGAAGCCAACAUGAAGUCAUACAAAACUGUGACCACUGAGUGCAGGAAGACUCUGUACAGGAUCACAGGAUUGGAGGAAGGCGUGCACUACUUCUUCAGAGUCCUACCUGAGAACAUCUAUGGUGUCGGCGAGCCUUGUGAGACAGCUGAGCCUGUGUUGGUGUGUGAAGUACCAUCAGUGCCCACGGACCUCAGCGUUGUGGAUGUCACCAAGUCCACUGUGACCCUCCAUUGGGAAAGACCACUGCAUGAUGGCGGCAGCAGGCUGACAGGUUACAUCAUAGAGGCUUGCAAGGUGGGGUCAGACAGGUGGAGUGCCGUGGCGACAGUUAAGGCCUCUCAGUCCCAGCACACAAUCCAGUCGCUUACAGAGAACGACCAGUACCUGUUCAGGAUCCGUGCCACCAACAGCAGGGGAGUCAGUGAGCCCAUGGACAUUAUGACACCAGUCAUAAUCCAGGAGAUCAAGGUGAUGCCAAAGAUUGACUUGACCAGCAUCCCUCAGAAGAUCGUUCAUGUGCACCGGGGCAAAUCUAUUGACCUGAACAUCCCGAUUAAAGCCAAACCAGUGCCGGUUUGCUCCUGGUACUUCGGUGGUGCCAAGCUGAAGGACAGCUUGGACCGCAUCAAGAUCGACAGCAACGGGAAAUACACACACCUUGUCAUCCGUGACACCACCAUCGAUGACACUGGAGAUUACACUUUGGAGGUGAAGAAUGCUAUCGGCAUGGCAACGGAGGUUAUCAAGGUCAUCAUCCUGGACAAACCUGGUAUCCCAGUCGGUCCCAUAAAAAUCGAGGAGGUUGAUGGUGUCUCGGUAACAGUUAGCUGGGAGCCUCCAGAGAAAGACGGUGGUGCCAAUGUCAGUGGCUACGUGGUGGAGCAGCGUGAAGCCCACCACCCAGGCUGGUCCACCAUCUCUGAAUCUGUGACCAGACCUUGUUUCAAGUUCACCAGGCUUAAUGAAGGAACUGAGUAUGUGUUCCGUGUUGCUGCCAUGAAUCGCUUUGGUUUUGGUGGCUUCCUGCAGUCUGAAGUGGUGGAGUGCAAGAGCGCCAAGACCAUCCCUGGACCCCCAAGCAGGCCAGAGGUGAUUGAUGUCACCCAUGAAGGUAUGACCGUGACCUGGCAACCACCUGUGGACAACGGUGGCUCCACCAUUGCUGGCUACAUAAUAGAACGUAAAGAGGCCCGAUCUGACAGAUGGUUGAGAAUCAAUAAGAAUCCAGUCACUAUGACCAGAUAUCGUUCUUCCGGGCUGAUUGAGGGCCUGGAAUAUGAGUUCAGAAUCACUGCCAUCAACUCCAGAGGCACUGGCAAACCCAGUGAAAGUUCUGCCGUAGCUGUUGCCAUGGAUCCCAUUGAACCUCCAGGUCCUCCAGUUAAACCCAGAGUCACAGACAGCACACGGACAUCGGUCUCUCUGGCCUGGCUGCCGCCUGAGGAAGAGGGUGGUUCUGUUGUUACUGGAUAUCUCAUUGAGAUGCAAAAGGUGGACCAGGUUGAAUGGACUCUGUGCAAUACUACACCCACCAAGAUGUGCGAGUACACCCUAACACACAUGCCCCAGGGUGCAGAGUACAGGUUCAGAGUCAUUGCCUGCAAUGCAGGUGGUGCCGGAGAGCCUGCAGAGAUUUCUGGAGUGGUUAAAGUCCAAGAAAUGCUUGAUUAUCCUGACUUUGAGCUUGAUCGUGUAUACGAGGAAGAAUAUGUGGUGCGGCAAGGUGGAGUCGUCCAUUUGUCUGUUCCCAUCAAAGGCAAACCAAUACCCACAGCUAAGUGGACAAAGGAUGGUCGUGACAUCUCACAUCGUGCCAUGAUUGCCACCCAUGAUGACAUCACUGAGCUGGUCAUCAAAGAGGCACACAAAGACGACACCGGUACCUAUGAUUUGGUGCUGGAGAACAAAUGUGGUAGGAAAGCUGUGUACAUCAAGGUGAAGGUGAUUGGUCGACCUGAUGCCCCAGAAGGUCCUCUAGAAUUUGAUGACAUCCAGGCUAGAUCAGUUCGCGUCAGCUGGAGACCGCCUUCAGAUGAUGGUGGCUCUGACAUCCUGGGCUACAUAGUAGAAAGGCGGGAAGUACCAAAGGCCGCCUGGUACACAGUGGAUGCCCGGGUAACUGAGACCUCCCUGGUGGUCAAGGGCUUGAAGGAGAAUGUAGAGUACCACUUCAGGGUGUUUGCUGAGAACCAGUUUGGUGUUAGCAGAUCCCUUAAGUCAGAUGGAGCUGUUCUGCCAAAGACACCUCUUUGUCCACCCGAACCUCCCAGUAAUCCACCAGAGAUCAUGGACGUCACCAAGACCACGGUGUCUCUGUCUUGGGCCCGGCCCCGGGAUGAUGGUGGCUCUCGUGUCACAGGAUACUACGUGGAAAGAAGGGAGGUUUCCACAGAGAAGUGGGUUCGUCACAACAAGACCCACAUCACUACCACCAUGUUCAAUGUCACCGGACUUAUACCCAACGCAGAGUACAUGUUUAGAGUGGUGGCUCAAAAUGACAUUGGGCAGAGUGAACCCGGUCCUGCUUCAGAAUCGGUGGUCUGCAAAGAUCCAUUUGACAAGCCCACCCAACCAGGAGAUAUUGACAUCAUCUCUAUUACCAAGGACAGCAUCACCAUUCAUUGGCUCAGGCCAGAACAUGAUGGCGGAAAGGAGAUCCUGGGUUAUUGGAUUGAGUUCAGGGAGGCUGGAGAAAGCGCUUGGAAGAAAUGCAACAAGGAGCGCUCCAAGGAUCGGCAGUUCACCAUGGGGGGCUUGAUGGAGGCCACAGAGUAUGAAUUCAGAAUCUUUGCUGAAAAUGAGGCUGGACUCAGUCGACCUCGUCGCACACCCAUGGGCAUCAAGACCAAAUUGAGCGUUGGUGAAGCUCCAGCUUUGAAGGAAGAGGUCCAAGAUGUAACCACCAAGCUUGGCGAGUCUGGCACUCUAACUUGUGGAAUCAUUGGCAGACCUUUGCCUGAGAUCAAGUGGUAUCGCUACGGCAGAGAACUGAUCCAGAGCCGCAAGUACAAGAUGAGCUCAGAUGGUCGUAACCACUCCCUCACAAUUCUGACAGAGGAGCAAGAAGACGAAGGCGUGUACACCUGCAGGGCAAUCAACGAGGCUGGAGAGAUAGAGACCAGUGGCAAACUACGCUUGCAGGCAGCUCCCCAAUUCCACCCUGGCUUCCCUCUGAAAGAAAAGUACUAUGCUGGGGCUGGUACCAGCCUCCGGCUCCACGUCGUCUACAUUGGUCGUCCAAUCCCCCAGAUCAUGUGGUUCUACGGCAAAAAACCUCUAAAUUCAUCUGAGAACGUGAUCAUUGAAAACACAGAAAGCUAUACCCACCUUGUUGUGAGGAAUGCCCAACGAAAAACCAACGCUGGUCGCUACAAGGUUCAGCUCAGCAAUGUGUUUGGAACUGUUGACACCUCUCUGCGUGUUGAAAUCCAAGACAAACCUUGCAUCCCUGAGGGUCCUGUUGUUGUUGAAUCCCUGCUCAGGAACUCAGUUGUGAUCAGCUGGAAGGUUCCUAAAGAUGAUGGAGGGUCUGUAAUCACCAACUACAUUGUAGAGAAAUGCGAAGCCAAAGAGGGAGAACAGUGGCACCUGGUGUCUUCCUCUGUCUCUGGCACCACCUGCCGUGUCCCCAACCUGACUGAGGGCUCUGGAUACUACUUCAGAGUCUCAGCACAGAACCAGUAUGGCGUCAGUGAGCCUCUGGAGAUUCCAUCAGUGGUCAUCAUCAAGGCUCCAUAUGAUAAACCUGGAAUCCCACAGCAGCCAUUCAUUAUCAGUUCUACCAAAGACUCUUGUGUCGUUUGCUGGAAGCCUCCAACUAGCGAUGGAGGAGCGAAAAUCACCAGCUACUUCCUUGAGAAACGCGAGAAGAAGCAGAACAAAUGGAUGUCUGUAACAACAAAGACAUUUACGGAGACCAGCUAUGAAGUCACUGGCUUGAUUGAGGGCUUUGAGUACGAGUUCCGUGUGAAAUGCCAAAACAUUGGCGGUGAGAGCGACUGGUCUGAGAUCUCUCUGCCGGUCAUUCCCAAGUCUGAGCAGGCUCCUCGUGCUCCUGCAUUCAGAGAGGAGAUCAGAGACAUGACUGUCAAAUACCACAGCAACGCCACCUUUGUCACCAAGGUUGUGGGCCAUCCAAAGCCUGUUGUCAAAUGGUAUCGCAGUGGUAAGGAGAUCCUGGCAGAUGGAACAAAAAUAAAAGUCCUUGAGUUCAAGGGUGGCUACUAUCAGCUGGUCAUCACUGCAGCUGAUGAGAAUGAUGCCUCAGUGUACCAAGUCAGAGCAACUAACCCGUCAGGAUCUAUCUCUACAAUAGCCAACCUGGAUGUGGAAGUGCCUGCAAAAAUACACCUGCCUAAAGAGCUCCAGGGAAUGGGAGCUGUACAAGCUGUGCGCGGUGAUCACGUCACAAUCAAGAUCCCCAUCUCAGGAAAGCCUGAGCCAGCGGUCACUUGGCAGAAGGGUCAGGAGGUCCUCUCAAGCUCUGCUUAUCAUCAAGUUAUCACCACAAGAUCCUUCACCUCCCUGGUGUUCCUGAAGGGAGUACAGAGGAAGGAUACUGGCUAUUAUGCAAUUACUGCAAAGAACAGAUUCGGAUCAGACAAGCAAACUAUUGAGGUGAAUGUGGCUGACAUCCCUGAUGCUCCAAAGGGACUUGUGGUCAGCGACAUUGCACGGGACUCUAUUACACUGACCUGGGAGCCCCCUGCCAGUGAUGGUGGCAGUGAGAUUAUUAACUACAUUGUAGAGAAAUGCCCAACCACUGCUGAUAGGUGGAUUCGUGCUGGUCAUACAACAGACUGCAGUAUCACCAUUAUCAACAUAUUUGGAAAGACCAAAUAUCAGUUCCGUGUUAUUGCAGAGAACCAGUUUGGUGUCAGCCUUCCAUCUGCUCCAACUGAGCCCAUUACCACCAAGGAAGACAAAUCUGUGAUCAGGAACUAUGACGAGGAAGUGGAUGAAGACAGAGAGAUCACCAAGGAGGAAGCUGUGUUCUACAAGGUGAAGGAGCUGUCUUCCAAAUACAUCAUCUCAGAGGAGCUUGCUCGCUCCCAGUUUGGAGUGGUCCACCGCUGUGUGGAGAUUGCCACUAAGAAGACUUUCAUGGCCAAGUUCAUCAAAGUGAAAGGAACUGAUCGCGAGUUAGUCCUCAGGGAAAUAGAGGCUCUUAAUGUUGGAAGACAUAAGAAUAUCAUCUACCUCCAUGAAUACUUUGAAAGCAUGGAGGAGAUUAUCCUGAUCUUUGAAUUCAUCUCUGGAGUUGAUAUCUUUGAGCGGCUUGGUACCAGCAACUUUGAGCUCACAGAACAGGAGAUUGUCCGCUACCUGAGACAGGUUUGCUCUGCUGUCAAGUUCUUACACAGCCGAAACUUUGGCCACUUUGAUAUCCGCCCAGAUAACAUUGUUUAUACCACAAGGAGAAGUCUCAAUAUAAAAAUUAUUGAAAUGGGACAGUCUCGACUGUUGGUUCCUGGAGAAAACAUCAGAAUGCUGUUUUCAGCUCCAGAGUAUUAUGCCCCAGAGGUUCACCGCCAUGAUCUGGUCACAACAGCCACCGAUAUGUGGUCUAUUGGUGUUUUGGCAUAUGUUCUACUCAGCGGCCUUAAUCCAUUUGCCGCAGAGUCUAUGACAAAGAUGAUUGAGAACAUCUCAAACUGUGAGUACGUCUUUGACAGGGAAGCAUUCAAGGACAUCAGCUUAGAGGCAAUGGACUUUAUAGAUAGACUCCUAGUCAAGGACAGGAAGCUCCGUAUGACUGCUCAUGAAGCUCUAGAACAUCCAUGGCUCAAGAUGAAGAUUGAGCAUGUCAGCAACAAGAUCAUCAGGACACUGAGACACAGAAGAUACUAUCAGUCACUAGUAAAGAAGACUGAUACCAUAGUUUCAGCAGCUCGUGUGGCGUUUGGAGGUGCCUUCAGAAACCAGCGAGGUCUGGAAGUUGGUAAAGUUAAGAUUGGAACUGAGUACCAUGGCUUGCGUGCCGGGCCUGUCAUGCAUGCCUCAGCUGAGGAAGGUGGCCAUGUUAGAUUUACCUGUAGUAUUGUGAACUUUGACAAGAGUACUCAGGUAACAUGGUACUUAGGUAACCGUCAGUUACAUCCAAGCCCCAAGUAUGAGAUUUCCUACAGCAACGGCUUUGCCAGUAUUUACGUGAAGGACAUUGAAGAGUCUGAUGAUGGUGUCUACAGAUGCAAGGUGGUGAGUGAUGAUGGAGAGGACAGUGCCUAUGGAGAACUCUUUGUAGAAACUGUGAGGAGCAUCAGAGAGCACUACAUGAGCCGCACCAUCAGGAAGCUGAGGAGGAGGGUUGACAAAACUAAACUUCUCCAGAGACCACCUGAGUUCACUUUGCCACUUUACAACCGCACAGCAUAUAUUGGUGAGGAUGUGCGCUUUGGUGUCACUAUCACUGUGCACCCAGAGCCUCAUGUAACCUGGCUUAAAAAUGGAGAACAAAUCAAAGAGGAUGACAGGAAGUACACCUUCACAAGUGAUAAGGGCCUGUAUCAACUCAUGAUUCACAACCUUGAUAUUGGUGAUGAUGCUGAAUACACAGUCAUGGCCCACAACAGGUUUGGAGAAGACAGCUGCAAGGCUCGUCUCACUGUGAUACCUCAUCCUGUGCUUGAGGAUACAAUGAGGCCCAUGUUCAAACGUCUCCUGGCUAAUGUUGAGUGCACAGAGGGAGACAGUGUCCGCUUUGAACUCAGGGUGUCAGGAGUUCCCACUCCUUCUCUUAAAUGGGAAAAAGACGGCCUUCCUCUACAGUUUGGUCCCAAAGUUGUUGUCAUAGAACAGGACAUUGAUUAUCAUGUCCUUCACAUCAGGGAGACUCUGCUUGAGGAUGAUGGAGUGUACAAAGUCACAGCAACCAACUCUGCUGGCUCUGCAAGCUGCCAGGCCACUCUGAAAGUGGACCGUCUCACUUACACUAGAAGAGAGUACAAGAGCGAAGAGGAGAAACUCAGACAUGUACAGAAACAAAUAGAGAAAACCAACAAAAUGGCUCAGCACAUUGCAGCUACUGAGGAACUCGUACCUCUAAACCCAACAGCACAGGAGGCCCUCAAAUUUGCUGCAGAGGUCUACAAACCCGCAGUAAGCACCAAGAACAUUGAAGGCGAAUUUGACAUCACAGAGGAGAAGACAGAGACCAAGAAGCUAGAGGAAGAGAGAAGGAUUUUCAUGCCCUAUGAAAUUCCUGAGCCUGUGGUUCAUGAUCCUAAAGCUUUGGAUGAAGACAAAGCCAUUAAGCAGUUUGUACCUCUGUCUGACAUGAAGUGGUAUCGCAAGAUACGAGAUCAGUAUGAGGUGUCAGAGAGAACAGAAAGGAUUGUGCAAAAGAGGCAGAGACGUAUUCGUCUGUCCAGGUGGGAGCAGUUCUACGUGAUGCCUCUCCCCAGAAUCACUGACCAAUACAGACCAAGAUGGCGCAUUCCCAAAUUGACAAUGGAUGAUUUGGAGACUGUUAGACCUGCCCGACGUUCACCAUCUCCUGAGUCUGAAGUCUCCUUUAGAUCCAGAAGGAGGUCUCUGGGAGAUCUGAGUGAUGAAGAGCUGAUGAUGCCUGUGGAUGACUACCUAACAAGGAAGAGAGCUGAGGAGGAGACAAUGAUGCUGGAAGAUGAACUUGAGCUCGGCUUUUCUGCCUCUCCUCCUGGUAGCCCCAUCCAAGUUCAACGACGUGUCGUUGAACAUGAGGAAAGGAGGCAGGAAGUCAGACAUGAAGCCGCUGAGGUUGAGACAAAGAAGAAACGUACUAUUUCUCAGUACACGAGAAGGAGAAGGUCACUGUCUCCUACCUACAUUGAGCUGAUGCGACCAGUCUCAGAGCUAAUCCGACCACCACAUGCUAGACCUGUGGAAACAGAGGGAGAGAUUGUGGGGAGGAGAUCUCCUACUCCAGAGCGGACCCGUCCUCGUUCUCCCAGUCCUAUUAGGUCAGUGGAGAGGUCUUCCCGCUCCUCCUCUAGGUUUGAGCGGUCGGCACGCUUUGACAUCAUGUCCCGUUAUGAAGCCAGGAAAGCUGCUCUGAAGUCUGAGAGGAAAUACCAGGUUGUGAGUCAAGCACCUUUCAGCCUUGAUCACGCUCCUCGUGUAACUGUCAGGAUGCGCUCUCAUCGCAUCCCAACUGGUCAGGACACAAAAUUCACCCUGAACAUCCAAGCAAAACCAGAGGCUGAAGUUGCAUGGUUCCACAAUGGAGCAGAAAUCUCUGAACAUGGUGAGAAAUACAUCUUUACAAACAUGAGUGGCGUUCUGACCAUCACUAUCCUGGACUGCCAAGAAGAAGACAGUGGCACAUACCGCUGUGUGUGCUCCAAUUCAAAGGGUGAGGCGUCUGACUACGCCACGCUGGAGGUGUCAGGAGGCGGAUACACUACAUUCUCCUCCCGCCGCAAGGAUGAGGACACUCCUAAAGCAUUUGUUCCUGAAGUCACACGCAUUGAUCACUAUCACACCACGCACUUUAAGUCUGGCUAUACCUCGCAAACCUACCUGGAGGUGGAAGAGAGCAAGUCAAAGCUAACAGAAACACGUGAGGUUGUCACACGGGAAAGAAUUGGUGCCUCGGCCGAGAGAUUCUCUUCUGGAGAGCGAUUCUCCUCUGCUGAGAGGUAUGACUCAUCUAUCAAGUAUGCCUCCACUGAAUAUCUUUCCUCUAGUUCCUCAUAUUCUUCAGAGAAGUUUUCUUUAACUGGAAAGCAUGCAACAUCUGAAGAUAAACUGAAAACAUCCUCGACUGCUCCUGUUCCUGAGCAACUUACGUUGCCCAAGGAAAAACCUUCUCUUCCUGCCAAAAUCCUCACCAAGCCACAGUCUGUGACUGUUGCAGAGGGAGAGACAGCCCGGUUCUCUUGUGACAUUGAUGGGGAGCCUGCACCAACUGUGACAUGGAUACACGAGAGCAAGACAAUUGUAUCAUCUCUUCGUAUCCAUGUCACCACAACUCAGUACAAGUCCAGCCUAGAGAUAUCAUCUGUGACCACAUCUGAUGAGGGCAGUUACACUGUGGUCGUUGAGAACUCAGCAGGUAGACAGGAGGCUCAUUUUACUCUGACAAUCCGCAGGCCACCUCCUAAGGAGGAAAUCAAAGCUGUCAAAACCACUGAGCCACCUGUGAAGUCACCAGCACCCAGUGUUAAGUCACCUGAGCCCUCAGCGGCAUCCCCUGCUCCUUCCUCAGCACCUAGUAUAAAGUCACCAGAACCAAGUGUAAAGUCACCAGCUGUAACAUCUCCUGCCCCUGAAGUUAAGUCACCCACACCAAGUGUAAAGUCUCCUGAACCAGAGGAAGUAAAAUCUGCUAAGAGCAUCAAAUCUCCGGAGCCAUCAGCUCCCUCUCCAGCACGCAGCUUAAAAUCACCAACUCCUGGUGUAAAAUCUCCUGAACCAGAGGGAAUCAAGUCACCACGUGGGCUAAAAUCUCCCGAACCCAGACUAAAGUCACCAACACCAGCCAAAACUCCUGGAGGUGUGAAGUCACCAGAACCUGAAGAGGCAAAAUCUCCCCGUGGUGUUAAAUCACCAGAGCCUGCAGGUAUCAAAACACCAAGAGGUCUCAAGUCACCAGAACCCGCAGGAAUCAAAACACCAAGAGGCAUCAAGUCUCCAGAACCCCCAGGUAUCAAAUCUCCAAGGGGAUUGAAGUCACCUGAGCCUGAGGGAAUCAAAUCACCUCCGAGGGUAAAAUCACCUCCUCCAAUUAUGUCCCCCAAGAGGGUUGUGUCUCCUCCCACUGUGAAAUCCCCGACCCCGAAACCUCCCAAAGUCCUCAGCCAGCUAACAGCUGAGGCCUGCGAGGGCUCAGUCAAGAUGUCCUGCGUCUGUGAAAGCAGCGUCAGGGAGGUGGUGUGGUACGUUAGCGGCAGGAGGCUUUCACAGAGCAGUCGCUUUGAGAUGCACUACUCUGAAGGAUCCUGCAGUCUUCUGAUUCAUGAGCUGGCAGAGAGUGACCAGGGAGAGUACACCUGUGAGAUGACCUCAGAUGGAGGAGUGUCCAAAUCCUCCUUCUCCUUCACUGGUCAAGUGUUUCAGUCCAUAUACAAGAAAGUCACAGCUUACCGAGAGCAGCAAGUGGCGCUUAAAGGGUCAGUGAUGGUGAGUCACCAGGAGUCAAAGGCCUCGUCCAUGAUGACAAAGAAAGAAAUCCACACGAUGGAGGAGUCUUCGGCCUUUUCCUCCUCUGCCCACCAGACAAUGAUGUCAUCCAUGAUGGAGUCCAGCUCCUUCAGCAGCAUGGCAGCUGAGAUGAAGUUUGAGACCAUGUCAAUGUCCAGCAUGUCCUCCAUGACAUCUGAGACAUACGCCAUGAGCUCCAGCAGUCUCACAGAAAUGACAUCCCACAUGGAGGGAACCUCAAUGAGAGCAAUCGGUUCUGCUCCUAGAAUCGAAGCUUUGCCAGAGGACAUCAGCAUCGAACCUGGCAAAGUCCUGACAGUCGCUUGUGCGUUCUCCGGCGACACCAAGCACAUAGAGUGGUCCCGCUCAGGCAAGACGAUCGACGUGUCCACGGGUGGACGAUUCCACAUCGAGACCACGGAGGACCUGACCACCCUCAUCAUCACAGGGGUGAAGGAGGAGGACGCCGGCGCCUACACCCUCAGACUGUCCAAUGAGCUUGGAUCGGACUCAGCAACCGUUCACAUCAGCAUUCGAUCGGUGUAAAUCUGAUAUUUCAAAUGUCCCCUUUUCCCUUCUUUCAUGACUUUUUAUUUAUUGAUGAAACACAGUAGUCUACUUGAUAAGGAUCUGGAAUAUUCUUGUAAAUAGGAACUAUUUUUGUACCAAACCUGACGUUAAUUUAUGCCAAACUAGACUAAAGUCUAAAGUUGUAAAAUGUGCCAUAUUGGAUAACUAUGACUUAGGAUGUUUGAUCCAUUUUUCUUUGACAUGUACAUAAUGUAUAUAGCCGAGUUUACCGGUUAUGGGAAAUGUAUGCAUUGUUAUUUAUGACAAUAAUAUUAACUGAAACUUAAAGAAACUAAAUAUAGUUUAACAGGAGAAAGUUUCCGUUGGAACGAAUACCCUGCUAAACUGGGAAACUAAACUCUGUGCCUCAACGAUAAGUUGAAGUCUUUAAGUUUGCCUCAACAGGUAGAGAGGCUCCCUGUUGAUGUUAUGAACCGGAGACAAAACUUUGAGCGCGCCGCUGCGAAGGGAGCGGCGCUUUAGUUUGUAACAGGAACAUGAGAUCCUGAGUGCUGUUUGCAUCUACCCUCAUGCAAGCAGGGCGACUGGACCUCGUGCGCCGACUGAUUAUGUCAUACUGCCUUUUCUAUGACAGGCUCACAGUGCGAGCGGCCUGCACUGCUUGAGUCCAAAGUGUUUCUUCUUUUUGUUUUGUGCUCUGAUUCUGGAAAACGACCGUCGGCUCAGACUCUUCCGUCGUUCCAUCAACCUGGCCAGAGUCCUGCCGGCGCUUGUUUUCAGAGGCAGAGCUGCCUCUCGGAGGUCUGCAGUGUGCUUGUGUGUUAGUUUGUAGAGGUUCACCCGUCGGUCCACAGGGUGGCGCCAAUGAGACGACCAGGAGCCACAAACGACGCCUGAUGCGCUCCGUGUCCUUUGGUGUCUUCCUGCACUUUGUUGGAUUGAAGUUAGCUGUAGCUUUCAGUGUUUUGCAGCCUCCUUGAGUUUUUCUGCAAUUAUUGAUUUAAUAAAGCAUGAUCAUCAGCACUA